GGAUUUCCCACGGACAUUGAACGUACCACUUGCCUUACAUUGUUAACGUUGAUUUCUCCCGUUCAAGCCAGCAGCAUUUUGUCUUCCGUGAGCCAAACCGGGCUUACGGACUCACUCAAGACGCAUGAAAUCUCGGCUACAUUUGGCAGCGGGACACACAGCGGCAAACCGUAAGACACUUUGCUUUUUACUCUUUAUAUUUCUCUCAGUUUUGAGAUUACGAAGGAGCCAGGAACGCACGGGAAAAGCCAAGCGUUAAUGUUCACGAUUCUGAAUAUUUCAUACUGCAGAGGGAAUCUCACAGAGGGGCUGGUCGUGCUUUUAAUUGAGAGAAAGAUACACGGUUUGGCGUUUAAAUUGUGUUUUAAUGGGUGUGACUUUUUGGUUCAGAGUUAAACUGGGUUAAACACCUGUCUGGGUUUGCAUUUGACAUAUUUUUAAGAAGAUAGGCUCCAGAUAUGACCACUCAACAGUCAGGCUGAAAGAAGGAGGAGUAGGCUGAAACCUCGCGUGUUUCCCAUGGCUACACCAAGCUUUCACGAGGACUGUUUGCGUUUCUUACCAGCCGGUGGUGACAUAGUUAUGGUUACAAAACUAUCUUCUGUAACAUUUGCACUUGUUAUGGCUCAGUAACUCCAGUCAGAGCUGGGGAAAUGUCAGAGAUAGUGGGGACAGGAGUCGUGACGUCGCCCUGGAGGUGCAGGUUCAUUUUUCAGUCAGGUUUCCUUUUGUUGACCAUAGUGAUGAGGAGGUGCUGAACGAGUCGGGUCAAAUAACCGGCUCUUUUUGGUGACGGGGGGGAGCUGGUUUUUGUGUAAAAGCUGAUAUAAAAUCAAUUGUUUUUGAUCAAGUAAAACAAGAAAAAUUCAAGGGUGUUAAAAAUGUUGCACAAAAAUCAGAUUCAUAUGUCCUGUUUUUGGUGUCGGAAAGUGAUAUUAUGAAGGAGUAAUGCAAAAUGGUGAGCACAUUUUUGAGCGGAGCAUGUAAAAAAUAUACUAAAUGAGAAAAUUCAGGCCCCAGUUUCAUAGAAGAAAACAAUCUUGAUAAUUUUUUGCAUUAUUUAAUAAAAAACAGAAUUUAAUAAUGCAUGGUUAUGACUCAUAUAGUAUGUUUAUGUUUCAGUUAUCUCACGAAAGCUUCAGUGAGUAGUUUCUGAACUGAUGCUGAAACAGACUGAAAUGAAUUUUACCAUGCCUUUUACAACCAGAACUAUCAACAAGAAUGGUAGCUAUUUAACAUAGAUAUUUGAAAUCUCUGAAACAACAGGUGGAAAGUAGGUGUCAGACCUAUAUGCUGCUUAUACAGUGUUGUUGUGCUGCUUAUACAGCAUAUGCUCAGUUUACUCAUGGGUCCAAACAGCCUCCUUGUUUACCUGUAGAGAGAAGUGCUAAUACAGCGUUGUUCACAUGCUCCAUGGUUAAGAUUCUCAGUGAGUUACAAAAUUUACAUUUUAAGGCAACAGGCUAAGUGUUGUGACAAAAAUAGUACUAAUGCAUGUACAGGACAGAUUUAGUGGAGACUGCUUUUCCCAAAAUGGGCUAAAACUAAAAGAUCCUCACAGGAGCGUUUACUUCCACUGAGGUUGUCUGUCACAAGUGCGCUCUAUUUUGAUUUAAAGGAGGCUAAGUCGAACCAAAAAAAGUCACUUGUAGGAAUUUGGGAUGAACUUUGCUGUCUUUAAAUGUUAACAAAUGAGAUUGUCUACAUGGACUCAAGUCCCCAGUUUUGAUCAGUUUUUCUGUAAGUAUCCAUUCCUUGUGUUUGUAUGUGUAAAAAUCCUGAUUCAAAAACUGGGAUACAGCCUAAUAAUAAUUAUAAUAAAAAAACACUGCCAGAGCAAUGAAGUAACUGAGUUUUGUUUUUCAACACUGAUAUGAGGAAAAAACCAAGUAGGUUUGUGUGCAGAGCAACUUGGCAGCUUGUUUCUGAGCUGAGUAAAAAGUCCCAGCUCACUAAAAAGAUCUGAAAUUCCCUUCACUAGUUAUCUGGACACACACCUUUUUCACCCUCAAACAUUAGCCGUGGUUAGGUUUCAUGGUCGAGGUCUAACUGUUUUUCUCUCCUCCUGUUUUAUCCUCUUUUCUUCACUCUAGCGUUGAAGCUCUAACAUGACUCGGUGGAUUGUUUGGCUGUAACCCUGCUCAGACUGGAGGCUGCUGCUGCUGCUGCUGCUGCUCGUAGAGAUGGUGCCGCUGUGAAGAGCUGGUGUGCCGUUUCAGAGAGGAACAGGGGAGGACAUGCCUGUGGUCGGGGGAAAAGGAAGGAAGUGCUUGGACAACAUGACUGUUUUCAGCCAGGAAAAUGUAGAGGAAUAUUAUGAAAUUGGAGAUGAAUUGGGGAGGUAAGUUGUGCUGGGCUUUUGUCUUAAUCCCUGAUGCAUCUAAACUUAGUGGGGAUGUGAGCAUCACCUUUAGAUGUAGAUAAUGUUUAAAUGUAGGUGCUUUACCAAUCAAUCACAUCUUAUUAGUCAUUAUUUAUACGUGUUUUUGUGUCAUCCUACAUCUACAACUCUACAUAUGGCUUGGUUAACUCAUACUUUAUCUCAAGCAAGCAUGCGUGCACACACACAUUGCCUGUGACUGAGUGUUUCCUGGGACACACAUCCCCCCUCAGUGAGUGCAUCUUGAUAAGCUCUGAUUAAUGCAGUCCAUAAUGCAGCGCUGUCAGUGAUGAAGAGGUUAGCGUCUGUUACUGUAGCCGUGGCUGCCUCCUCCUGGAGAUUUAUUGCAGGAGGAGGCAGACUGGAUCCAUUGUACGUCUUUUAUGAGAUUUGCAUCGUGUGGCACAGCCCAGCUUCAUUUCAUUCAGGCUUUGUUUGGGGAGAGGUGAAAGCUUGACAAUGGGGAUGAAAUAUGUGGAAAGUUGUUUUAGUUACUCAGUCAGUGGACACAGUCGGGUUCAAGGUUUGGUGAUGGUCUUGAUUUGAUGGGAUUUUGAGUUUACAAUAAAACAAGAGUGAAAACCUGCUCAAUUUCACUGCUGCUCUGAUCCAUAACUGCAUUAUGUAUCAGCGAAGGUAAAGUUACACAUCAAAGAGUGUUUUAUUCCCAAAGAGGAGUGCAGAUGUCUUCUCAAAUGACAGAAACAUGAAAAUGGAUCUCUGUGAGCUUUAUCAAAGGAACACAUGCACUACAUGUUGGUAAUAAUCAACCAGUUGUUAUGCCUGUCUGGCAACACCACUUCUUCUUUUAGCACUUGCAUUCAAGAACUGUGUGGGUGAGCUGGAGAGGCUGUGGCUGCUUCACUCUGCUACUUUGGUAACAGAGACGUUUGGCAAGCUUUGUGUAAUGGGAUUGAAUUUCUGUCUGGGAUAAAGAGAUGUACAGUUGGUUGUUGCCUUCAAAAUCAGGAUCCAUUCCCUCUGCAUCCAUAGUGUGACAGCCUUGACAUUCUUGAGUGUUGAUCCAUAUGCAUAAGAAAAAGAAGUAGCUUGUGUCAUAAAAAAAUUUAGAACAGAGGGCUUUUGCUCCCCCGUUUAAAGAAAGAAUCAUGUUUGACUUGUUUGUUUCUCGGAGCUAAAGUAUAAAAAGAAAUAUUGUUUCCUUCUUUUUGAUUCCUGGUAAGUGAAUAGAGCUCCAUUUGCUACAGCUUAUCUGAUAUUCACAGUAGCUUCCAUAGAAGGAUAAAUCUGAUAAAAUCUACCUGUGAACACAGAUGAUAAUCUGUUGGUGGUUGAAGCUUUUUGCAUGGGCUAAAAAAAACCUCUGCACCUGCAUACACAAGUAGAAAUGAACUCUGGGCUUCAUGCGAGAAAAGCUCUUAGCACAUUUUUUCUUUUAGGGUAGUCUGUAGUAUGCAAGGCAUUCAGUGUAGCAGACAUGAAAUAUGAUGUAUGUCUAAAUCAGUUUAAAACCGCUUGAAUAUGUUUCUACAGUUGUGACGUAAGCCAAGACUGAAAUGCAGAAAAGGGCCAGAGGUCAGAGUUGAACCCAGGCUGUCUGCUUUGAGGACUUUAGGCUCUGUACAUGCUCGAGACAUGUGAUUUAACUGCUGAGCUAACCCGGCAGUCUUUUUAAGCCUACAGCUUCAUAACAAGCUUCCUCCUUUGAGGCUGCACAUUCAGUGGAAAUUUUACCUAACUUGCAGUAUUUAGGUUGCAGAAACUGCAGUUUUGAUUAAAAAAAAAGUCAAAUAUAUGACACAACAGCUUUCUAAUGAGGCCCUGCGGUGCUGUACAAGGGCCCUAACAAUGUAUCCUGAUGUAAGCAAACAGUAUGUUUUUCACAGACCCCAGCAAUUUCACAGUUGGUGGUUGACUGAUAUGAAUUUUUCAACAGCAGGUGGCUGAUGUGGGGGUGAAGACACACUGCCAGGGAGUCCAAAGUAACACACUUUCUGACGAAUAAAUUUUGGUUAAAUAAAACACAGGUACAGAUAAUCAGCCAAAUACUGAUGUUAGUUGAUCCAUAAUCAACAGUUUUAUUAGUCAAUUUUAAGAAAAGGGUUCAUUGACUCUUUGUAUUUCAAAUAAACGUGACUACUUAACUAAUACUGUUUUAAGCCCAACUUCUCCUCUGCUGGUGGUUGUCUGCAGGACUGAGAAACUCUUGAAGAAGAAAAAAUAGUUAAGGAUAGGAAAACAGUUGUUUUAAAGUUGAUUAAUGUUGGAUAAGCUGGCUAGUUUAUGCUAAAAGCUCCUGAGUAUCUCUUUUCAUCAGCCAAAGUAAAGCAGCAUUACCUGCACUGUACUGUACUGUAAUGCCCUGCAUGCUUUAAGACAGAGAGGCUUUUAAUCUGACUGCACUCCAGGCCUGACUCUCACUGGAAUUGAAAUGAGUCUCAUUUGGUUGGGUAAAUGGGAAAAUGGGAAAUCGCCCAAGCAGGGACCUUAUCCUUUCAUUGAUACUGACAUUGCUAUGGUGAGCAUGCAUGGUGGAACCAAAAGCUGCUGAAGCCAAGCUUGUAACCCUCAUUAGUAUCAAGCCACAGUGAGCUUAAUGAGGAGGAGGAGGGUGUGAUGAAGUAAUGCAGCUGCAGGAUCCAGUAAAAACAGCCUGAGGGGAUGUGUGAGGAUGAGGUGUGCAGCUUCAUCCUGUCUUAAAGCCACUGAAAUGACCUGAUAAAGCCUCUCAAGUCUUCACUAUCCUGCAUGAUUUAUUCAGCAAACCUCGACUUAACCGCCUCACGACCUGAACCGGUCUAUUUCAGCCUAGUCAGGGUGCUGUGUGGCUAUGUGGGGUAGCUUGUGAGCCUUUAUCAAUCCCCCUGAAGCAAGUCAGGGAGGUGGAAUCAUCAGAGGUGUAAAGUGAAUUGUCAUUUAGAGAAUUGCUUGAGUUAUUGUGGGAUACUGUUGAUCCUCAGGAGAGGAGUCAAGUUGUUACCUGCAAGUGGAGCUGUGUUAGGGAGUGUGAAACAAUCCGUGCAUCGGUGGUCAAAUACUCCCUUUUGAACUGGGUCCAAAAAGACCAGUUAGCCUGCAUUUAAAAGGCUCCUCAUAGAAUAUGCCCCCGCUGCUGCCGCUGCUGGUCUUCUCCAAAUACUUCCCUCUAAUAAGCAGAGCUCUGGCUACAUCUGUGCCCAGCUGAUCCGUAAUUGCCUCACAGAUUGGCAGAAAAUUCUCUCUUCAAACUGUAGAUCACAGGGGAAUUAGUUGAAGACCUCACAGCGUCUAGCAUCUCAAAGGGUCUUCUGUCUGAUACCUCCUCAGAAUGAAGUGAUGGGAAAAGCACCAUUCAAGUGUCAUCCAGUGUUUCAUAGUGGUUUUAUAAGGCCUGUCUACCUGCAGGAAUAAACACACUCAAUUAGUGCUGAAGGCCUUUUCAGCCAAUUGAGGAAUUGCUGAAGACCCGAGGUUAUCAUCAGGCUUUUAUUUCUUGAUCAGUACAUGGUGCUAAAAUAAGUAGGGGGUAAUCAGCAUUUAACUUUCUUGCAUUAUGUUCUGGGAUAUGAGUUUUAAAUUAAACAUGUGGGUCACUUUAAAGCUCCUGUAAGGAACUUUUGGUUUGCCAGUUUGGCGCCCCCUGUGGACACUGUUAUAGGGCGCUCACACCAAUUGCGAGUAAAAUCAUCUGCUUGCUUAAUUUGCACGAAUCUAGACGCGUGUAUGAAUAGUAUUUACUCGCUUCAUUUGCGUGUCAUUGGUAAUUUCAACGGUAAUCCCUGCCAAUUUAACCGUCGGGAUCAAGUGAUAGACAAAGGUUUUAUUACAAUUUACCAGGUAAUCCGACCUCCUCACUCACUUGCUUCCAGGUGAGCUCCUUUUUAUUCUAGUUUUGGUAAUUGAAAGAAAAGGUAUCAUAUAAUUCGGGGCACCCACACUCGACUCAAUCAGUUUGUCCUCCAUUUUAGAUACCAGUGAACAACUGUCUGUUUUCAUACGUCACCCGGAAACCUUCGUGUUGAUUGGUUAUUGUGAUACAAAUAUAUCCGCUCAAAUUGAGAUUAACCUUAUUCACGUAAUUUGCACUGCCAGAGUCGUAGGAGUGUCUAAUCGUGUUUGUGCAUUGACUUAACAUGUAAUUCAUUUGCGCGAAUGAUUUUAACUCACGCUUGGUGUGUGGAGACAGUUAUGGUUGCAAAAAAGCAAAUUCAUUUCAGUCAGAUAUAAACAUGGUGUCAUACUUUUCACAUCAUAAGAUAAUAGAAGACACUCAAAGAUGUCAAUCUGAUACCAAAUAAAAAAUAAUCAGCUGUCUAUUUGCUAUAUUUUCACAUCUCUGCGAUCAUGUUAUCUAUUCAAAUAAGCACAUUUUUAAUCUUUGAUCCAUAACUUAAAUGCUCCUUAACCACAGUCCUAGUCACUUUUUAUCAAAGCUACACGGCAGACAACUCUUGGGUGAUUCCCUCCUGGUUGUUUUAGUAGGAGGAUGUCUGUAACACUGCUCUACUGUAACAGAAUUUAAUAAUUGCUGUUGACAGAAGAGAAACUCCAAACAUGUCACAAGUAGACAACACUGAUGUCUGAUCUUUUAUGUAAUGACAGUAUUAGUUUAGAUAAUUAUCCCUUUAUUCUAAUGUUGGUGUUGUUGGCAGCCUAUGAGGGCUACUUCAGCUCAGCUCUUCUUUAGCAAAACAGAGCAGCCUCCAAGUCUGCAUGACAAAAACAGGCCGAGCAGAAUUACUGAUGGUGUCAUGUGAGUUCUGUUUUUUUUUUUCUUUCUUUCUUCUGUUUCCAUGUUGACUUUUGUUAAUGGGCGCACUGACUCAGCCACUUUCUGGCUGACUGGGAGAGAAAAAGAUGAACUAAGCCGACUGAGGAAGGCAUUUUGAGUCCUUGCCUUUAAUCUGGCCCACAGUUUCACACUUUGCAUAUUUCUGCAGCGCUCUGCCUCUGUUGUUAGCCAGCAUUAAUGUAACCGCUGUGUGGCUCUCCACCAAUUGGCCCUCAUUGUGUGUAUGUGGUGUUACCAUCUGCAGAAGGAGAGGGGUUCGUGUAUUUCUGAGGGGAUUCUGCAAUGCAAAUCAACAUAAAAGCAUCAAACUGGAACUGUAUUUGGGUUAUUUCUCUGCAAAAAUCACCCCAAAGACUUUUUUCUAUGAAUACAAAAUAGGAUUAUAUAUGCAAGACGUUCACAUGGGCUCCUGUAUUAAACAGAGAUAUGAUUUAGAGUCUCUUUUUCCCUCAAGAAACAGCUAGUUUAUAUGCAGAUCAUUGAUCGUAAUUCUGCUGAAUAUUCUCCAGGGGAAACUGUAACAUGCUUUUCUCAAACAACAAAACUACCAGCUCAUGCCAGGCAUACACUGCUGCAGACUGUGCCCCAUCCACUGACCUAGAUUUACCCCCCUACCCCGGGUUGAAUUAUUGGGCGGAGGAGCAGUCUGGGUCGCAGGAGUGGCCUUGAUGAGGCCUGUCACUCACCACCCACCCAGACUAACCCACCCUCCUUUCCCUAGGGGGCUGCAGCGCUGUCGCAUUGAUGCAGUGUUGCCUCUUCUUGAUUCAAAGGAUUUUACUUCUGUUGAUCCAUGUUAUUAAUUAGUGAAAUCUUAUUGCUUAUUAUCUGCAAAGCUGCGGCGAUUGGAGACAAGUAACAAAUGAACCAGUGACUUUGUGUUGAAGAAAAAAUACAUGUUGGGUGUCCCCCCUGGGCAGAAUCAGAAGCUAAUAGUUGGGGAUUGUUUUACAGUUUUGCAGUUUCAAAACUAAAAACUGUAAAUGUUUCCUAACAGAACACAACAUAUUUUGAACCAUUAAAUACAGAAUAAUUGAGAGAGAUGAUUUUUGUUCUGCCUGCUGUGUUGCGCAUCCCCUCUUCCUCCACAGCGGUGUGUGUGUGUGUGUGUGUGUGUGUGUGUGUGUGUGAGUGUGUAUGUAUGCUCUGCCCCUCCCCCCUCUCCUCCUCACUUCAUUUUGUAUCAGGAGUAAGGGGGAGAGGGAGCCAUCGCCAGGGCUGCUCUGGCAAUUUGGCAUAAUGGGCAUUUUUCUUGGUGAGUGUACCCACCUAGGGGCCAGGAGGCAAUAAUACCUCAGCUCAGAUUAAUGCGUAACCAAGUUUAGGAGUGCCAAGCGGCGAGUACAAACCAUCACACAGCCACAGGUGGAGCAAGAGGAGCCACACAGGGAAAGGAGCAGGAGGAGCAAAUGUGUGUGAGACAUUAAAUAAUAAGAUACAAGCCUAAGUCUGAAUGGUUUAAAGGUAAGGGCAGUGUGUAGUCUUUAAGUUCAAUAAAUACAUGCCCGACCCUGACUUGUAAGAGAUCAAGUGAACCAACAAGGUAGAAAGACAGCAUAAGAAGGUGCCAUUGAUAUUAACAAAACAUCCUUUGGUUGUCUCUGUCUUACAUGUUUAUAAAUCUCAGUUAUUCAGUUGACAACACUGAGUUCACUGAGUGCAAAAGCGGAGCUUCCUCCCGUAUUGCCAACAUCAUCUAGUAGUAGUGAGGAAUGAAUGUGUCAGAGAGGCAUGAUGAUAUUCACUGUGACUGUAAGUUCAUCCUGUAAGAGAGAAGUGCCAGAAAAAGAAAACUAAGAAGAGAGCUAAAAGGAGAGGAGAAGGAAACCAUGGUGCAGAUUUUCUGGCAGACAGUCCUCCUGCAGGGUUCAGGUUUGAAGUCAGAUUUUCUUCCUUUUGUCUGCAGGGCCCGUCCGUCCGUCUGUGUGUCUUUCUGUGUGUGUCUGUCUUUGCCCGGAUGACUUAAGCCUUGUGAUCACCGGGGUCAGACUCUUCAAAUUACGGUCAGCUUAUGAGUCAAAUUGAAAUCAGACUCAUUUGGAAUGUCCUCAAGAAGCGUAAUGAGUUAUUUUCAAUUAAUCCCCGCAGUCAAUGGAGGAUAAUUGGAUCCCUGCCAACUGUGUUAGCGGGUGAAAAGCAGGGGUGUCAUGUUCUGUGCGCCUGCGUGUGUGGAGGGGAUGGAGGGGGAGCUACAACCCUUUUGUGGUCAAUUAGGAGAGAACUGCAGGCGGUGGAGCGUGGAAACUGAGGGGGUAAAAACAUGGUGGAGAGACAACUUUCACCCUUUCAUGUCCUUCACCCUCCUUGUGUUACCUCCACACUCUCUAUUAACGACAGUUAACACUAAAUCUGAUGGUUUUACAUAACUUUGUUGGACUCCGCCGGAGAAUAGUUUGAAAUAGUGAAAACUUUUAUUCCAUUUGACAAAGAGUGUGUAAAUACAUGUUUCAUUACAUUCAAAAGAGGUAAGGUGGUUAUGUAACAGUGUUAUUGAUGGGUUAUUCUGCAGGAUAUCUAUUUUCUUAUCACACAUGCUCGCCCACUUAGGUUGAAGACAUUUCCCAGAGAAGAAGCAGCACCAAACGUGGGACUACUGUACAUCUUCCUACAAAGAUCUCAGUUGCACGGCCCAGUUCUCUUAAGCUACAUUGAGUAACCAAAAAUAGUUACUGGUUUAUAACGCAGGGAUUAAGACUAUUUUUGCAUAUGCAGAUUUCUUUUCCCAAUCAGUUCAAGGAUUACUGUUGUGAAUAAAUGCAGGUUUUCUCAGUUAAUGGCCAAAACCAUCAAGAGUCUCUCCUGCACUGUAAAUUAACUGAAGUGUCAUCAUUCAGGCUUUUACUUUAUCAAGCACUGCGCUGGUGUAUCAGCUGAAUUCUGGUUGCAGCUGAUAUCAAUUCCUCUUAGAGCCAUGCAUUUAUCUGUAUCUAAUUGCAUCUUUAUUGCACCUGGUUAGCUGAUGCACCUAACUCAAAGGAGAGGUGUUAGAUUUGGCAGAAGAAGUCACCUGCUGGACAAACUGAUAAGUUUUUAUGUUACAGAAAAUGUCUGCCGUGAAGGAUCAACAUACUGCCUCUGAGAAAGAUCAGCUAUAUGCAGUUUAUUAGUCAUGUUUUAGUGACAUUUAGAGGAGGGAUGACUGGCAACUCCUAAGAUAGAUUAAAUAAUAUAUUAAAUACUAAAGCUCAUUAGUUAAUGUUUGACUUUAAGCACUGAGAGUUUUCCCACAGAACUCAGUAUGGAGAGUUUCUAUUGGCUGUUUGUCGCAUGUGUUUGGAUCUAGUCCACUGAGUGUCCCCACUCCUCAUUUCCACACAGUAUUGUUGGUAAAUUAACAUUGGAUCGAUUCAGUAUCAGCCCUGGUUUUUACUGGCAUUCUUUUACAUCUUUACCUUUAGCAUAGGCAGUAAUAGCCCCAAGAUUAUGUGCCAUAAGCUAAUCAACAAUAUCUAACCUAUGAUAUCAAGACAUAUAUGGCUUUUAUACUAAGAUAUAAACAUGGAUCAUGCUUUGAUAACAUCAUAUUAUGUGACACUCUUCUUGACAUUUUAAUGACUGAUCACGCAAAACAGUAUGGGAGCACAAGAGGGAUUGAUGCCUUUUCUUUUUCCACACUAAAAGUACAUCUUGAUUGAAGUUUUUGCCUUUUUUUUUUUUUUUGGAAAAUACUUAUAAAAAUCCUCCACUGCCUCUAUUCACUCUCAUAGAUGGUGUUUGUUUUUUUUCCCCUGUUGGUUGGCUUUAUUUGCAUCCAAAAUGAUGUGAAGCACUGUGAGAAAAACAUCCUCAGCCCUCCUGGAUGGAUUUGAGAUCAUUGUUGGAAAAUACUCUGAAGGCUCAAAGUAUUACUAAUGUAUGCGCUGAUAUAUUACCUUAAGCCUCAGUCUGGCUCAGGCUUGCCUGGCUGGCUCUCCGCAGACUGAAUGUCUGAUGCUACGUGCUGUCUGGUUGGGAAACUUUUUGGCUCGGUACUGGACUAAAAUGGCGAUUACACAGCAGACAAAGCUUAUAUGUUGGUUAAAUAUGUUUUCUCAGAGCAGUAUAAUGUAAAUAUGAUUAAAGUCUAAAAAUAAAAUAGUGUGCUUGUCAAAUUGUCAAACUAAGCUCUUUUAAAUAAUAGGAUCCUCAGUGCUUAUAAGGUUUAAGCCAAGGCUUAAAAAGACAUAUCGGUAACGUUUGUCUGUUUGUGUGUUUAUAUCGUUACAAUUGUAUGCUGUUGUGUUUCUCUUAGAGCAUCACUCAUCAUUAAGCCGACAAAGUCAGUUUGUGGAUUUCCUCAUUGUUGUUUUGCACAGAUUUCCAGCUUUGUUGACGUUAUGAUAUACAUCACCAUCUGUUGUAUGACAGGCUUCGCAUUAGCAGUCCUGUUUCCACUCAUCCACUCAAAUCAAUGACUAAGUAGCCGGUGCCUUCAUUCUCCUUUAUUUCUUCUUUUCUUUUAAUCUGUAUUGGGACUUUCUUUAUCCAUGUAUAUAAGAUUUGAAUGGGCAUUAAAUCAUGGAUUUAUAUUUGACUGGUCAAAGGUCAGUAACCUGAACUAUAUCCUCAUAGUGUAUGUCAACAGAAAUUGAAACUGACCCAGUUUGUUUUGUCAGUUUGAUCUAAACACAGUUUUAUUUCAGAUAGUUUCUGUUGCUUGUAUCCAGGAGGAUCACUGUUGCCUUGGAAAUAUCCAGACUUACCCAGGGUUCAGUGUUUGGUUUUGUUGAACAUCUUUUUCUUUAACAUCAGUCUUUGUUUUGUCAGCGAUAUGUUUCUACUUGGAGACAAUCGAAGAAAGCCAGGGGCUUUCUAAACUCUGAAUUGAUGUCAACAAAGGUCAGAAUGGAGGGGGAUUGAUCUCCAUUAAUCCUGCUGUCAUCACCAUAAAUCAUUAAGUGCAUCCAUCAUUAGGCAUUUGUCAUCUUACAAUGUCACUUUAAGGACUGUUUCCUAAAAACAGGGUCACAGCAACCUCUUCACAAAACUGAUAAAACCUGUCUGCACAACUUUCCCUGACAGAGUUAACCUCCCUGAAACCUGCUGAAUGUCAGUUUCAGCUGCACAGAGGGGCCCCGUUUAAAAGAGCAAGCACGAAAUAUAACAGGAGAUGAUGGAUGGACCAGCUGAUGCACCAUCAGGCCCCCUCUCACCUCCUGCAGUUUGUUCUUCUCUCAGCUUGUAUGCAAAGCUGGGUAUCAAGUUGGUCUCAGUGUUUGUCUUCAGUUAAACAGGUUCAUGUUCCUAGCCUUCUAAUCAAUCAAAGCGUUUGCUAGUUUCUUCAUUUUUGGUCAGGAGUUGCAUUUCUCCAGAAAUCCCAAGCAGUGCCCGUCACCUUGCACCAACACAGGGAGUGAGGAUGCUUUAUGGAUUGUUGGUGUUCACACUUUCUUAGAGUAAAGUGUUUGAUUUUGAAGUCGUGAUGCUGUUUUAUUCUUAUCCUGGUUGCACUGUUACAAUCACGGCUCAUUACUUUUGUCCAGGUCCAUCUGUUUUAAACCAGCACAAAGAAGAGUCCAGGUACCAAUAUGAUAAUCUUUAUAUUCUAGACUUUUUCCUCACCUGUAUUUCCCCAGGAUCUUAAUAACAGAGUUCUUUGGCUUGUGGAAUCUGUUCUGGAGCUCUUUACAGUUAAAAAAAAGCUGUGAAACCACAGUGACUGUAGACCUUAACAGGUCUGAAGAUGGUAAAGGAAACCUUUCACCCCUGUCUACCUCUAAGCACAAUGUGUCUAUUGUCUCCACCGCCUUAAAACCUUGGAGCUGGGGGAGGUGGAUGACAUUCCUCUGACAUGUUGAAUGGCUUUUCACUGUGGCUACUAGACAAGGGCAAACACCGCCUGCCUCUCAUUUGGCUUUCUGUCAGAGGUCUGUCUGUCAGCGCUGUCGCUUGGAGUCUCUGAAUCUGCUAAUGAGACUCCUCCCUCCUGAGUUCACAUUUGGCGGCUUUGCAGUCAAAGUAAGCCUAAACAUCUGUCGUGAGAUCUCACUUCAAGUCAAGACCUGAAAUCUUAGAUUUUCUGAGUUAUUUCUGUUUAAGUGUGCUAUAUAUUAUUACUUGAAGACAUUACACCAGUCUGUAUUCAAACAAACACACAAGAAAGUUGCAUGUCUUUUUGGGGGGGGAUAAAAGUUGUUCAGGCCUAAAAAAAGAAACUUCCUUUAGGACAUUCAUACAUCUACACUAGAAUCAAUAUCUGUACGAAAACACACUGUCCCUCACACACUGUUUACAGCCACCCAGGAUUAUCUACCAGUCUUUUCCUUCCUCCAACCAGUGCCGGUUCCUCUGCUCAGUCUCUGAGUCCUGUUGCUGUGGUAACCCUUCCUCUGUACACAAUGGCAUGGUGGUUGCAUAAUGUUUUUUUGCCAGUGCAGUUUGUGGCCCACACUACAGCUGAGUGGGCAGACAGCACUCUGAGCCGCCCUCCCACACUUCGCUCCAUGCUAAUGAAAAGCUUGGCCUCACAGGGGAGUUUUCACGCUGAAUCAUACCGGACAGCAGAGAGCCUCAGAACCUCAGCCUGUGGUUGCUGCCCCUCUGAUGAGGAAACCUACUUUGACUCCAUGGUCAUUGGUUGGACCACAAAGGAUGCGAGAGUGGCAGUUUGUUUGAUACUCCUGUCCGAACCCAGUGAGACUUACCUGGCUCUUGAAGCAGAUGAAGACAUCUUUUCCAACAAUGUCAAACUCCAGACCUCUGACUGUGCAUGCAACAUCAAACCACUGGUGCUGCACUUCGAUAAAAACAAUUAUUUCAUAAUAAAGAGUUUGAAGUCUCAUUGAAAGUUGCAUUAAAAAUAUGUGUCAAAACAACAAAGUUCCUUAAACAUAAAAGACAGCAGCUUGGCAUGUGUAUUAUCUGGUUUGGGGGCUUUUUUUUUCGUCACAUUUAUUGAAGCCAUAGUUCAUUAGUUGUUUUUUUUUUGCAAGAGUAAAACAGAAAGGGAGGAGGCUACUCUCUGAUUUCUGAGUGGAAGUGAUAUCAGAACAUUUAGUCAUGUGCUGCCAUUGUUCAAUGUACUAUAAAGAUCCUUUUUUCUGUCUACCUGACUUUGGGGUACAGGUCAGCUCUGUGUCCACUUUAGUCUGGCUGCAAAAACCCCAAAAGUUCCAUUUGUGUUUAAGGACCCACUCUGAUGUAAAUCCUGUUUUUCUUGCUGUCUACGUGUUCAUAUAGCGUUUUCUGAUGCUACAGAAUAUAUCAUGAGAAAACUAAGUGCAACUUUUUUUUUUUGAGUAUUUUUGCAUUCAAAUCGCUGUGAGCCUCUCACAGACCCAAAUGGCAGGUUCAGACACAGUGGGAUUUUCUAUGUCACGAAUCCAAGCUCCACCCCCAGUGCCCCACUCUGCAGGCCAGACCCUGAGAAGUAGAGAGGACAAUGGGGGAUCAAAUGUGUUCGGUAUCAGAGUGCAAUGCUCGUAGGAAAGCUAAUAAUGAUAUUAACUUCCACCAUGCCCCUAAAGACAUUAGUGUCCAAGAGCUAAAUAACUCCUAUGUUACCUGCCACUUCCACUGCACUGGCAAUGUUAGACUACAAGCUACACCCACAACUCAGAGGUGAAUUGCUAAUGAGCUCCUGGAGCUCUACAGAAGAAAAGCUCUUGAAAAUGAAACAAGUGAAGUGAUUUUGGCUAAUGACUUAAAGACCACUGAGAACACUUUGAGAAGAAAAAAGUAAAAAAAGUUCGAGGUGGGACUUGGAGCGCCCUUUACUGCAAAACUAUACAUGGUUUCAGUCUGCUACAAAAAAACAUUUCAGGCUGUAAAGCUCAUGUCUUUAUUUGUGUCUCCUUUGCUCAGAGUUUUUAUUCUUUUAUGACUUUUUGUUCUGAAGACAUAAAUAGAGGCAAUGUGGAGCUGACUUACCAGCUGGCACUAGACUUCCACCAGAUCCAUGUUUGGUCCAUCUCCAGCUCUGUGCCCCCUCAUCUAUUAACACCAACCAUCUGAGUUUUUAUAGUGCAGAGCAGGAGCACCAGACCCAAGAUUUCCCUGUUACAUACAUCGAUACAGACUUAUCGGUUUCUUACCUCAACAAUGAACUCCAAUAUGGCGUCAGCCUUCAGUUGGCUAGAAAACCUCUCUUCAGAAACCAGGGAGUUCUCGUGAUAGAGACUCUGGCCUUGAUACAGUCUGUGGUCAUGGCCAACGAUCCCUGCCUUUCUCUAGCUGUUCUUUUGAAAUAAAAGCAAAAACACACAAAUUAGCAGAAAUCAUCACUUCCUGCUCUCAUUGAACAGCGUCAUGAUUUCACAGGAGAGGUUUUUGAGUUUAUUUCUUAUAAGCCUUUUUUUGUACUUAAUAUGACAGCUGACAGCGAUGGUGAAGACAGGAAAUUAGAAAGGGGGAGUUGUAUGAGUCAUAACCAAGGUCUCCUGCUGGACUUAAAACAGGGACAUUGUGAUUGUGCAAUACGCCUCUAAACCAUCCAGCUACUUUUCUCAGCUGAAAUGGAGUUUUACGAAAAGAAGUGUGGGGCACAUCAGUCUUAUUUUGAUUGUUUUCUCUGUAAAACGUCUGGAAAUACAGAAACACAAGCUGAAGGUGACUUCUUCAGUGGGACUGUUUUGUCCCACUCACUGCUCAAAAAUCAAAUAGAGCAGGAGCUGCAUAUGUUUAUUUAUCAACUGGAACUAAUAGAAUUAUUACUAAAAUAGAGGGUUUGAAUAAUUAGUAAUCUUAACUUUUAUUGUGAGAAUGAUUGGCUUGAAAAGGAAGAUUAACUUGCUAUGAUUAUUCUUUAUAAUCCGUCAGCAGUUUCUGUUCUGUUUUUCCUGCAUCAUCGUCAUUCAUACUUGUCAUUUCCUUGAGGACAGUAACAGCCAAGAAGUGUGAAAAAUGUCGAGGCAGUUUUCUCAGGGCUGUAUCCUCUCCAUUUCUGGACGAGUAGACUGAUGUGAGGAAUUUGGACACUGACAAAAGAUGCGUGUUCAGUGCUCGGGGACUUUAUUUAUCCCCCAUGAACCAGAGACAAUUGAAUUAACUUGAGAAGCAGGACUCUAAUUGUGGAGACGUGGCGUCUCUCACAGAAACAAAGAUUACAGUUGGUGUCUGUCUUUUCAUGUGGGCAUGAGGGUGGAAAAUAAACAUAGGCUAACUUUAUGGAAAGAUGCAUUUGAUUGAAAUAUGAGUUUGGUUUGGUUAGGUAUUGAGUUUCAAGGAUAGGAGAAUGGUUGAAGUGGAAGCUCUUCCACUGGCAGUGAACGAGUAAAAUCUGAUGCACAUUUUAAGCAGAGCAAUUUCCCACUUUCACGGCUAUGCGCUCUCUUUCUUUCUCUCUUUCUCACUUUGUUUUCACUCUCUUGAGUGCCAAGCAAUUUGGCAACGUAGCAAAGAUGAGUUUAUCCCCAUACAAUAUUAAUCUCUGAUAUGAAAAGCAAAAUGCAUUCCGCGGCACAGCACAUCCAAGGUUUAUUGGUUGCUUAUUUCAGCUCUGGAUUGUCAUCCAAAUUACUUCAGCGGUCCUGUUUUAACCUCAAGUUCAUCACAAAAUCCAUAAAGCUUUGGAGUGGCUGUGUUUUCCAUCUAAACUGGAAAGAUGGGUUGCUGCUUCUUCAAGCGUGGAAAGAUGGAAAAAUCAAAGUCUGCUCCCACAUAGUACAAAUAUAACAAACUAAUGGACUUAUUGGCACAGGCUGAGUUAUAGAUUGUGUUUACAUAAAAAAAAAACCUCUUUACUGUCUUUUUUACUCAUCAUUUUUAAAGCUGUCGUACAUUAACAUGCCUGACUUAUGUUAAAUUACAUUUUUGUGCAUUAGAGGUGUUUGAACACCUAGAAGCAUCCCUUUAUUCUGUAAAUACAUCUUCAGUCUUUGUCCUUCACCUGAUGAAACAGUCUUUUCCAGUAAGCAGCAGUGAGAUGGCGAAGUUUCUUUUGAACACACGUAUUGAUUUGCUGAGACCGUCUUUUGUUGGAGUGCUGCAAACUUAGAGUGAGUGGGCACAUUGGAGCACUCUAUCCUGAAAGAAAGGGAGUAAAGGUAGAGCAGGCCGUUUAGAGCGAGGUUACACAGUGCUGUUAUUGCUGUGCACAUGCAUCCCCUUGUUUACUAUACUCUCCAGGGAUGCUUGCUGGGCUUUAAUGUAGAUUGUGCUGUAAUGUAGGGUCACACAUCUGCGGAGAUUUAGAAGGGUUUGAUAAGAUGUAACAUGUAUUUUCCUCUUUUUCAAGGGUUUUAAUAUGAGAUAGUUUGGGCUUUUUGGAGUACGCUCCCAUGAUGAUAUGACUGGUUGCAUCAGCCAAUCAGUGGGCUGCGCAGAGGACACAAUAAUACAAAGCUGGCGAUAAGCAUUCAGGCUCAUGCCAGAUUAUCGCACCCAUAGCCUCAUUAUCCAGCCUGAAUCACAGACCUAUAUUUAAAGCCUUUAAGCACCCCAUCGUCAGGAUAUAGGUUGAACAUUAAAGUAGAUGUGAGGGACAGGGUAUAGGGGAUUGAAGGGCCCCAUGUAGUACGUUUUCUAAAAUUUUAUUUUGGAAUGUAAAUUUAAUACAUUAUUUUACAUAUUAUUAUUGAUAUAACAUAAGCAUAUCAUUUUUAUUCCACCUAUCAAAUAAAUUACUAUGCUGCAUUCAAAGCAGAUGUUAACUCCAGAAAGCCGUUUUCCAACUUGUCUCUGAUUCCAUUUUGUUUCUUUCUUAAAUUCCUUUUUUUUCCAUUUAAAUCUUAUCUGCAUUCUGUGUUUGACAGUGUAACUACAUUUUAUGACCUGAGGAUCGUCUCAUUGUGUGAGAUCAUUCCAAAUUUCAUAAAAAUUGAGGCAUUUCAACAAAAUAUAGAUAAAAUGGUGCUCUACUUGAGUCAGACAGUGUUCAAAAUAGUGCAAAUCUGGGGUCAGGUGUAUCAUUGAAAGUGUUAAAUACAUGACUCUUUGUCUUUUCAUUAUGUGAGGAUAAAUCAUUUAUCCACUGCCAUUAUGAGGGAAGUCCUGAAAGCAAAUGUGCUCUCCAACUUUUGAAUGCUCACCCAACUUCUUUCAAUUCUGGUACCCACACAAACUACACACUAGGAGCGGAAAUCACCAGUGGCCCCACGAUAUGAUAUUAUCAUGAUACUUGGGCCAAGAUACAAUAUUAUUACGAUUUUAAACAUUUUCCAAUACAGUGAGUUAUACAAUAUAUUGUAAUUUAGCUAAUUUAGCAUUUGUCUUUCCUUUUUGUUCGUCUUGUUUACACUGUAUUUUAUUUUCAUGUAGCACAUCUUACAAACCUCAUGUGUCAGGUCCAUCUCAUUUGUGCCCUGCUUUCAUUCCUAAUGUCUUUCCCCAGGUGCUGCUGUAUUUGUUGUACUAACUUUCUCCUGCUCUAUUACAUCACCUCUAACAACCUCACUGGACAAACAGUUGAUUUUAUUUUUCCAUUAUCAUAGAUUUGACUUCAUACUAGCAAUGAAUUUGGAUACUUGGUAAAUGUGACAAUACGAUAUAUCACCAGACAAAAUAUCGUGAUACUAUGCUGUAUCGAUUUUUUUCUCCCACCCCUACUCCACACCUGCAGCUUUCUUCUCAUUAUAAACACAAAGGCCUGCCUCUUUGUCAGAUUCAAAUAAGAACAUGUUUGAACUUGUGAACAAGAAAUUCUCCUCAGAAGGUGGUGAGGUCGAAAAAUGGUGAGAUGAUGUUACCAAGUAAUGGUUGGAGGUUCUGUUUCUGGGUUCAGGUCAUGUGACUUGCUCUAUGCUCGGCUUGUCACUGAGUAAGAUGAACCAAAUCAAAAAAAAAUCAAACUAAAAACUUUGUCACAUCAGAGAACAACCUGAAGGUGAGACUGUACUCAACAUGUUCUUGCUUGUGAACUUGUUCAUGUGCAUCAUGUGCACCAGAUUUGACAGAAGUUUAGUGUGUGUGUGUGUGUGUGUGUGUGUGUGUGUGUGUGUGUGUGUGUGUGUGUGUGUGUGUGUGUGUGUGUGUGGGCUGUGUUCCUUCAAGGAGCUCUGCAAGGCUGCCUGCUAUUGUGCUUCACACGUUUCAGCUUUUCAGCACCCUCUCCUCUUUCACAGUGGUAAUGCACAGAGCCAAUCAAUAGCUGGCUCACAGUAGUAGUGGAUAGGAGGUGGUACACUGUAGUACUCUCACACUAUCUCACAAGGACAUAAUGCUCAUCCUUGAAAGCUAUAAAGUGUAAGGCUUUUAAAAGAGCUGUUUAAUUUCGAAAUGUGUUUAUUGUUCGGUCUCCUAGCAUCUCUUACACUGAGCGUAACUUUCCUAGAGGACUCUUUAGGAAAUCAGGUGACUAUUUAUGUCAUCAAGACAUCAUAUUGAAGGCUUCAGGUCUCCAUUGUGUGUGUUAACCAAAGAUUGUACAUCAAAAUAGAUGCUACAAGUGUUUACAGACCAUGAAGCCAAAUAUCAAGAGGUCCCCCCCACUGACCACCUGCAGCACAGGAAAUGAAUCCUUCCUUCUCCUCAUGAAAAGAUGUGAAGGUCAGAUGAUCAUUUUAGAUGCUGAACACAACACCACACCACUGUUUAACGGAGAUCUGAUAUAAAUUAACGGAGGAAAUGUGACCUCAAAAAAUAUAAAAUGUCCUAAACUCAGUCCACCGCACAUCCCAGCAGAGACAAGACUGAUCAAACCUUCAGGAAAAAUGUCUUACCUUCACUCUGAAGUCUAAACUAGUCAGCAUUAUCAGUCAUCCAGCUCCAGCAGUUUAAUAAUCCACUGAUAUUAUUCACAUCCCGUUUCUCAGGGUCAGCUCGUGGCCUCGCGUUUCAACUGCAUUGACCCACCUUUGCGGGGGCCCGGCUUGCAAAAGGUUGAGAACCCCUGAUCUAGAGAAUAAAGAACAGUUACAGACGAGCAGUCAUUGUUUGGUCACAGUUUUUGAUUACGUUACUUUUGGCACGUAAGCCCCUUGAAGUCCCACUCCGAUCUUUUUUUUUUUGACCACUUAAAAUGUUCUCAGUGGUCUUUAAGUUGUGAUUAUGAAGUUUUUAGCCAAAUCAUGUUACUUGUCAUUUUGAAGGGCUUUUCUUCUGCAGAGCUCCAGCAGCUCAUUAGCAAUUUGCCUCUGAGUCGUGGAGGCAAACUGCUCUGCCCUACACCCUCCUCUUCAUGCCAGCUUGCAGCCUAACAAGUAGCAGGUAAUGUAGGAGUUGUUCAGCUCUCGGACACUAAUGUCUUUGGGUACUUGGAUGAAAAUUAAUAUCAUAAUUAGCUUUCUCACGAGCGUUGCAAUCCUUUAACGCACACACUUGUUCAGCGAUCAUCCUCUCUACUUCUCGGAGUCUGGCCUGAAGAGUGGGGUGCUGGGGGCGGAGUUUGGAGUUGUGACGUAGGAAAUCUUACCGUGUCUGAAUCUGAUGUUUGGGUCUGCCGGAGGUUCACAGUGAUUUGAAUGAGGAACUACUCAUAAAUGCAAUUUUGCUCUUAGUUUUCUCAUGAUAUGACUGUAGGAUCAGAAAAAUGCCAUAUGAACAUAUAAAAAACAAAGAAAACAUGAUUUUCAGAGGAGUGGGUCUUUAAAUCUACUGUCUUUGUGUUGCCAAUAAUUUGAGAGUUUGCUCUCUGCCUCCAUUAAUUCUUAUUAUAACACAAAAAUCGUUGACCUGCAUAAUAACAAUAAAGACUCAACAGUAUCACAUUGGGCCUCAGGAAGUCAGGAUGUGCGUUUUUUCACCAUAUCUCACUAAUAGAAACUCGAUGACUCACGAUGUCGUAAGAAAUCAGCAGAUCACGGCUUUGCAGCAUCAGUAUUAAAUACCACUCUGUUGUUAUUCAAAGUGUGCUGACAUUUAUGUUUCCCAGCUUGAUCUUUUCCCUGCUGUCAGGUGGGAUUUUCCUCUCCGACUUUCUGCCUUUGAAGCCGAUCAUAAAUCAGCGUAUGGUGAGGUAAGCUAGGGACUUGUUUGUUUGUCACAAAGAUUGACUGAGCUGAACUUGAGUCAGUCUCAGAGUUGUGUGUGAUUUAGAGGAGAUGGAAUGACUGUUAACGGCCAAUUACAUCACUUUGUUGUUGUACUACACCGUGUUUCUUUCUUUGGAGCCAGCAGUGAGUCAGCUCCAAUCAAUGGAGUGACAGCUGCAUGCUGAUGGAGUCGCUCGUAGGGUUGCUAAUUGCUUUGAACAAUCGUUGAUGAUGGUUCUUGGAUGACAGCUUCUUUAACCGGAGAUGUUUUCUUUUAUGCUACAAAAGAAGAGAUGUAUGUCUUAUCUGCUAAUACAAAGCAGAAGCUUUGUGUGUGGUGCUGUGUUUGACAUGUUUCUCUGCACCGGCUGUCUGUUGCAUGAGCUUCUAUUUUAUCCCUGCGUAUUGCGAAGGAUGUGUUUUGGGAGUGUGUAGGAGUGCCGAUCUUAAAAUGUCAUGAUAGGCAUCGCAUUAUAAUCCCACAAUGUAGGCUGUUUUUAAUAGGCUGUAACCUAUAGAUGGAUUAUAGCAGGAUUGAGGCCAAAGAUUAGACGGGUGCAUAUAUCACACCGUCCUCUUCCAGCCCAGUGUCUGGAACCGUUACUUACAUAUUGGAUUAUUCUGUGGUAAAUGAUUUACAUCCAGUGCUGUCCAGACACGCAUUAGCUUAGUCCUAGAGAGGGUUUGGUCACGCACUGUCUGGCUGGGAAAAAAUCGUAUGGGUGGAAUAGCAGGUCUCUAUUCUGCGUUUAAGUGUCAGGAGUGCAGAUGCAUGAAGACAUCAAGAAGGUUUCAGCCAGCUGGAGAUCUUGCUGAAAUCAACUCCCCUGCAGGGAUAUACACAUUUUCUAGGCAGGUAGUGUUUGUGUCAGUGUGUGUCGGUGUGGCUGUACGUGUGUCAUCUUCAGCUGCUAUCAGCCCAAGCUGUGCCAGACACCCUGCUUAGAGGACUUGAGCUUCAGACUGAGCUUGUUAUCACCUGCUUCUCGCUGAGAAACCUGCCUGUCCAACACCACCCCUGUGUUUACACCUAAAGCUGAAAAAGUUGUCAGACAAAUACAUGCACAGAUAAUUCAACAAAGUGUGUUUAAGUUGUGCGUUGUUAUUGAUUUUCAUAUUUCUGCAGAACACAAAUAACAAAAGAACAUUAAUAAACUUCAUGUAAUGCCAUGCUUUGGUUGUUAUUGCGUUCCAGGUUCUUCUAUUCAGCGGCAUUAGUACGUUGUGAUUCUUGCCAAAGGAUUUAAUUAACUGAUAAGUCAUAACGUCUGCACACAGGUUUGACAGGUUUGCCUCAGACUGCAGAGUGUCUGUUUAAGUUCACACUCAUAAAAAUUUAACUUUAAAAGCAGUGUUGUGAUUGAAACGCUAAGGCCAGAUUCAGCUCGAUUGAGUCAUAUACACCGGGGAGAAUAUCAAUCCCCAAUCACAUCAUAUAGUCAUGUUGGUCUGACUAUAAGAAGUUCAAUUAAGAGCAAUAAAUACAAUCAGUCACCUUUUUUCAGUAAACAUACUAUAUUUUAAGUCUUAGGUCCCAGAGUGUAAGUGGCGUUUAAGUCUCCAAAGUUGAAUCUGAAUAUCUGAGGUUUUCUCCUCUUUUCCUGAGUCUGAGGGUGGUUUCAUUUCAGGAACCUGGGCCUGGACCCAAGUAUUCAAGUACUCUCAAGGUAGUUUCAGGUGAGGCAUUAUUGUUUUAAACUGUGAAUAUGAUCACUGUUUCAACAUCAGUUCAUUCAGACUAUUAGGACAGUGUUCCUCAAGUGAAACUUGUUCUGUGGUUUGUAUCACUUGAAUGCUGCACAUUUGGUGUAUGAGAAACUCAGCUGGGAUUACUAUUGUUUUUAUGUCUGGUUCACCUUUUACUUGAAUCUCAUAGCUUGGUUAGCAAGACAAAAUUGAGUAAGAGAUGUCAGUCUGAAGACUCAGAUUUCUGCGUGUCAUUGCUGGCAGACACAGAGUGUCACACACCUCAGUCGCAGGUCAUAUCAGCUGACACAAAGUAGCUUAAAUUCUGUGAGUAGUAGCUGUGUAUGAGCCAAAAUGAAACCUAUCUGUUGUCUGGUGGAGCGUCUGUCUCAUUUGUUUGUGCCGAAACUGAGCUCUGCUUGGACUGAGUGCAGUUCCAGCUACUCACCCAAAUAUCUUUUAUGUUCCUGGUGAUUCUAAAACUUCAUUUCUGCUUAAAAUGCUAAAUAUGUAACAUGACUGACAGAAAAGUGGAUUAUACAAUAGGUAUGAAUCUUUCUUUUCUUUGCCUUUUAACUUUGAGCACAAGUUAUUUACGGGUGAAGAGCCACAGUUGUGCAGUAUCUUCCUCUGGGUGUGUCUGUAUUUUGCACAACCGACCGUUUUCCUGAGUGUAGGAAACAUCACAGCUGCUUGUUCUGCUCAGGCUGAUACGCUGCGGCCUCACUUUGUCGUGUUGCAUCAUGCCUGUUGUGUGCUUGUUAGUGUCAAAUGUAUUCCUCACCCAGCCCACUCCCACUUCACUGAUUUUUGUUUACAAGGCCUUUCUAGUGCUCAUUACGGCUGAACACUGUUCCUGCAGCGCUGCCUCUUCCUGACAAGGCCAGAGAGCUCUAACUAGCAGCAGCCAGUCAUUGAGACGAGGCUGCACUUAUUUACCAGCUCACUACACAGCAGCGGUCAGUCUUCUCUCUGAGUGGAGACAGGGAUUUGUACUAUCAUGUCUUUGUGUACUUUCAAGCUCUAUUAUUUAUUGUUUUUUACCAACAUGCACCCUGCUGUACUAUAGUGGAGCUCCUGUUAUUACUCCUGUAAUUAUAUGAUACUAGUAGCAUAACAUCAAAACAGAGGCGUAGUAUCUCAGCCAGCAAAAACAAAUACACUGAAUUCUGUUUCAGGGCUUAUUAUCUUUGGAGGUCUCUGCUGCACUAGUAGUCAUUACCUCAAAAAAAGUCCAUCUGUCUCCGUCUGUCUUUUGUGCAACUUUUGUGCUCAAUGUCUCUUCAUCAUUUGUGCCCCUGGCAUCAUAGGAGUUGGAAACAGCUGGUCUCAGUUGUGAGGGGUCAGAGAAUGUUAUUGACCAAGUAUGAUAUAUAGAUAUUUUAUAGAUUUUGAUUAUAACAUUGAAUGUGUUUGCAGAAGUCUUUUAUUACAGCAGCUUAUGGAUAUGAUAACUAGCUGGUUAGUUAACUCGAAACUGAGUCAUUUAAAUAAAUAUGAAACAAUUACAAAUGUUGCUGUUCUUGUCUUGAGGCGCUGGUGCUGUUGUUCAGCAACUUUGUCAAUGUUUGCUGAGUGUCGUCUUGUUUUCCUAGUACCUUAGCUGGUUUGUUAUGGUUGACACGGCUGACUCCAGAAACCUUUUAUACUCUUAGGCUCUGUCCUAAAUAGAUCCCUAACCCCUAUAUAGGCGACUUUAUGGGGUUUCGCGCCAUUUUGAGGGGUGUCCGAAACCUUAGUGAUCAAUUCCAAUACCUCAUAUAGGCGACUCAAAAUUUCCCAUAAAGCAUUGCAAACUGUAGUGACCAUCCGAUGGUCACUCACCAGUGUUGGGCAUCCCGUCAUGCAUUGCAUCUCCAGCGGCAACGUCACAAUGGUAGUGUCCGAAACCUCCGGUGAUUGAGUUCACUACGUAGUCAGCUAUAUAGGGGAACCCCAUAUGAGGGUUAGGGGUUAGGGAUUAAGUGAGUCAUUUCGGACACAGCCUUAGUUUAUCUGCACCUUGGGGUCUGUUGCCACCCAAAUUGUCCCGGAAUCCCAAUUUGAACUGCGCAUGUGCGAAACUUACGUCACUUCUUCUCCUCGUAUUUUAAUGCAUUUUAUGGCAGUUAGUCGUUACGAUUGAUACCUACCCGAUCCGUACUGCAGAAGUGCAAAUGUACGUCACCUUAAAAACUUUAUUUAUACUACCGAUCGAUUUCAGAAUCCAGCUGGCAAUGUGACAGGCUAGCUAGCAGGAGGCUCCAGGGCUAAUGUCAAGGCAUUUGCCAGAGCUCCUGCCCAGCAAAGUGAGACCUUUUGGGCCACAGAGAGCGCUGCAACCCAGUCAAAACUAUGGUUCUCUGACAUUUCAAAGUAUUUAAGGGGGGAUUUAUUUCAUUCAUUCUUAUUUAUUUUAAAUUAAUUAACAAGAAGCCUACACAUUAUGGACAAUGAAUUUCAGUGUCUUUAUACAGCGUUUCAAAUUCAACAAUGAAAUAUUCACAUUCAUUCAAGUCUUUAUAACUAUGUUGCAAUUUUACAAUUAUGCAAAGGAACCUUUAAUCAUGAAACUGGGCACCAUUCUCUUUACUUCCCUGCGCUCUGCUUCAGUCGGGGGAAGCACUCUGUUUAGGAGAAAAGCGAGUAGCUGGUGAUAAACUGAAAGAUCCAUUCAGACUAAAGCGAGCUUGCUAAGGGUGAAGCUGUGGAAUAAGUGUCAAAGCUGUCGCAAACCGCUAGGGGGGGGGAAAUUGCUGACCCGUCGCAAGGAUGGCUAGCGGAGUAAGCGACAUACAUUUCACACACUCGCAGUACAAAUUGGGUUUGCGGGAGGGUUUAGGUAGCAAUAGAGACACUGUCAUUCCCAAUAGUAUAAUAAAAGGCAGCAAACUGGGGUGUUGAUGGUCUGAGAGCCCCACGUUUAGAGACUAUAGCCCGCGCAUCAGCGGCUGCUGGUUCAUCUUCCAACCACAACCUUUUUCUGCAUGUCUUCCCCUAUCUCUCUGCAGCUGUCCUUUCUUAUAAAAGCAAAAACAGACCAAAAAAUAUAACUUUAAAAGAAAAAAGCUAAUCUCUGGGGACUGCACCUGAAAACUGUCUCUAAUGAAAACCAUCAGGAAAGUUAGUUGGCAGUUUUGUAUCUAGAGAUAAACAGAGUAUCAGUGCGGUUGUUUCAGCUCUACAUCACAUUAAUACGGCAGCUGGUAUCGCCUGCAGCAACAUUUGAUGAGUUUCUUUAUUCUCCAUGUUCAGUGUAGAGGUGUUUCCAGAAGGCCUGUCAGUAGCUGGGCUUUGAAGCAGCUCUAUAAAAGACAUCAAAUCGAAUUUGCUUGUUUGCAGUGUCUCAGCUGCUGCUCUGCCCCUCUGCUUUUAUGUGUCUGUUUGCAUGUAAAUUGACUGGAGUGCAGGUCUGUUUCUAGUAGCACUGUUAGCUACUUUGUACUUUGUAUAUGCAACUGUGCUUCCAUGUGUGUAUAUUCAACAGGCAGGAGUGUACACAGUAAACCGGAGACACCAGUUGAUGGAGAUAGUACUGAACAGUUUCUGCCGCACACACUCGCUGUUCUCGCUGAGGGUGAAGAGGAGCAUGAAACAACAAAUCUGUGAACUGCUGCAGUAUCUUUCCACAGAUAAACACUCUGCAGCCGGCAGUGUUAGGUAAUUCAAGGCUGUGCGAGGUAUUGUCACACACCCAGGCAGCUCUGAUAGACACAAACAAACCUCUCCUCUCCUCUUACCCCCCCUCCCAUUACUCUCAGUCGCUUUGCAGGAACAAGUAGGCCAAAAGUGGGAAGCCUUGUCUGUGCUUUAAACACAACAAAGGAAACCAAGCAACUUGAUCCCACAGACUACUCAGUUCUGGGUUUUACUCUGCACCACGUUGAGGGGGAGAGCUGCUCUUGAAAAGCAGCCUCCCUGCCUCUGUUUGUCAGUGAUUCCCAGGAAGGUUUUCCUCCUCUGCCUGCUCAUUAUUCCUGCCCCAUCUUUGAGCUUAUUCAGCAGCAUUCGAGCUGUCAGAGUUCUCCCCCAACACCCCCGGAGGAGGGGGAGGGAUUUCCCAACUAGCAUUUGCUAGUAAGUACACAUAUAGGGGCAAUCCCUCACAUUAACUCCUGUUAACCUCGCUCUUCUCUGCGUGUUUCAGAGCUAAACUCUGGCUCUCAGAGGGAAAAGCUGGAGCACAGAAAAGGGUUUUUAAUUUUGAAUGCAGCAGCUCUGGGUUUUGGUUUCCCUCCACUACCUCACCAAAGGGGAAGAGCCGGGUUGAACUGCUGCCAUUUUCCCCUCGUAUGUAUGUGUGUGCAGCUGCUGUUGUUAACAGAGGGUGGGCUCACUUUUCUCUCUCUUUGUGUUCAUACAGUGGGAGAGAAAUAACAGAAUUGUAACAGUCUCUUACCAUUCUGCCCAUGCUUAUUUAUGACAGAGCAAACUUCCCCGUCCUUUUUUGACUUUGUUUUCAUGCCAUGAGAUCGGUCUUGAACUUAUUUCUUAAUGUUUGGAUCUCUUCACUGUUCUUCAUGAGAAAAACACUCUGUUCACUCUUUCAAACUUAUAACUGGAUUUAGAUGAACCCACUCAAACUGUCCUUGUCAUGCUUUUGGAUCCUCACUGGAGGCAUUAGACAAAAUCUGGGCAGAAUAUUUCCCAAUCUUAGAGGCGUGACUCCUCUUCUGCAUCCUCCCUUUAUGAAGCAACCCUCUUAAGUCAGGGAAGUGCUUUUCUUGACAUCCUUUAAGUAUAGUCUUUCAAAAGUCACUGUUAUAAAGUUAGUUUGAUGCUUCUUUGGCUAAGAAGAGGAAAAUAUAGCAGCCUGAAGCUCUUACCCUUGCAGAAAUUGGUAUAUGACAGAAACACUGUCUUGUUACCUCUGGACUGUAACCAGCCUUCUGCCUCCAGCACAGCACUUUUACCGUCACUUUAAGACUCAGUUGGUAGAAGUGACAGACUGCCAAGCCCUUGCUUCUGGUUACUUGGUGUAAAAUGAUGCACCAAAAAAGUGCUUGCACUGUUGGGUGACUUAUGGAAUCAUAAGUCAGUAAUUGAUGCGUCAGACUCUUCCUGCAGACUCAAACUCAUCCUCUACCUUUCCUCUCAACAUAAAGUGAUUUUUUUGGGGGUUUGAAAGUGACUCGUACAUCUCUUAGCUUCUUUUCACCACAUUUCAUUUCCCUCCUCCGGUAUUGUGCAGCUGUCAACUUCCUCUACAGCUCAUAAACUGUUAUUUAAAUUCCUCUUCUUGUGUAAUUACCACAUGGAGCCAUGAAGUAGUGAUACAGUGAGUCAGUUUGAUAGGGAGGUCUGUUUAUAGCCCUCUAUUUGUACAAUUAGAACACUGAUAUUUGCCUCGGUGUAUCAGCACAUGUAUCACACAGGUCAGGAUGGGGUUAUAUUACCCUAUGAAUACGCUGUCCCACCCAUUAAACUGAUCAUUAAACUGAGUCAGAGCUUUUUUAACCUCUUUGACUUGGCUUGUGCAGAUGGUGAAGUCCAUUCAAGUGAGUAUUGUCAAUAUCAAACGGAUGUACUCGUCAGCACCAGACAGGACCUGGAGGGGCAACAGAUAGCCGAAGAGAAACUGUGAAAAUGUCAGUUAUUUAAGCCUGUAUCACUGCAUUAACGUCAUCUGUGUGCCCAGGUGGAAAUUUUCAAAGUUUGUGAUUAAAAUAUGUUUAGAUUUGUGAUAAGGCUGGACGAUUAUGGCAAGAAUAAUAAUCACGAUCAUUUCUACUGAUAUUGAAAUCACGAUUAUUAAGCACGAUUAUUCAUUGAAUUAGAAUCUUGAGUAUUUAUUGAGCUACCAAAAUUUAACUUUAAAUAUUACUUAAAAGAACAGCUGGAAAUGAAUAGGUAACAAGUAUACAAGAAAAAAAAUCAGCUCUGUUUGAUUGCCAACAAUAACUUGCUCAUGCUUAUACUUGGCGCACGUGCAGUGCAGUGCGGUGCAGCGCGUGUAUACUGGAACAUACAGUGCCCAGCAUAAGUCAGUACACCCCCGACUAAAAGUAAUGUACUACCAGAUAUCUAGACGAGCAAAAGAACAAUUUCCAAAGUUUUGACAAAGCUGAGUUUAACAUAACAUUUUAUUUACCAUUAGAUAAAAAUAAGGGUGAUAUGGUAACUAAAAUUUAGCUUUGCUUCCAGAACUUUGCUUGGGGUGUACUCAUUUUUGCAUCCUGAUUCUAAAUUGAAAAAAAAUACUUUUUGUAUGCAGCUUUAAAAAUCUUUAAAAAUCCUACAUUUGGGGGAGGAUUUUGUUGUGUAGUCUGACAUGAAAAAUGCUGAUUUUAAAAGGAUACUAAAGGUUUUCUGACAACUCUGAAGGGGUGUACUCAUUUAUGCUGAGCACUGUAUGAGUCAGAGUUAUGGCCAUGUAAAUUAAAAAAAAACCAACUAAUUUUUAAGGUGUGCUGGCUUUUGUUUUGCUGUGGCGGUGCGCCACGAUCAAUUGCAUGUAGGGGAAACCCUGAAGUUAGUCAUAUUGCUUUGGGGAGCAGACACAACAGCAUGACAAACUUUUCAAACUAUUUCCUUUUGCUCAACCUCCAUGAAAUUGAAGCCAAAAAGGCUCCAGAUAACUGAAGUUGUCCUACCUUACUCCUGAAUCAAACACUGAAUUUCUGCCAUGUUUUCAAUCGCUCGCUCCUCGUAUUAUUGAUCCACACACACGACACACGCUAGCUGCAGCUGCACAUAACAGGGGUGCAUUCAAGGUGUUUUUUCUGGCAUAGGAGCUUACAUACACGCAGCGCUGUGUUAAUUGUUAAACAUUAAUUGUUUUUCUUCGAUUAUAAUGUUUUUAUGAUCAUGACAGGCCAAAAAUCGAAACCAUGAUUAAGAUUCAGUUAAUCGUCCAGCACUUAUUUGUGAUUUACAGUUACAGAUAAUUGUCUCUAGAAAGGAAUUCACAGUCCUCAGGUGUGCGGUCGAAAACACUGCGGUUGCACUGAGGAAUGAACAUUGGAGUAGGUUGUGGGGGUGAGUUCAGGGGAGGUGUGAAGGCUUCACAUGUCUGUGUAAUUGUCAGGUGGCAUGAGAGCUCUUACAAAAUGUCACCGAACACUUUCAGGAGUCUGCAGUGAUUCAUUUCUGCAGGAGAGACUUUUUAGGAAGCUGAAUACCAAAGUCCAACGGUCUCACAUUUCUCACUUUUGUCUCUGUCCCCAUCGGUCCAGAUCUGUCAUGGUUUAUGUUUGUUUUUGUUUCAUUCCAGUCAAUCACAAGAGAAGUGAAUAAAACCAUUGUUUGGAUUCAGUGAGCUGCACUGAUUGGACAAAUAACUGUGGAAAAAUAAACGGUAUGAUGUAAUGUGUCACAGGAUUUCUUCCAAACCGCACAGAUGGUGCAUAAUCAAGAACAGGAAAUCAGUUGUGUUUUUUUUUUCUCUUUCUCAUCCUCAGCAGUGUUUUCACACCAAGUCCCACGGCUUCACAGAUUACAGUUUUCCUCUGCAUGAACUUUCAGCGGUGGAAAGUUUGACAGCUCAAGAAUGAGCUGAUGGAUGUUGUGAGAAAGCUGCUUGUUGAGAUUUCUGUCCUUCUUACUUUUCUGGUUUUAGUGUUUCAAGUUUUCUGUUAUGCUGCCGAACUUCCAGGUUCAUUUUUCACCUAAAGGCAAAGAAAUAUGGAGACUUACAUGAAUGCAGAGUAUGCAGGAAUGUACGUUGCAGAUGUUUGAUCAUUUAAAUUCAGGUAGCAGAGCUCUUUAUGUGUGUGCAUGUUUAAUAUCACAUACACACAGUCUGAGCAACAGCUCUGUGUCAGAUCGUCUGAAGGAAAAAGAUCAAAUCAUGAUGUUUCUGUCCCUUCUGUCUACACAGAAGAGUCCUGGCUGAUAAAGGAGUGCAGCCAGACUGAAUGGGGGUGGAAGUGUUAUUAGCAUUAGAAAGCCCUCUUCCUCAGCUCCCUCUUCUUCCUCACAUUGUCUGCUUCUUGCUCUCAGGAUAUCUCACUUCCCUAAAGCGGCAUUGUUUCCUUUUGCUGGUCUGUAGCUCAGUUUUUUUAGCAAACAGUUUUACUAUAGUCCCCCCCUGUAAAUAUGUGUGGUGUGGUUUCUACUUUUGUGAAAUAUUUGUUUCCCUGAGUAAGAAAAGAGUGAGGUUUGCUCAAAGGAUUGUUUUUCCUGUUUUGUUUAGGGAGCUUUUUCCGCUUUCAAGGGGCUUGUGACAUUGAUCCAUCCCCAAAAUGAUGCCAGUACUUUACUCUUUUUCUGUUUCGUCUUAUCCAAAUCAGUCUAAUGUGGUCAAAGGGGUAAAAACAAAAACAACUUGAUUACAUAGUGUUGUGGAUGGAAAGUACACUGUCUUUAAGAAUAUCUGACCAGAAAAGAAUCUUGGCUUGUUGGUCCAUGUUUGAUGUCUCUGCAGAAUCUCUCUUUGUGCCCAUUUGGUCCCUUGGCUUUUCAGACACGUUUAAGAAGAGGAGCUGAACACACACUCUGCAUGCUCCAUUCAUUAGAUAGGGCAAAAUGAGCACAGCACAGCAGGAUGAACAGUAAUCAGUCAGUCUUGAAUAUCAUAUUUUUAUGAUCAUUAAAGGGUCUCAAAUUUGUUUAAUCAUUCAACCUUAGCUGCAUUUUCUGUUCCAAUCUCUGAUGCCAACUCAACAGGGGGAACUCCUUCAUCCCACUGUUGCAUCUGUAGCAGAGGAGUAAGAGCGGUAUGCAAUCCUGAAAUGUGUCUUUGUGUGAGGAGCCAGUGCACAAUAAAACCCAGUCGGCACAGUUUUUUGAAGCAUCUUGCUUAAUCGUCAGAUCCUCAAAUGUAUAAAGUAUGAAAAAAUGUGAAUUGAUUAAGAACUUACUUUGCAGUUUCAGCUUUUGAGGAAACAAAAAUAUAAAGUCAGCUAACUAAAAACUACGACAGCUGCACUGUCUAAUUUUAUACAUCGAAACCUGUUUAGCAUGAGCCACCACCAGUAAAACUUCCUCUUAAAGGGAUAUUUCAUAUGUUUCUGGAUGGGGUUUUAUGUGGGACUUGUUGAUAGCAAUGCAGAUGGAACUGGUUUUGCCAUGUGGUUUAGAUCAUCUUGAAGAAGACUAAUGCAAACUCUAAUGUUGUACUAAGUGUUCAUUUCUGAGGCUGUUUGAUGGCUGCAACUCCAGACUGUUUACAUGACUGAUUAUAUGCAGAUUAUUUUUGCAAGUGACAGUUCAUCAUGAUAACAGACAAGCAUCAUAAAGACAACCAUAAAAUCACACAGUCAUUACUUCUAUAUCACACAUUAUUUUUGUUUGCAACUGGACUGAAUUGCAUUUUUUUUUUGUGAUCCAAGUUUGAGCAGCAAACCCUCUCAAUAAAUACUGCGGAUACAAGAACUGUUUAAAAGUCUGAAAAGCAUCUUCUGAUUCAUCCUCAUGAACGAGGACAUGGCCCCAGACACCACAGAUCAGCUCAAGGGACACCCUGCAGCAGUGGGUCAGAUCAGAGUGAGGCUUUUGUCGCUGACACCCCCAGAGGCAGUUUGCUGUUGCCUUAUUUCUUUUCUCCUUUAAAGCUCCUCUGCAGCUGUGAGUGUGGUUGUCAGAGUACUGUUAUUUAUUAAAUAUGAAGACACACUGCAGAGAGGGAAAAAAACUCAGACCUCAAAGCUAUAUCUCAACACUGCUUCUUGUUGACUGUUUUCUCUGUCCUGGCAGCGCUGUGGCAGUCAGAUGACAGUGCAGAACUCGCUCUUUAAUGGGAAUGUUUCUCUUUGUGCCAAAGCAGAGGAAGCUUUUGCUCUAAGGCUGUAAAAUUCUGUGAAAUCUGGCCAUGGAAAUUUGGAAAUGCAACAGAAUGUGGCUCUCUCAUUUCUCUCACUCCUCCCUUUCUCACCCCCUACUCCCUCGUUCCCUUCCUCCUCUGUGGGUGUUUGGUACACUAAGUGCUUCAUGAUUGCCAGGGCCGCGAGGAGGCACAAUCGGCGGAGGCGUCAGCAGCCCUCAGCCAAGUGUCCUUGCUUCGCCGAGUGGAUUUUUCUGGCAGUGUUGUGGCGGAGUGACGGUGCAGUCAGCGUUACCCGGUCAGACGGCAGCGUUUAACAGCAUUUCUGCUCAGCAACAAGCUGGUGGAAUUUCCAUAACAACUACCGUGUUGUUCAUACUUAAGAGUAAUUUGUCACGCUCAAAUGUCACACAGGCUCACCACAUCCAGAGCGACUAGACGGUUAAAGUGCUUAUGUGUGCACUUGAGUCGUCUGGAAUUACACGCAUUGACAGGGUUUUUAUUCCACUUAACUAAGACUGUAUCUGCUGCAGCCUGUUAACACAAUACAGGAGAAAUAAAGGCGGGUGACAGAUCUGCUUGAGGACUUAUUUUAGGGACCCAACUCAGUAUUUGUAGCUCAAACUGCUUAUAUCUCAGAAGGACAUGAUUUAUGAUGUUACUGCUUAAUGUGGAGUCAUCAAAAUAUCACUUUAAGUUAAAAAUGUCUCCUAACUUCUAAAAAUGCCCUUUUUUUUCACUUUUUCAAUCAAAAGACAAAAUGUUCUUAUAAUCCCAGACAGUGUUUUGACUUGUUAAAGCUAAAUCUGUAGUUUUUGACUAUUAUGUGUGGGUUAAAUAAAACUAUUAAAACUAGCCUUUAAAAUUUGGUAUUUUUUUGGCUGAAUGCAAGAAUCAAGGGAUUGAUAAUAUAGGCUAAAAAAUAUUAUUAUUAUUUUUAUAUUGUUUCAUACCAAACUUGAUUUACAAUCUUGAUUAUACUCCUUCUAAAAAUAAAAAAAAGGAAAAUAAAAUGGCUCAAAACAACUUUUAAGACUCAGUUAUAUCGGUUUCAGCAUAUAAUAACUUAAAGUUUUUUUUUGCAUCAUUAACAAUGGAGAAAAUGACGUCUUACACAUGUUGGUAAUAGAUAGCAGCUGAUCUACUCUAUUUCUAUAUUUGAAAAGAAAAUCAUCAUUUAUGGUAGAAUAAAAUGUCCCGUUUCUGAAACAAUUAGAGAAAUAGGUCAAUUUUAUUACAGGAGCUUUAUUAGCUGAUAUGAGUUUGACAACAUAGGCAUAUUGGCCACCAGCAAAAAUCUAGUUUUGUGCAGCCCUACUUUUAUGGUCAUGAUGGGGCAGAGCAAUUUCAGCAAAAUACCAGCAGCUGGGUAGCCCAUGUCCUGGGUUCAUAAACCCAGGCUAUUUUACAGUACACAAAGGCACUGUAUCGUUAGAGAUACACACCAUGACCACAUUAGUGAUGAUUUUACACUGUCUUCCUUUAGGGUCAAAAACUUAUAAUAGAUCAUAGGGCUGGGCAAUAAACUGAAAAUUUACCGAUGCUGAAAUUUAUGACAAUAACUGACGUCAUUUUUCCCAUGUCAAUAUAUUCAGUGUCAAAAAAAAAAAAGUAAAUAAAAGUUGUUUUUUGAUUGGGGCUAUGAUCUCAUGCCCCUUUUAAGAUGCCGUUCUACGUCCGAGACGUGACUUCUCCCCAUCCAGUCUGUAACAAAGAGGGAUAGACAGGUGAGGAGAUGGAGGACAGUUCAAAAGCUGGAGCGGCUGGAGUGGCGGCUGAAGUAGAUAAAGUCAAUAUGGGAGGGGGUGAGCAGUUUGUGGAGUACUUAUUGUCCAUUUAUCGUUAUCAAGGUGAACUGUUUAUUAUAACAUGAUAUUGAUUUGAGGCCAUCUCACCCAGCCCUAAUAGAUCAUGCUUUAAAAAAACAAAAACAAAGCAGGACGAACUUGGUAAAUCGAAGAAACUGUAUUUUGCAAGUAUCUUAUAAACACUAGGACUCUGAUUUCUCCAUCUUGUAGAAAUCAGAGCUGUGGCUUGUUUGAAGUGUGAAUUGUGAGAUGUGUUUUCUAUAAGCUCAGAAAAGCUGCGCUCUCGUCAAAGACAAGUUUAUUUUAGAGGAGUUUGUGUUUGUCAGCUGUGUUGAUGUUACGCUGAGCUGUGAUCAUUAUCAGUGAGGGCUCUGCUUCCUGACUGUAAUUUACACACUGUUAGACUGAUGAUGAGGGUGAAGACAGAUGUAUUCUCGUCUUGUGAUUUCUGUAAACUUUGGCCCAGUUGACUUAGUUCUGACAGUGGAACAUGUUUAGAGAUGGAACAGUGUAACUAAGUCUGUACAAACCCCAUAGAGAUGAUUGUUUCAUAUUCAUCCUAGAGAAAUCAGUGUUUAGUAUUGGAAUAAGUCUCUGUAACACCUCCAAAGGUUUCCCUUUCUUGGAUCUGAGAAGUGAAUUAUGGAGCUCUCAUUGCUAUUUCUGUUUGCCGGCAGUCUGUGAUGAUUCAUGAUUUGUUUGGAUUAAAGCUGUUUCUGAUGAACAGUUUAAACUGCCUCAUAAUCCCCCACUUGCUUAGGGCCAAAUGUUUAUAUUACGUGCUUUAAAACUGCUAAUGAUAACACUGUAACUUAGAGGAAAUCAAACUAAUGUCUUGAAAUGUGUUGGAGGAUGUUAGAAGGUUAUUUUGUAUUAUUUUGUAUGUCUCUUUGUUAAAUGCAGCUCUCUUUCUCCUUCUCUUCUCAGCGGUCAGUUUGCUGUGGUCAGAAGAUGCCGGCACAGGAGUACGGGUGUGGAGUACGCCGCCAAAUUUAUCAAGAAGCGGCGCAGCAAGUCAAGUCGACGCGGGGUGACAAGGGAAGACAUUGAGCGAGAGGUGAACAUCCUGAAGGAGAUCCAGCACCCGAAUAUCAUAACUCUCCAGGAGGUCUUUGAAAACAAGGCAGAGGUCAUCCUGAUCCUGGAGCUGUGAGUGCAGCCUUCUUUAUUUUCUCUGUCAGAAAGUGUUUUAUAGUCCUCACAGCAUUCAGCCUUCAGUGAAGGUCAUGUAAAGCAAACUGUGACUGUAGCUAUAACCUGUAGUGAGCCUCCUUUUUUUUCAUCAAGCGUCAGUGAGACCAGUUUGACCAGUUUAUACAGCGCUCCGAACGCUCUGAGAUCAAUCAUGUUUACACCACAAGCAUCCAGCCGCCACGCUCAUUAAGAGCCAGCAAGCACAAAAGCAGAACACAGCACACCUCCAUGAGUAGGUCACCUUACAGCCAGAGUGAUUGUUGAGAGCUGCAGGACAACAUUCCUGACCAGUGAUCACAUUCGAUAGAGUUGCAAAGAAGAAAUAACAAAGAUUAUCCAGGCCGGCAGGACAGCGCGUGUGUGAGUAACAAGUUCAUGGCUCAGUUCCAGUUUAACACUUGUACUACAGGACAACAGGUACACUACUUUGAAGGCCCAAAAUGAAAUAAUAUUCAACACUGACCAAGUAGUAUUUAAGCUGAAAAAUGUCCUUAUGUGGUAUUUAUAUUUAAUUGUGACAUUUGAACAAGAAAGAGUUAAAAUGUUCCCUCCUUUUUCCUUCUAGAAAGUCAUUUAAUGGGAUUUUAAGUUGAGUUUAAGUUCUACUUAAACAAGUCUCUCAGUCAGAUAAUUUUCAAAGUGCCAUUGCAUUCUGGGUUGAGGGCUGCCUGCAACAUUUAGGCUUGAGCGGAAGAAAUAGAAACUAAUGAAUUGAUUUUUUCUCCCCUUUAGGCCUAAAGUACACUUGCUAUUUAAUUCCCACAUAGGCAUGCACAACCAGCUGCUUCAUGAACAUAUUUGUGCACUAAGUGUUCUACUAGGCGAUAAAUCUGGAGGGACCUGACGAAGAGCAGCUUUUACUUGUGAGAUCACUUCAUUCCUCCCAACAUAUGAGAUCCAAGAAAAGUCCAUCUUACAACCCCACCUAUUGAAGUACAGCUACGCACAUGCCAGAUCCUCCUCACCAGUUUGGCAACUGAUGGGCAGUAGAAACAAUCCUCCACCUGCACCAUUCUCUCUCAGUUUUUGCCCAAAUUCAGCUCAACCCUGUCCAACAACUUUGACAGGCGUGUUUGUUAUUGUACAGAUACAGUAACACACAUCGUACAGAUGUGUAUAAGUGCAGCCGUACUCUAUGAAUGGAGGUUGGAUUUUUGGUCAACCUAGCCUCUUCACUGCCCCCGCAGUACACAUCAGCCCAUAUUGCGAGAUGACAAGCACAGUUAACAGGCCAGACAUGCAGGGAACAUGAGGCAGCCAUCGUGCACGUGAGUCUCUCUGUCUCUUGUUGACAAAGGGUUAAGAGAGGGUGUGGAAAAAAGUGCAACUGUGCUUCUCAGGGGUUAAAUUUUUGUUUCAUACUGUAAAAUCAUUAAAAAAACAGUCCCAUGACUGGAUAAUAGCCUUGCAAUGACUUAAUAUUACCUAAAUAUGAUCUUGAAUAGAAGGCCUAAUAUCAUUCUCUACACACUUCUCAAAUUUGCACAGCUUAUAGAAGAUCAGAAGUUAUCGAGUGAGUCAACAACUUCAUGUUGAAGAGCAGAUGAGCACAGCUUUAACAGUGAAUUGAUUGUGUGCAUGUAGAACUGGUUUCAAAUCUCAGGGUUUACCCAGAGAGCUCUGAAAUCUCUUCUAGUACAGUAAAAAAAUUUUGUUAAAUACAUGCUAAAGAGAGAACUCAGAAAAUUAACAACAUGUGAUAAUGUUACGGCUGUUUCUGUGUCUGUCAAUGAGUCCAGUUUAACACAGUCCCUCAAAAGCAGGAAGUUUUCUGCGUCUGGUAAUGACCCUGCUGGAAUUAAAUCACUGAAUCCAUUAGGGGAGAUCCAUCAAUAUCAUUUAAGUUUUAAAACGUUUGUGUGGCCAUAAUCAACCCAGAAAGUGCCCCAAUGAAGUAAACAAGGACUAUUGGAUUGCUCACUCAAAUAUCUGCCAGAAUGUGACUGAGAAGAAAUCCAGUUACUGCCAACGUUCACUGAAAGCAAGGCACUAUAACCCAGUGGCUGCAAGGAAGAGCAGGAACGCUGAGUCAUUUCUCUUAGCAAAAAACAGAUAAUAGCUUUCGGCUGUUUUUGGGAGGUGGUCCAGCUCUUUGGAGGGGUCAUCAGAGGCGUGUUCAGCUGUUCAGCCAGGACCCUGCAGCCUGGAUAAGACAGGCCCUGUUAGCUCUUUUCCUCUCUUCCAGUUGGCAUCGGUCCUGCUUGUUGUUGGGCUCAGUUCAGCUCAAUCCAACACCUUCACAGCACACGCUGAAUCUCACACAUCCAGGCUGCUCUCUCACUUAUGAAAUUGCUCACUUCAACACUGCAUUGUUAAAGUGUGUCAGGAUGGAUUAAAAUAAACCCGUUUUGUGUAUUUAACCUCUAGAAAGCACUCUUGUUAAGUUAAACUGCCUGAGCUGUCAUAUCAUGAGAAAAGAGAGCACCUGUUUAGUUAAGGCACUGCUAUUUUUGAGGCUGGGUCAAAGUUUGGAGCCUGUUCUGACAUAUUUUAAUGCAAUGGCUUUGGUGCACCUGUCCAGAGAUCUAGAUUAUCUAUGUUUGUAUCAAGGCUUUUGUUGGGCUGUCUGUCGGGCAGACGUGCAGCACUCGGCCGUUACUGUGUUUUAGAUUUUGGCAUGUUGAGCUGUAUGGCUGUAGCUUCCAAACUUUCUUGACUUUGGUUGUGUACUCUUGGUGAGUGACAGCUAAUUUUAGUCAGUGUCGUGUCACCCGUGUUGCCAUGAGGAACCGAUAAAAGAUGAACUGCUAACUAGGAAGUGUUGACUUCUUUAAUGUGAAACGUUAUUUACACGGUAUUCUGAACUUCUGAUAUGCUGGCAUUCUGCAUUUGGACCAUUUUUACUUUGAAGUCGGUUGACAAAGUUCAAUACCAUCCACAACGCGCUCUGGUUGGCUAGAAGUCACACGACCUCGUUAACCACCUGUUAACCCGAGUAUAUGAUGUUGGUCAUUUCCGUUAUGAUUAUGCAUUUGUUUAUGGCACCGAGGCAAAGUUUUGUGUCAGAGUUCAUUACAUCUGAAGUUCUACAUUUUCAUUUUUACUGUAAUUGCAUAUCACUUAAAAAUAUAUCAAUAAUUAUAUCAAUAAUUGGUUUCCACCUGAAAACCAAUAUUGGUCAAUCCCUAUGACCAACCAUAGAAGAAAAACAGCUAUAAUAAAUUACUACUACUAAUCCAGACGACGUCUUUUAUGAUGUUCAUCUGGGAUGAAACAAUUGCUAAGCUCCAUAUCUUGACAUGCUCUCAGCUUGUACGAUUAAAGCUAACUUGCUGUUGAUAAAUCAGGCAUGGAAAAAACACAGUUGAGACAGCAUUAGUUAGAUCUUUGUAAUUAUUAGUUCUUUGCUCAUUAAUAUAAUUAAUUGGUUCUUCUUCUUGUUAUUGGUUACACAGCUUACAUUAAAAAAAACAUACAUUAAUUCACCCGUGUCAUAGUUACAGCUGCUGUUCUUGAGGUUUACACAAAACUUGUAAUGCAAAUAUAACAAGUUGACAUAAUGGGCGAGUCUUACACCAAUCUGAUAUCUGUAUUACAGUUCAUUAUAAUACAUUACAUAAGAUAUGACUAAUAGAUAUCACUGGAACACUGCCCUGGUUUAAUUCAGUGCUAUUCUCAUCCAAAGCUGGUGCAGUAACAUGCUGCUCUCCUCAGCCCAGGGUCAGUAAAAGAAUACGUUGUGCAUGCUAAAAAUAUUUGGCGUCAUGUUUUGCGCCUUUGUCCUCCACAUCCUCUCCCACCUCCUGCUGCUGCCAUGAUCAUGACAGAGACUGUCUUUAAACACAAAACAACACAGGAGCGGCAUGUUGGGGUAGCACCCUUCUUUCCUGUUUCUCUCCUCUCUCUGUGAUGUGUGUCUACACCCUCCAAACCACUGAUGCAGAUGAUGAAAUAAACCUUCGCGAUGUGGUGUGGGUGUUUGGUGGGAGGAGGCGGUGGAGGCCCCAGCUGUGCAGCUGGUCUGGUGUUUCCUCCCUGAAGGGAGGAGCACUGUGUAGUUGUGUGUUUGGGGGGUUUGUAGUGCUGCAGUGGAAAUUGUUCUGUAAUUAUUUGGUGUAAAAGUCAGAUUUAACAUUUUAGAAGUGAAUGAGUUUUAAUAAAUGUUGAUUAGAUGUAAACAGUGAUUUGUUUUUUUAAUCUUCACACAUAUUUAAAGACACACACACACGUGUAAGUAUGGCUGAGUGAAGCUCAGCUUUAAUUACAGUCAUCUGCUGUCUCCCUCGCUCUUCUGCUUUCUCUGUCACACUUCCCCUCUCGUUUCAGGCGUUCACUCUCAUUAUCAGGCUGUGAUCAAGAGAAAUCCUCUACUCUCGACUUUCCUCUUUAAAGCAGACUCACUCUCUGGUUUUAUCAAACAGUUUUCAGUUCUGAUUUCAAACAGACUCAAGAGACCUGUACUCACUUCAUCUGAUAAGAUCUAGAUAAUGUCCCUGAAGCGAAUAGCAAGGACUGACACUUCUAUAACCAGGCUUAGGAGGACAGGCUUGGUGUCAUAAUGUCACAACAGGGGAUGGACAGUAUGGCAAAAAUGUGCUUUUUUGUGCAGAGUCACAAUCCUGUUUUUGUCCCUAAACUUUUCUAUGUGUAUUUUUAAGGUAAUUUUUUAAAAUACUAACCAUUAAAACCAAAGUAAUUUCCCAAUUUGAAAAACAUGGUCCCGAAUGACAAAAGAUAGAAAAUCAUUUUAGACAAAGUAUCUUUUUGAACAGAUUUAAUCUGACUGUCUUGUGAGAUUUGAGGCAGCAUCUUUCAGAUGCUACACAGAAACUCUCUGAACUCCCAGAAAAACUUUUGAAACCGAAGCCCAGGAUUUUCACACAUCAUCAGCAUACUGUAUGUCAAUGUUUAUGCUAAGUGCUGAAACAGAUGACAACAAAAUGUGCCGGUACUUUAAAAUGUUCAUGUUGUGGUCUUUCACAGUUUAUUAUCUAAUCUCAUUGCCCUUACAACUGAGUCAAAAACAGUUUAAAAUGAAUCAUAUUCUUGCUGUUCCUAAAAUUUUCAGUGAGCAUUGUAAAUGUCAGAGUGGUAUUCAGCCCGAUAAAAAAGCCUAAUUAACCUUUUUUUUUGUACUGUAUUUGAAUCAGUUUUGGUUAAAAGUUUGAUUUUUAUUCAUUUAAAAAGUGAAUUUAUUCAACACUCUGGCUUUUUCUCAUUCAUUCAUUCUUAUUUUUCCUGUCUUAUCUUGCUUUGACCCUGUUUAUUAUUUCGUUGCCUUAUUUCAAAGAAAAAACAAAAAAAUAAUAAUAGCUACAAAAAGUAAAGAAAACGUUUGAAUUUCCAGUAGCUCAGGUGCAUUUCCCUCUACUUUGAUGGAAAGUUCUCAUCAUCUGAACAGUGUUGGGUAAAGUGUGCUCAGGAUGUGUAAAUUGGUUGCGCUCUAAUGCAGCAGGAUGAUUAGAUUACAUCAGCUCAGCUCUGUUAAGCAGGGAUUUGUAGCUGGCUGUGAUCUGAGAGAUCUCACGUAUUAAUUCACUCCCCCCUCUCUCUUUCAUUCUUUCUUUCCUUUCGUACAGCGUGGCCGGUGGUGAACUCUUUGACUUCUUGGCAGAGAAGGAGUCUCUAAGUGAGGAAGAAGCCACUCAGUUCCUCAAGCAGAUCCUGGACGGAGUCUUCUACCUGCACUGCAAACAGAUCGCUCACUUUGACCUAAAGGUACUGAGGCAACUGUAAUUACAUUUUUCUCAGUGUUUAUUCUCACUGGGCUUUAUUUUGACAGAUAAAUGCAAAGCUGACAACAAAUGGCCCCUAUCCCCCACUAAGUAACUCAGACAUUUGAAAUCUCUGUAUAGAAAUAGUCACUUCUCCUGCAGAUGUUCUGGUUUGCUUUUGGAGCUUAUUUUUAGGCAACUGUGUUGAUUUUGGUCAAAAUUUGGAAGUGAAACUCUUCACAGAAGCUUUAAUGCUAAUUUUGCAUUCUUCACCUGUACUGCUACUUAAACCAUCACCUUGGAGCACUGAAAUGUCACAAUAAAAAGCCAAUAUGGAGAAUCUUUAUAAGCGGUAAAGUUUUGAAAGGAUUGCUCUCAGAAUGAGACUGAUGAAAACACGCCUGAUUACCUCCCUUUCAAUGCAAAAAAAUACACAAACUAGCUGGAUGGACUGUGUAAUAGCUGCGAAAAAUGUAUUUAAUGAAAAUAAGGAAAGCUUAUUAUGUAAACAAGUAUUUAAUUUGGAUUGGGCACAUAGAGGCUUUUGCGUUUGUCCUUCAUGAAUCCUUUGUGUUCAGCGAAUGCAAAUAAGGCUUUUCAAGUGAUUAGCUUCAGAAACGUCCUCAAAAAGAGAAGCAAAACAAAACACCAGAUCCUCUCCUCUGAUCAUUUCCAUUUUGCGAACACAAAGGACGAUGACAGCGGCUCAGUCGGGGUCAUGUUACGAUUGCACAACACAUCCGCGUGCUUUCUUUGAAAUGACUCCUACACAUGCAGGACAAAAACUAACAAAUGUUUUUCUCUUUGUUAAAGGUCACCAUAAAGUGUUUCUUGUUUAUAGUCAUCAUUGACAUCCAUUAAACCUAACUGCACACUCGCUCAGAGCAACAUUAUCAGCAUGAUUUAAAAAAGAAAUGCUGUUGUUUUGGUUCCUCUCCCUGAUGCAUGUUUGUCUUUGCACGUCUCAUAUCAGAGUAUUUAUGUUUUAGUAGUCAUGUAUCUGAAGCUUAUUUCCAUGACUAAUCUUGUUUUGGCUUAUUUUGGAGUCUCUCCUUUUUAUCAGAGUGAGUGUGUGGUGAAAAACCCCUGAGGAAACAUGAGUUAAAGUCACUGUGAACUGGCAGCACACCCCGUACAGAUACACUAAAGGCCACUUGAGGUUUCUGCACAUUAAACUGUCUCUGUGUUUGGUCUGUUGUUGCAGCAGUUUCUUAAUUAAAUCUCAGUCAAUACCAUCAAUGUUUUCUAUUGUGGCAGCAUAGAUGGCAGCUUCAAAACAAAUAGACUCUCUCCUACUCCAACAGAACAAUAAUACAAGUCAUACAUUAAAGUUCAGGACAUUGGGCCUCCAGGUUUGCACAGAGUAAUAACCUCUGAGCCUCCAGACCUGCGAGACGCUUCUGAUCAAUACCUGAGCUUUUCCCGACUACACAGCCUCAGCUUUGUCCUGGCUGCUGUUAUUUACUGUCUCAUAAUGACUUUCUGUAAACUGCAAUAUUCCUCUUUAAAGGUCCCACAUUCUGCAAAAUUCACUUCAGAAUGGUUUUCUAACAAUAAUGUUCAUCCCCAGCCUGUCUACAAGCUCCCCCCAAAUUGAGAAAAUUUGAUCCUCUCCCUCUCUUGCUUGUUCCACCUUUCAGAAAAUGUCUGCUGAAACAGGCGGAUUUAAACUUUCACCUCCAUGGCGUCAUGGAUGGCGAUAACUCCUUCCCUGUAGGUUGGUGACCGCGCCCAUGAUGUUUGCUCUGCCCCCUGAAAAUUUGCACUUAGACACUAUUUUCCUCCCUCACAAACGCUGGUUCAAAAUGGCGCAGGUACGAGGAAGGCACGGUAGUUGCAGCACAGAAGUCUGUUUCUGUAGACCGUAAGAACAUAGUCACACAGAUAACUAUACAAUAUUGGGCAUUCACCAAAAGAGCUCCAAGUAACAGCAUAGAUGUAACCUUUAGCAGGAGCUAAUGUUACCUAGCUACAUGUAGGUCACUUAGUACCAACACGCGAACAAAGUAAAAAGAAAAAUAUUGAGACACACAAUAUUUGUAAAUAACCAUUAAAAAACAUCCUGCUGCAACCAGAGUUAGAAUUUCUUCAGUAGCCUCUCCUUCUGGGUCAGACUCUGGAUCAAACUGGUACGGCUAGCACCAGCACUCUGUGUAAACAUUAGUGCAUGGUACCGUAGUGUAAGAAGGUAACAUUAGCAUUGGAAUGACCACAUAACUAACAACAUGGCUAAAUACUUGAUCAAGAUUAAAAAUCGCCCUGAAACAAACCCUCAACGUACCUUUCCAACAGAAAAUGAGUGACCAUGGCAUCACUUUUACUUGGAGGGUAAAAGUGAUGCUCAGUGACCACAGGAUUUGAUUGGUUUAAAAAUGUGGGGCCCGCACAAUGUGAUUUUAUUGCCAUCGAAACAUAAAGAUUAGUUUAACCAGAAUAACAAAAUGUCAGAUUACCAACCCUACCUUUAAAGGCUUGGAUAUUUGCUGUUUUUAAAUCUAUCCUACAAAAUAAUAUCUUGUCAUUUCUGCUGUUUGACUCCAUUGAAAAGCCAAAGUUUCAGUUUCAUCCAUUAAAUGUUGAUAUCAGCACUCACAGCAGUGAAAGACGCUCAGGGUCACAAACAAAAGCUCCUCUUAUGUUCUCGCUCAACACUUGAAACGGCUUUUAAUCACUAAGAAUGGACUCUAUAAGGCAGCUCUAUUCAUUCAAGAGUGCCAAAUCAACCCUGCAGAGACAGUCACAUUGCCAGUCAGUGUCCGGAUUAUGGCCAAAAGCUUCGUACCUUGGGGAGAGCAGACUAAUGCAUGACAGAUUGCUGGUUGUCUUGCAUGAAGCAUGUAACUAAAGAUGCAGGGAUUGUGAAAUUCAGAGCCAAGACUGCCAUUACUGUGGUGGCCCCUACCCAAAACAUCUACAGGUUUUAAAGCAAGCUGGACUGAGGAGUGAUUGUCUGCUUUUACCUUCACUGUCAACAGAGCUGUACUUUUGAUAAAACUAUUGAUGGUUUGUGGAUAAACCUGUGGGGUUUCCAGAUGCUCUGUCAUGACAAACUUUAAUCUUCUGGCUUGUAAAGUCAUGGCAUUCACAUGCAGGCUGCAGUAGCACUAUAAGAGGGCGGGACUGAUACUUUAUUCAGCGGCUGAGAGACUUGACCAGGCUGAGAGCGGCUCCUCUUGAGGGAAGAAAAUUGCUUUAAUAAAAGAAACAAAACAGAAGAAAGCUGUCAAAUGUGAACAGUUAUCAGAGUCACUGAAAAUUAGGGACACUAGCUCAGUCUAGAGCAGUGGUUCUCAAGUCCAGUUCUCGAGGCCCACUGUCCUGCAUGUUUUGGAUGUUUCCCUGCUCCAACACACCUGAUUCAAAUGAUCAGCUCAUUAUCAAGAUAUGUGAUGGCUUACUAACGAGCUAAUCAUAUGAAUCAGGUGUGUUGGAGCAGGGAAACAUCCAAAACAUGCAGGACGGGGGGCUCGAGGACUGGACUUGAGAACCAUUGGUCUAGAGGGACUUGGCGUAGAGAGUGUAGGGUUGCUGGUUGCUGGUUUUAGGGCUCUGCAAAUGUGCCUUUGAGCAAGGCACCAACCCCUCAAACCGUGUUCGUCUUUGUGCUGCCGCCUCACCCUGACACGUCUUUAUGAAUGCAUGUCCACAGGAGUCUGUCCUGUGUGUGUGUGUGUGUGUGUGUGUGUGUGUGUGUGUGUGUGUGUGUGUGUGUGUGUGUGUGUGUGUGUGUGUGUGUGUGUGUGUGUGUGUGUGUGUGUGUGUUUGGUAUGAUUCACCACCAGAGUGAAAAAUUGAAUUUCCCCUUAGGGAUUAAAAGAGUUUAUCUUCCUCCUCAAUUAAUUUUCUGUCAGAGCUCUAAGUGAUGAAUGGACUCAUCAUUUGAAACAUACUUAUUAACUCGGGCACAGUAUAAUUUGUAUUGGAACAUAAUUUGUAUAGACAUUUGCUUGCUUUAAAUGCAGGAUAUAGGUUUAUAAAGUCACGAAAGCUAUCAAAACAUUAAAAAUCAGGCACCUCAGAUACCAUCCUCCUUCAUCCCUGCCCAAACAUGAGCCUGUCAGUGUUUACAGAGCAGAGAACAAAACCAGCGAGCGGAGCUUGAGCUCGAUUGUAUUUCCUCAGCGCCUCCUGUUGCCUCUGCUGCCCACAGCCAAUCUGCUCUUGUUCCUCGGCAGACUAAAACCCUCCAGCUCAGCUCAGCUCAAAGAGGAGCUGAAAAGACCAGGUUCAGAGCAGAGAAAGAUGGCUCAGGAAUGUCCGGCUUCUGUUGUGUCUCUCUGCUUGAAGCGCAUCUCUGCCGUCCUUUCCUUUCUCCCACUUCCUCGAGAGGUUGUUAAACUCGUGUUUUGCAUCAGAGUUCCAUGGCUGAUGAGCCUCCUUCCUGUCAGCCCUGUUCCUGGUUUUGUCUUUGUGGCUCGCUGCCUUGUUGUCUCUGAGUUUGUGUCCUACAGUGAUGAUUUAGGGGACAAGUUUUUCUUCUGUUGAAACUGUAACUGUUUUUUUGUUUUUGUUGGGAACAUGCAAAUAAAGGUUCGGUCCUUCUAAAAGUAUUCAAAUGAGGGCUCCAUGUCUCUGUGUCUCCUCUCUCUUCAACUCGUUUCUUCUUUUUCUAACACUCUCGCUCUCUUCUGUGUUCAUCUAGCCGGAGAACAUCAUGCUGCUGAGCCGCUCAGUGCCUCACCCGCGCAUCAAGCUCAUUGACUUUGGCCUGGCACACAAGAUGGACUUUGGCAACGAUUUUAAAAACAUUUUUGGGACUCCAGAGUUUGUGGGUCAGUAUCUCUUUGCGAGUGGUUUCAUCAUCCUCUUCUGUUUCCUAACACAAUAUUUAUUAAGCAGAUUCAUCUCUGAUUAGUUAGCACAAAUAAACUCCCCAUCCUCCCUCCACUUUACACACGAAAACAAACACAGAACCGCACCACCCUGUUUUGCUGGCUUUAUCCCAGGAGUUGAGUAAUGUGAGAGCAGGGGCCAACUGUGCCAUAGGGACAAAGUGAGGGAGGCUUGAUAAUAGACUGGAGACUAUGAGAACUCCUCCAUCUUGCCAACACAUACACACACAAACACACACACAUACAGAACUGACAGACACAUCAGUAGCUUUGUCCAAAGUCCCCUCAAGUUCCCCUUUGCCCCCGGGGCGACUGCCAACACUCCAGUUCUCCAGCUCUCAGCAUCAUCCCGGCCAAAAGCAGAAUUUGUUCCCAGUUCAGAGGAUCACAGCGUGCAAAUGGUCUAAAAAAAGAUCAAGAGGCUAAGAGCCAAAACGAUGAGCGGGAAAGUUGGAGCUGAAAAACAGGACGCUUUCUAAUUGGAUUUUUAUCAUAAACAAAGUUAGACUUGAUUAGUGUGAGAAUGCAUCAUUUUUGAAAUACAGGGCAAUUCAAGGUGUUUUACAAGGCUGUGUAAAGAGGAGGUGUAACACAAGGGUGGAGGAGAGUUAGGAAAGAAAAACAAAGAUUAAACAUCAAAAAAAUUGUAUAAAAUAGAAUUUAAAAAAUACAAAGAUAAGGUCUUUAAAGUGGUAACUUAAAGCUCCUGCAAGAAACUUUCAGUUUGUGCCAAUUUUAGCGCCCCCUGUAGACAACUUGACCUUUAGACUAGAAGUAAAACUCAUCCUGCUGACUUUUGACAGUCAAUGUGAAUAUUUUAUGUGGAAAUUGUAAAAACAGGACCACUUGAUUGACACUUACCCCAUCAUACCAGUUUCAGGCUUUAACUAUAAAGAUAUAGAAAUAGCCUUUCUUGUCACUGAUGGUCGUGUUUGCUUUUGGAUAUCAUAAAAAGGCACCAGUAUGAAUUUUAGCUCAUUUCGUAAACGUAAGAAAAACUCCUCAUAGGAGCUUUAAGUGGGUACCCAGAAAAGACGAUUCAAAAAUUAAGGAGGUGAAGUCAGCAAUUUAAAUCUUUUCCAGUCCUGGUUUAAAACGAUGUCUUUUACACUGCAGACUGGUAAAAAAUGAGAGGUUUUUUGUGUUUGAGACAGCUGUAGAGCGGUUUAGUUCAACAGAUUAGAAAAACAAGUUCUGAUUCAUUAAUUGAGUCUUUCACACCUGAAAAGAGAGAAGGGGGAAGAAGAGGAGUAAUCACAGUUAUUGUAGGUGUCAGUGAAAAACAGCAGCUUAUGAAACAACACCUCAGAGAAACAAAGGAGUCUGUGAACCUGUCAGGAUGAUAUAAAGCACUUCAACGAGAGUCGUCAAGAAGACGUUACAUGAACAAAACAAGAGGAUGAAUCAGACAGGAAAAGGAGAAAUGAUUUAAAAGGGAAUCAAAAGUAAAGUUAGUUUGUGUGAGUAAUAAUGGUCUGUUCUGUGUGUUUGCCUGCAGCUCCAGAAGUUGUCAACUAUGAACCUUUGGGCCUGGAGGCAGACAUGUGGUGAGUAAACAAAAACUCAUUAUUCUCAAAGGCUGUUUGCAUUUAUUCUCAUUUCUGAGGAGCAUCUGCUCCUCAGAAAACUUGUGCUGGUCUGCUGUCAAGAUGCUCAGACAUGUUUCAUGUGAAGGUUAAAGUCUCUCCUCUGUGUCUCUCCUCAGGAGUGUUGGCGUGAUCACCUACAUUCUGUGAGUAUCUGAAAAGCAGUGCUGUUGAUGGACGCCUGUGUGAAAUGUUAACUGUGUAUACAUUCAAAACAUGCGUCACUGCAGGGGUUUGAACAACAGCUACCUUCACCUUUAUGUUCAUGUUGCCUCACACACACCUCAGGGCAUCGUCACUCCCUGAACAUGACAGAACGCUUUUCAGCAUGUAAAGAGGUUAGCAGCCGCCCUUUGACCUCGUUGCUGUUGAACUUGCUGAAGCAUUCGUCCGUCUGAUGUUAGUAACGUCAUAGCCUGCAGCAAGGUCUGCUCAGCAUAUUAAACCAGCAUUUGUGUGUGAUGUUGAGGAAGCAGCUGUGCCACUGCUGGUGGGUUUAUUCAUAUCAAGCUGUUGUUUUGCAGAUCAGACGUAUAUUUGUCUCUUAUUAAAUAUCAUAUAUGAACACAUCAGAGGCUCCAUCCUGGGAAGAGCUGCAUCAAAACAAACACCCUGCCAUCGUGCGCUGCAUGCAUUACCCUUUUUCUUUGGACUGCUGUGUUCACACACAACCCCAUUUCAAAAAAAGACAAUCGUUUCAACUCAAUACUAACUGAGAAUAGUUCAGAAGGUGGAAUAUUUGCCUAAUGUAGGAUUUCAGGCUCUCCUUUAUUGUUAGUCAUCAUGAAUGCUGUUCUUUGAACUCUGCACUGAUAACAAGCUGUGUGAUUCCUCUCUAGAGUAGAAGAUGCUGCGCUUGUGAUUUCUCAAAAGUAUGUCAUAUUUUUAAUUAAUAGACUUCAGGACCCACAGGAGUUGCUGGUGUUUGUGAAUCAUGUGGUUUCCUCUUUGUGUGGUGAAGUUUGAACCUUCAUUUGUGGAUGCAGCAAAGAAACAUGUUCACAGACAAUAGUUUUUAGAAGUGAUUGUGAGCCCAUGCUGUGAUUUCCACUAUAGAGUCAUGUCUUUGAAGGCAGUAGCACCUGAGGGCCUGAAGAUCUUGGCCACCCCGAUACUGGUCUGGUCCUCUCUACACAGAAGUUCCUCCAGAUUCUCUGAAUCUUUGAAUUAGUUUGACGGUGUAGUCCUUUAUUUCUUUGCAUUUUCACACAGAGGAACUUAAUCCUGAUAUUGUUGAAUAAUUUCCCUCAUCUUUACUUAAGAGAGACUCAGCCUUCUUGGAGCUUUCUGCAUGCCUUGUCAUAUUUCUAACCUGAUGCAGAUUAACCUGAUUAGUUCAUCUGAGAUGUGUUUAUCUUCUCGGCAUUACGAAACCUUUUCACACCUUUCACUAUCAGUAAUUGUGAAAUCACCUUUCACAAUCAGUAUCUGAUUGUUUGCAUUUUUAAAACCAAUAGCUGGCAUCAAAUCUGAAAUCCAUCUUAAAAUUGAUUGGUAUUAAUAAUACCUCAUUAACUUCAAGAUAAAAAAGGUUUCCAGUCUUUGUUUCAAUAAAAAGCAGAGAUAAAUACCUUCAAAAAGAUCAGGCUACAGGCCUAACCAAGCGUGUUCUCUAUCUUCCUUAGUGUUCAUUGAUUUAGUUUGCAUGUUACCUCAGAACAGAAGUGGUUUUUGGAUAUUUCCUCUUUGCACCUAAUAUAACACAAUCCAUGGAUACAUCUUAGUGCAGUUUCUAUUUGAGGAAUGUUCCGCAGAAACCAAUUUCCUCUUCAUUUAAGCAGAAUUUCAAAUUCCUGCGAGCUGACAUCUCAAAGGUAAAGAAACACUCAGAAAAUAUAGUCGACAUUGAGCGCAGCAUACUUAAAAUGUAACCACAGAGUCAGCUGGUAAACAAUGACACAUCGAUUUGCAGAGUGUGGCCAACACGAGAAGAGCUGCACCACCAGCCUUUGGUCCUCCCUGUGCUGUUAUGCAUCAUUCUGGUGGAGUGCACACAUAUCAGUUUAACCAAAAACUGCCUUCAUACAACUUUAUGUCCAUUAGAUCAAAAUGCCAAACUGUGCUGCGCUACACCAUUCACCAUCUGUGCAUGUUUACAUCCAGGUAGUAGAGCUUCAUAGCACCAUGGAAGUAUCCAUUAACUAAAGCUACAGCCCUGAAACUUAGCUUAAAUGCACUAUAUAACCAGCAUUUCCAGCAUAGGAUGAUAAAAUUAUUAUUGAUUUGUUUGCACCGAACACACACAUUAGACCAGAUAAUUAAUUGAUAAAAAAUGAGAUAAAGUGCUUCAUUUAUGUGGCCUGUUUGCUCGUAAUUCAGUUCACAAAGCUCACAUCGUCCUCUCCAGCUAUAGUAAGGGCUUUUAAGCAGCUGUCUGCAGACAUGUCAGUGCAGUUUAAUUCAACCGUCAGAGAGAAGUUCAUGCCCUCGGAGACCCGCAGAUCAACUGCUGUUUGCUCUCAAAGACGUUGUCCUCUUCUCUUUAUACCGGCUGUGAGGCUCUCUGAGCUCCCACACACCUCUAUCCUCCAGAGAGACACAUGAAAAUGCACACCCUAAACGACACACCAGGUGCACUUGCCCACACAAACACGUCGAGAGCUCCCAUUAAAAUCCAGCGAGGUAAAUAAAUGCCAAACACAAAUGUAGUCUUCAAAUUGCAUAAUAGCUAGCUGCCAACAUUACCCCCUCAAUUUUAAAGGUGUGCUCUGUAGAUGACUUUAAAUGAUGCAUCUGUUUGUUUCAUCAUUACAUGAACUCAUGCUUACAAAUGCAUUCAUGCACACAUACAGACUGCACACAUACACACCACCUCUGCUCAUGCCGUCCACCCACACAGCUGUCACAGCUCUGCCCGGUAAGGUAGAAAAUAGAUCGCUCACUGCCUAUUAUCACAGCGCAGCAACUGUACGCUGCACUCACAGCUCAUCUCUGCCUGUGAAGAACAACGAGAGGGGAAAAUGACAACUAGAAUAAUUCAAUAAACGGCUUGGGGUGAUUAUUGAUAAUAGCAUCUACAAACUUGUAUUGUGCAGGAGUGAUGAGCAGAAUUUCUAAUACAAAAAGGAAGAAGAACAAAAAGUCCUUUUAAGAAACCCUGAGCUGUAACAAAAGUGCCUUCUUUUUAUUUUUGAGAAAUGAGGAGGAAAGAAGAAAGAAAGCCUCAAAUCAUGGGGUGAAUGUAGUGAAUCAGUGAGUGUUUCUGCAGGGGGUUGAUGCUUGUUCAGUCUGGUAUGUGUAGGCAUAAAACAUGGUGCAUGGUUACAUCUCAUUUUUGGGAUCAUUUGAUGGGUAAAAACGUUGCCACAGAGUCCUGAUUAAACACUUCCCUGCUGAUUUUACCGCCUGGCUUGAUUACUUGUUUGUAGUGAACAGCUGCACCUCAUACAGUGGAUAAAUUCAUACAUUUCCACUCAACUUGAGCUUGACCUGCACCACCUCCGUGUCCGUCCCAGCUGGCAUGUUAAUUAGCGGCUGGUGCUGACGAGCUGGAGAGGUUUUCAGGGAGGAGGGGAGGGUUUGGUCUGCCUGAGCUCUGGAGACCAUGUCAGCACGCCUGACUGCUCAGUGUGCUGCUCUGUGGCUGUCUGUCCAUGAAGAUAUCUGCGUAUUUUGUCUGUUGGUGUUCAAGAGUGAAAUUGCUUUUAAAUUCCCUCACUCUGUUCAAACCCAUCAAUUUUUAUUCAUGUUACUCAGCUGAGAGAUCGACCAGCUGUCUUCGCAGUUUUGAUAUUUGAAAAAUCCAUCAGUGUGAUUGUGAUUUUAACUAGUUGCCACGCAGCUUACUGAUUGAAUUGGCCUGAAAUCAACCAACAGUAAAGUCAUAGUUUCUGCUGUAAUCGUUGUUCGAUAAGCUAGUUUUUUACCUUAAAUCUAACAAACUUCAUUUCCUUUAAGUAUAGGAUACUCUGAUGCAUUCAAGAUCACAAAAGAGUGUUGUUUUUUUUUUUGAAAUUCAGAAUGAAUAAGAGCUGAUAAAUGUGGUCUGUUUCUCUGUAACAAAACACGCUAUUACAAGUGUUAAUGGAGUCCUAACGACUCUGAAUCAUUUAUGGAGGAUAAGGUGUGACUAUACUGACUAAUUGAGAGCCAACCUGCUACAUACAUACAUGCAAAUAAGCAACUAGUUAAUAGUUAAUAUGUGUCCCUGAAUAUUGUUAAGAGAUUCUGUAUUUUGAAUGAUUUUUGUAGCUGGUUGUGAUUGGUGGUUGAAUUGUGCAUCCUUUAAGCAGGGGCUGGAGUUCAAUUCAUAUGUCUCUAGGAACCUGACCAGACUAUACCUGGUUACGGGAAUUUCAUAUUUUCAGCUCAUAUUGGCAGAAAUAUCAGUUGUCAUUAGGGCUGGGCGAUAAACCGAAAAUUUACAGAUACCAAAAUUUACAACAAUAACCGACGUCAUUUUGCCCAUGUCAGUAUAUUUGGUGUCAAUGAAUAAAUUAAUAAAAGUUGUAGGUAGGCUAUGGUCUCAUGUCCAUUUAAGACGCUGUCUUAUGUCAGAGACAUGACUCUACUCCAUCCAGUCUGUAACAAAGAGAGAAAGACAGGUGAGGAGAUGGAGGACGGUUCAAAAGUUGUAGCGGCUGGAGCAGUGGCUGAAGUAGACAAAGUGAAUGUGGGAGGAGGUGAGCAGUUUGUGGAGUAGUUAUCGUCUGUUUAUCGUUAUCAAGGUGAACUGCUCAAUAUAUUGAGAUAUUGAUUUGAGGCCAUCUCACCCAGCCCUAGUUGUCAUUAAAACUUCAUAACAGUUUCACAGUUUGUAAAUAAUUCACCUCUUUGAUUUCUUGAUUAACGUCUAACUGUAUCAGAAGCUAUAUCUGUAAUCCUCACAUGUUCCUCUCUUUGUCAAUAGAUGUAUCCGUCUUAAAUCUUUUGCUCUCUUCAGUUUGCCUAAUGGCAGUAAUUGUGGACUCUUCUAACCUCACCAUUAAUCUCUGUCUGUCCCGCAGUCUGAGUGGAGCCUCUCCUUUCCUGGGAGACAACAAGCAGGAGACUUUGGCCAACGUGUCAGCAGUGGACUACACUUUCGACGAGGAGUUCUUCAGCGGGACCAGCAUCCUGGCCAAAGACUUCAUAGCGCGGCUUCUCGUCAAAGACCCCAAGUAUGAAACGCUCUCAAAUCUCUUUCUCAAUUCUUAGAAACACCUCAGCUGCAUAAAUGACUCUCUACAGUAUCAUAACAUAACAUUAAAACAGUUUUUUAAAAAAGAGAGAACUCUGGGAAGCUGUGGACCAUCCAGCAUCUGACUGUUUUCUGCUUACUUCAACACAAUAGAGAGGGAGCACAGAAUGAAUAAAUAUCAGUGUGGUAUAUCAAUAGUGUACAGUAAAAACAGGACAGGACUCUUUAAACAGAAAGCCAGGGAGCCAAAGAGGAGUCUGACUUUACAAAUUUAAAGUAAUGAGGCUUUUAGGAAUCUCCGUCCGAGUGCAGCAGAACGAGGCGGCUUUUAAUUGAUCUACAUGGUGAGCAGACAUGGAGCCGCUCUGCUGACAGGAAGAUAAAUGAAGGAGACCCAGAUUACUCUUUAAUAAUGUUCACAAUGACUCUGUAGUUAUGCGAGGCCUCAGUCAGUGAAGUGAAAGUUUUUUAACAGAUCAAACGUAGACAGAUGAAAGUGGAAGUGGUGAGUGUGAUGAACAUCCGCGGUAAUAAUUAAACCAAGUGAAACUUCGUCAGAACAAUGUGGAGUUGUUUUCACUGUUUGUCUGCCGCUGUAGUGAUCAGAGAAGUGGUAACGGGGGACUUCUUCUUUAGGAUGAAAUUGGACAUCAGUCGUGUGACUGUGACGUGUUUACAGAUUUGGGAAUGUGAUCUCAAGUUUACUCAAAUGUGGUGUGUUAUAUAAACUAUCCGACUGUACUUUGGUUUCAUCCCUCAACUGAAUAACUUUCCCCAGUGAUGUAUUUUAUGAAUGUGUCUAAAAAGCAGCGGAUCUCCAGUGCAUGAUAAGUAGAGAUUACUUUCAUUUGGAGACUACCCUCCUUUUUUUUCCUUUGGUGUAUUAACCCACUGACCUCGUUAUGAGGAGUGAGGGGGCCGUGUUUAUCCACUCUGUGCUGAUUCACAUUCAAAGAUUCACCAAGUUUGAUACUGUGAGCUUUGAGUCACACUGCUACUUGCAAGCGCUGCAUAUGUUUCCAAGUUUUUCAGGUUUGAUGAGAGCUCGUAUUCACAGGGUAUGUUAGUGUUACAUCUGCAGUUUGAUUAUUUCUGCACAGAUAAAAAGGUUGAUUUUUAUAUCCGUCUGCACACAGCUGUGUGAACGGUCUGUUCAUUUAAUCCUGUUCAUCUUCUAAUCAGCUACUGACUGUGAACAACCUCUCUGACUUUCAACAUAAGGGCUUUUAUUGAUUCAAGCUUUUCUUCACUUUUACAAAUAUGAUCACAGGGCUGCUCCGUUUAUAGACUCUCCAUUUACUGUCAUGAAGGAUAGCAAAUGUUCUCUGUUAAGAAGCUGGAAAUAACAAAUGUUCGACACAUUGCUGAGAAAUUAAUUUAAAAUCUGAUGUUCAAAAUUGUGUUUCUGGCUUUAGAAAUUGAUCCAUUUCCAGUUUCUUUUGAAUGAUGAGUAUCAGAGCUGAGUGAAAUACAAGUGUCUGUGUCUAAAUAAUUCACCAGAGCAGAUUCAGUGAAGAAUUUAAUACAUAAACAUUUAUCGUUUUACUUCCUGAAUUUUUUAUUUUUUCCACUUUAUUUCCACAGAAAGAGAAUGACGAUCCAGGACAGCCUGCAGCACCCCUGGAUCAAGGUGAGACUCUCUUGAUUUUAAACCGUAGUUAAUCUGUAAAAGAUAAAAUGUCACCUUUUAAUUUUGUGCCAGUAGAUGAAACUUAAACUGACUGUUGAUGUCCAAACCUUAAGUGAUUAAAUGUAUAUCUGUAUAUCUGUACUUAGCUCAUCAUGUAUAUCCUUGUGACUUUUUUCUUCCUCUAUAUUUAUUUAUUUUUUUGCUCAAUCAGCCAAAAGACACUCAACAAGCUCUGAGCAGAAAGGAGUCCGCUGUCAACAUGGAGAAGUUCAAGAAGUUUGCAGCUCGAAGAAAGUGGAAAGUAAGUUUUUUUUAUGAGACAGAUUUAAAAUCUAACCAACAGAAGCUUCAGGAAAGAAAAAAUAUUGCGUGUUUCACCUCAUUUUUCUGGGACCGUGACAGCCUCUUGCCAAAAAUCCUUCUUAGCUGUCCUCAGUUGAUGUCACCAUGAAGUGCUCUAGGCGAGCCACAGCCAUCAAAACUUCCGCCAUGCGGCUUUAGAGGUCGCCUGCUUGUCUGUUUUUGGUUCAUCACAGCUGACCUAGCUCUGCUCCGGGGCUAUGAGAAAAACGCCAGGAUCGUUUUUCCGUGGUGGUUUGGCGUCGCUGUCAGGCCACGUCUCUGUCGCCUGCCACGACGUGUGUGGCAGCUCCUGGCUACGCAGUAACCUUCAUCGACUUUGAGUUUAUGUGUACGCACUUACAAAACUGGCGCCAAAACAUGACGCUGCAGUUUAGAGACUGCCAUGUUGAUGAUGCAUCUCACAACUUUACUGAUAGAAGGCUGGAGGUUCAAAAAGCAGUAACCAGAAAAAUCAUCGUAAGAAGUCGAACUCAACCCCUUAGUUAGCAGAAAGGACCACUUAUACGGUUCCUUUUGAGUCUUCAGACCACUACAAGUCGCAUUUUACCUUACACACACUUUUAAGCAAUUAAGGUGUUUGGUGUCUCUCCUAAGGACACUUUGACAUGUGGGCUGCAGGAGCUGAGGUUGAACCUUUAACUCUCUAAUGAGGAGAAAACUACUACAAAGCCCCCUCAAUCCCUGUACCAAAGGUGAGGGUUGCAACACUGACCAACUGGUGAACAGAAAGCUGUGCCUGAGCUGAGCUGUCUUUUUACAGGACUGUUCAGAACGACACCUGAAUGACCUGCCUGUCAAUUUCACAACGCUUAACCCUACAAUAGCCAAUCACAGUGUAGAGAAAAAGUUCAGUUUCUGGUCAACUAUGAGCAAAACUUGUUAUGCCUCAUAAAAAAGAUUGUUUGUAGUGCUUUUACUUUGAAAUUUUUUUCUGUCUUGCUAUUGUUUGCUUUAUUCCUUCAUUGUAAAUAACAAUAAUGAUCAUGUUUGUGUAGAUAGCACUUAUCCAAACAGAUGUUACAAAUUGCCUUACAAACCUAAAAGCCCCUGAUAUAGACAUAAAACAGGGAGACAAAAUAGUGAAAUAUAUCGAUAAAAGGACAAUGCAAUUAGCUUUUAUUUUGAAAUGUACUACUGCUGGUAAAUUGGGAGUUACAGAACUAAAAUCAUUUAAUAAAAAUCAUUUAACUGACUCAUUUGAUUAGUUACCUGAAGAGGCACAAGCUCUUACAUUGAGAGUCAGUUUUAAAAAGUGCUGACUCAUUUCUCAGAGCGCUGCUACAGCUAACUCACUGGCAGCUGCUGCUUCUUCUCCUUGGUCUGUCUUCUGUUUUAUGACUUGCUGAUAGGAGCUCACACUAUCACUGUAUACUCAUUAUUUAUCAUGAUUUGAAUAUUUUAAUUGUUUUUAUGAAGCUUAUAACUAUAAGAGUUUAUUGCAGCAGCUUUAAUGUACAGUAAGUGGAGCCACUUUAGAUAGAGCAGGAAAUCACUUUACAUCUUCACUCACCUGCCUGCACACGAGGAGCAUGACUCCUCAUAAACUUGCUCUACUUUUUCCUCAUUCAUGAAACUCUUUUCUCUCUGUUUGCAGCAAUCUGUCCGGCUCAUCUCCUUAUGCAACCGCCUGUCCCGCUCCUUCCUGUCCAGGAGCAACAUAAGUGUGGCGCGCAGUGAUGACACACUGGUAAGACCUAAAAAACUGCCCCUGCAGUACAAGAACAUUUAAAGGCAAAGAAAGGCCAUAUCCUGAUCCAUAGUCAUUCACUUUGAUUAGGUUUGUAGUGAUUAACACCAUUAAGGCUUUAAAUGACUCUUGUGUAAAACAUCGACAGCGAGGGACCCAUUACUCUAAUCUCCACAGUGGAUCUUUGAUAUGACAGCAGGCUCUCAGCUUAAUGAGUUUCUGAUUACUUUUAUUGGAGUGUGUUUGCUUAUUAAGACCCCGAGCUCUCAGUUACAGCUCUGGUAUUUUCUAACUCCACAAUCUCUCAGAGAAUCUCGAGCUCCUUCGUGUAAUCGAUCUGUUCCUCAUUUCCCCCCGAGUGCCGCAGGUCAGUUGUUUGUGGGAUUGUUGGAAUUUAGUCAUAUGUGAAACCAGGUUGAGCUUUGCAGGAAUGUACCUCCGGAGAAGGAAGCUCGUUCAGUUCAUUAUGAGUUUAAGUACAAAUAUUGAUUAAAAGGAGAGCUUGUAAUGGCGUGCGUCUGUUUAAGAUGAUUCACACGAGCCUGCGAGAUGUAAACACUGAAGCUUGAGUCAGAGGUUCAAUCAUUAACCGAGUGUUACCUACAGGCCAAGGCUAGAGUUGUUUCCUCAUGAAAGGUUAACAGAGCAACAGGUGAGCAUCCAGGUAGAAGCAAACAGGCUGUUGUGCCCCCUGAAGUCCGCAAAGAGAACUGCAGUCGAUGCUUACCAGAACAAGCUUUCUGAAAGGUGAUUGUCUUUAUUGGCCGAGCAGCUCCGGGGUUAAGUGCUUUACUUUAAUACUCCACUCAGAGGUGGCUUUAAACGCAGCGGCCCCUCUGUGAAUUUCCAACUAAGAAGUUGUUUGUGUGGUGUUUGAAUGGCUCUGUGUCAGGAGGUGGAAGUAAAUCUGGGAAAAGUGCUGUGAGAGCUGAGAAAGUGUUCGUAGAGGGGCUAAAAAAUAAGAUUGUUUUCAAUAUUGAGUUACUGCUUGUUACGUAUGACGUUAAAAAGCUGAGGAUCUUUUGAUUCCAGAGUUCAUUUUAAAUCAUUGUAAGUGAUUUCUUUUCCAGAUAACAGAGUCCUCCGUGAUAUAAAAACACAUGAGUCAUACAGAUGAAUAAGUAAUUAGAUUUUUUGUCAGUUUUGUGGUUCUGGCUGCUGCAAUACUCCUCAGCAUGGAGAAAGAGCCAAUCAGGGAUGUGAAACAGAUGUCCGUUCCCUCCAAAGAGAUUUGCAGGGACCGCUUAUGUAAUACUCAAAUGUUGUUUGUUCCACUUUCACAAUACUCACUGCUCUGUAGAGUCCUCCAGUCCGUUAUUUUAAACUACUCAGGCAGUGAACUCAAUUCUACACUUUGAUUUCAAGCGAUUUGUGCUGCAUGCUAGCACUGACACCUCACGGCAACAGGUUCGACCCUGAUGAGGAAAGAGUCUUCCCAUGGAGUUUGUAUGUUUCCCUUCUGCGAGCCGAGCACGGGUUCACACCAAGCACUCUGUAUUUUCCCACAGUUCAAGGGUAUGAUUGUUACUGUAAGUUAAUCUGUGACUCUAAAUUACUUGUAGGUGUGAGACUGUGUGUUAAUGAUUGUCCAGGUUUUACACUAUCUCUUGUCCAUCUCUGGAAUGAUCAUAGAUGGUUUCGGUUAUUUUCACAUUAAUCCACGGCUAAUCUCAUUUAUGUAGGAAGUGAUUAAGUAUGUCUGUGUGUAAGAGAAUAAACAUCUAAGGAUAUGAACCAUUCUUCACUCAUUGAAACCUCAAGUACAGACUCAAGACAUGUCCAUGGUUUCUCAGGUGGUGAUUCAUCAUCCUUCACUGUGGACAACAUUACCGUCACUAAACUGGGGCCCAUAUUGGCAUUUGUCUGAUUAUCUGUGUCAGCCUUUUAUUUUAUAGAUGCCUGAUAAAGAAAGUUAAUGAAAGGGUAAGCAGCACUGCUGGUGUGUGUUUCUAUCUGGAUCUGCUUUCUUGCACCGAAUGACCUUUUUGCUUUGACUUAAUGUCCCAUCCAUAACACUAACUGACCGCCCAGACGUCACCAGACAGGGGGACGUCUAGCCUGUGCUCUAAGAAAGAUUGUUUAACUAUUAACUCCUGUAUAUGAUGAUCAACAUUUCAGUUUGGAUGAACAUUUGCUGGAAAAAGUUUGUGUUGGAGUUUGUAGUUUUUCAAAGUUUUGACGGGAAGAUUUACGUUUUUUCAGUCAUGCAUGUCUGUUAUUAUUCUCAUUAAACACUUUUAAUCAGUGUCAGAAUCGGCCCUGAAAUCGAAAUAUCGCCUGACACCAAAUACUUGAUAGUUUACUGUCCAUAACUGACCACAAUUCAGGAGUAGAUUGAUACAGUUAAUGUCGACUCAGCUUUUCUUUGCAUCUUAAUCAUGAAACUGUGGCCUGAGUGGUUUGAUAUGUGCGGCCCCUGCGGACAGAUUUUCAAGGUCACCGACUCAGGACUCUGUGAUUCUGUCUUAUUUUUGCAAACCUCAUCAACGUUGGUUAUUUUCUCUCUCGUUACUAGUCCAGUCAUGUUUUCAAUUACACUUUUGUGCACACCUAAUCUUCCCUAAAUUGCAUUUUAUAAUUAAAACCUCUACAAGCCAGCAGAGGGAUAGAGCAGUAUACUGUGCCAGUGCUCUGUAAGGUCUCAAAAGCAGACAAAGAGAGACCAAACACAUCUUUAUUUUCCUGAUGCUAAAUCGGGUGUUGUUUUUGUAUAAAUUUUAUGUGUGACGACUGUUCGACUUUUAUGAGAACAGUCAUCAGACUGUCAAGGAUAUUUUUCCUUUAUAUGUCAGAGAGGCUUAUUUAAUAUCAUUCACUAACGGACAGUUUCAUGAGGUGUGUGUUUCAUAGAAAGUAAUAAAUAUGGCUGAUUUGUACAGCCUCUGGGUCCCGAGCAACAACUUCAGGAAGGUUCAAAUCCCUGACGACCAUGUUGACAUAAACCCUCAGCGGGCGUUUAGCUGCUCGCCCACAUGCGUAGCGUGUUUGCAGCUUUCUGAGGUGCUUUAGUCGUACCUCGCCCAGCAGGGAAGUCAUUUUGAGGAAUGUAGCCGCAGCGUAACGCUUGGCAGAACAAACGCCACAUCAGCCUCUCCUCCCUCCCUCUCUGCCUCUCCUCCUCCUCUCCCCCCUGCCUUCCUCCUCCUCCUCCUCCUCGUCUCCCUGUGCAGCGGAGCGUCACAACUGAUUUCUGUGCCUGUGCGGCUGACUCCUGCUGAAGGUCAUUAGGUCACAUGUCACAGCCGGGGGAAAAAACUCAGACCCUGAACUUGGAAAAGAAAAGUCUGUUUGUUUCUGUGUGUGUUCAUGCAUGAGAGCGAAGAUGAAAGAGAGACUUAGAGGAGGCAUGUGAUCGAAGGAAUUCACAGAUUAAUGUUCGCAGGAUUAGAUCAUGUUUGUGAGCAACAGUAACUGUCUUUCCCACCCACUCAGGAUGAGGAGGACUCCUUUGUGAUGAAGGCUAUCAUCCACGCCAUCAACGACGACAACGUGCCCGGCCUGCAGCACCUGCUGGGCUCACUGAACAGCUACGACGUCAACCAGCCCAACAAGGUGACUAAUAACAAUGAGGUGGACGGGAAUAGUUUUACACUUGGAGGCAAAUGAUGCAUACACAAACACCCAACUUCAGGAGAGAUGUGACUAAUCCCAAUUUCACCAAUUUAUUCUCUCCUUGUCAAAAAACACGCCCACUACUUGAGCUUGGUGGUCUUUGUCAGAGCAUGAAGGAAAACAGAACAUCUGUAGGUGUAGAUGUGUGAUCAGCCUCUGAAAAUUUGUGGUUGAUUUUUAGUCACCUUUCAUAUUUCAGCCCCUCAUGUCUCACAUUUAGUCAGGGGAACUUAGUUUUCAGUUUAAUCCCAUUUUAGUCAAAACUUUCCUAAAAUGAGCUCACCAUGAGCAAACAUUUGGUAAAACUCAUAAAACUUGGUAACAGCUGAAACUUCAAGCAGAGCUAGACUCAUGGCCAUUUACCCAUCUGUGAAUAUUAGAGGCUGAGUCUGGGACCUCUUUGUGACCAUUAGUUUACUGAACAUUGAUUGUGAUUUUCCUGUGAGGUCUGGCUUUUAGGAGACCACCUCAGGUUGUAGUCGAUUAACAUCUAAUUAGUUCCUGCAAUUUUGCUUCAAAUGUUGCUCUAGUCUCGUCUUGAAGUUUGUAUUCAUACACAGAUGUAUCUUAGCUUAUUCUAUACUGUGACACUGAUUUCAUGAAUUGAAUUGGCUGAUAAAAUCUAUGAUUGACCAAGUAUGAUCUCUAAUUUGUUUGGAGGAGGCAUUAAAAACUCUUUUAUUUAGUCCAUGGUCUUAUGAAGACCCCAAACCUAAGCAUUCUUCAGUGUAAUGAAGAAAUUUAUAUGCAUGCAUGCCUCAUACUUGUUGUAAAGGCAUCUAUUUUAAGUAAAAACUAAUAAUGCAACAAGUCUAGUAUGUUAGGCCCAACCGCUGUGUCAAGAACUGUACUCUGAUUGGUCAUUAGCAACAGCUUUGUUAUUUAUUCGUCACAGACAGUUUGUGUGCAGAAACACAAACUGAAGAAUAUCUCUAAAAUCCUGUCUAUCACUUGAACCCCCACCCCAACCCAAACUUCUUCAUUGUCAUCAGGAGUGGAGCACACUGGUAUGCAUUUCUUUUAUAUUUGUGGAUUGGUUAAAAAAAUGCAGAAAUAGGCUUCAGUAGGCGACUAAAUAUGUACAAAAUGUUAAAACCGUUCCAUUUGUCCUUUACUUUAGUUUUUUUUUUCUGUUUUUUAUUUUAAAAAAAGAGAGAUAUACUAUACAAUACAAACUUGAGUUAAAAUGGGGCUCACAGAUGUAUUCCUUUUUUUAAUGCAGAGAACAGAUGAUUAAUUCCCUCACCUGACGUUCAGGUACAAACCAGACCUCAGCAGCUCCCUCAUCUUCAUUCUGCUCGCUGUGUAGAUGGAGAAGAGACGCUGUUUGACAGCUGAUGUGUGAUGGGGGAGGAUUCAGUGUUAUUAAAAUCCAUGAGGUGUGGAAGGAAAGAGAGAAGAGAGUCGUUUGGAAGAAAAAAAAAAGAGGAGAAAUAUCUGCAGAGAGCUUGAAGGAGUUUAUAAUGAGGGUUAAACAACUGAGGGAAAAAGGGUAAUAAUGGUGACAGAAAAAUCCUCAAAUCUUUUUCCGUAGUUUCUAUUACUAAGUCAGACAUACCAGAAAAAUGCUCCCACUUCUCCAGAGCUUUUAGUAAUUCUGUGGUGUCAGAUGAGAUUUACAGCUUUGAUAUUAAAAACACAUUAUAGUUACAUUUGCACUCUGUGUUAAUUGCAGCAUGGGACUCCUCCUCUCCUGAUCGCAGCCGGCUGUGGAAACAUCCAGAUCAUCGAGGUGCUGAUGAGGAAAGGCGCAGAGAUCCAGGCCCAUGACAAGGUAAAGACUCAUCAGUGCUGUUGUGACAGACAGCUGUGAACUUUAUCAGACAGGCAGUGAAGGCGUCAGAGCCGCAGAAAGGAGGGCAGAGGAAUGUGACACUCUGUCAUCGGGAUUAUUACGGGGGCUAUUACUCUGUAAAUGAUUGUGGUCAUGAACUGAAGACACUCAGCAGAGCAGAAUAACAAGCACUCAACUGAAUUUAUAAAGUCUGAGAAGCCUCGAAGAUACAGAAUCUUGAUCUUUAUUCCAAAUUUCCAAUCAUUCAGCCAUAAAUAUCCCGAUAAUAUUGUUAGUGUGAAAUUUCAUGGUGACAUCAAUCAUGAGGUGAACAUCUGUUAUCAUGACAGCCCUCGUUUCAACCAGGCAGCGACCUCCAGAGCUAAAAAAUGAAGCCAAUGCUGGGAAGUAAUAAAUGCAGCUCCUCAAGUUUCCACUUCAGCCCAGGAGAUCCAAUUAGGACCCAUGUUGAAACACCCAAUUUAAGGCAAAAUUUAAGCCAAUUUAAAACAGCCUUAGGUUUGUGGCUCAUGUCUUUAUUUGUGCAUGCUGUAUAAGGGGACAAGUUCGCAGUUCGCAGUGUUAUGCAGCUAUUGAGAUAAUGUGAAGAGUAAGGCACAACUGGCUUGACUGUCAUGUGGGUGCACUGCUUCAGCUCCACCUUCUUACCUGCAGUAAGAAUGGCUGAAAGUGAAGUUUAAUCAGCAUUUCCAAUGUGGCGCCUGCCAUCGUUGGGCUUCACAAAGUGGCUCUAAAAACCAGUAGUCGACCACACGUAGACCGUAUUUAUGAUUUAUACAGCCUUUGUGUCAAACUCAAGAAGAAGAGUGAAGUAUAUCAUUUGUUUUUACAUUAUUUUAUCUAAUUUAAAAGCAUUUACAUCCCCUUUUAUCACCAGAAAUUAAGCAGAUUUGGUUUAAACUGUCAUUGGCAGCAGGUUAGCUACAGCAGCUCAAACAGUUCAGAAACAUUCUGCACCGUACUUGUGAAGUAUGUGUUUAUUUUGUAUCAUCUGGCAGCAGGAUUAUUCCCUCUGAGUGUGUGUGAUUGUAAAGUAAAGGUCAGGGAUAAAUCCUGGAUUUUGUUCUCUCUUGAACAUCCAGAGUGGAGCCAACGCUAUCUACUACGCGGCGAGACACGGCCACGUUGAGACCCUGAAAUUCCUUCAUGAAAAGAAAUGUCCUCUGGAUGUCCAAGAUAAGGUGAAUCAAGUGCCUCUUCUUCCCUUCUCUAUGCAUGCCUCACACACACACACAUGUACAGAAACACACACACGCACUUACAACUCCUCAACACACUCGGUUAUCUCUUUGCAAUUACUCACACACUCCUACCCACCCAAACCUCCUGAGAAGCUUCACUCUGAUUCCCAGAAACAGCCAGACACACACAUUCGCACGUUCGCAGCACACACCUGUGGAGAAAAGCAGUCACUCUGGCACUUUAUCAGCUUAUUUGCAGUUGCUAUAGAAACAGGUCUUGCUGAGAAUGAUGGGAUGUGUGUUUUUUGUACGUGUGUGUUUGCUUUUGAAGCCUGUGUCGCCUCCAUCACAGAGCUAACCCGGGCAGAUGAAAUCCCAAAAGCAUUUUCUAAUCUCUUCAAUCAUUUUUACCCUCUGCUGGUGUCCUCCUCUGUCUGCACACACUGACAGCAGAGUCCUUUUUUCCCCGACCAGACCGCCGCUUAUCUGCACCACAUGCGUUUUCUCGGUUAUGAUCUAGCUCCUGUCCAAGGAUCAUUAAAGUUUCAUUUCACUUUAUUACUCUACAAGUGAGAAAUCUCCAGCUGAGGUGUCUGCAUCCAACUGUAAGACUUUUCAGUGCCUUUUUAACAAGAAGAAUCUCCUCUUUUGUCUGUGUUUCUUUAUAAUUCCUCUCAUUAAGUAGAGCUGUAAAGCCUUUUUUUUCAACAUUAAUCCAUUAGAAGCUAUUUAAAGCCAUUCACUUUCCCACCUACAUGCGAACGCGGUGUCCUGGGUGCCAUUUCACAUAAGUACCUUCUCCUCUAACGAGUUUCCGCUCUGACUGGCAGCCAUAAAGUUGAAGCUGAUGGAUCGAUUUCUAAUGAGGCUGAUGUCUGCGCACACAGCACAGUAAAUGCAUUUGUUUAAAUUGGAGAUUCUGACUCAGUGAAAGUGGCAUGAUUGAAAGGAAAGUGAGUUUGGAUUGCCUCACCCAGGAUGUCUCAGCUAUAGAAUAUAUUUACAUUAUUAUGAGGAAUUCAAAGACCGGCUUUUAUUCAGCAUUAAGUAAAGGCUGGAUGAUACGGCCAAAACUCCACUUUGACUUCAAUAUUUAUCACUUUAUGUGCAUAAUUUAUUCAUGCCGCCCCCUGGAACAGUCUGAAAGUCUCCAUUUUGGCUGCUUUUCUUGAGAUAUAAAGUUAGAUAGACAGCUUGGGUGUGUUACUUUAAUGCAGCUUUGUAGUCCCAGAACACCUUGAAAGUUGUGCUUUUAGAUAGAUAGAUAGAUAUACUCUAUUGAUCCCAAACUGGGAAAUUAUCUUUUAGAGAAAGAGCCUGAUGCCAUCCAUCACCACUCACUUAUCUCCCCAUGUAACCACAUUAGCCACUGUUAUAACGUCACUUACAGCUCACGGUUUCAAGCCUUUGUGGAGUAUGGACCGACCCCGGGUUUCAGAAACAGUCAGGAUCCAAAACCAGUUCAGUGUUCCAACAAGACAAGAAUCUAUGCAUGGUGGAGUGUGAUUUUGAGAGUGGGGUGGGGUACUAAUCUGCUGUGUGAUCGCAAACGACAGCUCGCUAAUGCUCAGCCAAUGCUCAGUAACCCACACACAAACACACACACACACACACCAUUUUAAGGUGUGGCUGCUUUUACGUUGCUGUGGUGGUGCGCAACGGUCAAUUACAUGUAGGGGAAACCCUGGAAUUCAUACUGCUCUUUGUUUACAAAACAAUCAUCAUUGAAAUGGUGAGCACAUCCUGACAAUGUAAAACCUUCCCAUUCUUUUCUGAUGCCUGUGUCUUUAGGAAGUGAAAAUAUCUGAUUAAUCUUCACAAAUAAGAAAAAACUUUUAACUAACUUUCCUGAUCAUACAGAAGCAAAGGAGUGCAGAGCAGAGGAAAAAAGAUAAAGUGAGCUUCUCCUAUGCCAUUGUCCUGAGUGGACGGCAUGACGUGAGAUCAGGUUGUGGUCAGUCUUGUUGCUGAUGGUCUUGUGGGUCAUAAAGAGACUUAACCAUCAGCUUAAAUAACCUCUUCAUCAGGUGCAGUCGACACAAGCAUCUUGCUCAACUGUUAGUUGUUUGAUGAUAUUAAGUCUUAUUUCCUUGUGUCUCCUUCAGUCCGGGGAAACUUCUCUCCAUGUGGCAGCUCGCUAUGGAAACGUGGAUGUGGUGAGCUAUCUGUGCAGCAUCCGUGCUAACCCAGACCUGCCUGACAGGGUAAGCAAACGCACACAUACACAUGCAGCAAUGUGACUCAGCAGGCUUGUUCUAAAUCCCUCUGUAAUACACAUCUCCCCCCCAGGAGCAGGAGACUCCGCUGCAUUGUGCUGCUUGGCAUGGAUACUCAGCGGUGGCCCGAGCACUGUGCCAGGCGGGCUGCAACGUAGACGCAAAGAACCGUGAAGGGGAGAGUCCGAUGCUGACUGCGUCUGCUCGAGGAUUUGUGGACAUUGUGGAGUGCCUGGUGGAGCACAAGUCUGAUCUGGAAGCAACCGACAAGGUGAUGAGCUCAGGAUCAAGAUGAAAUUCAGUAUAAUGUAUAAUGCUGUAUCACUCUGUUUACACUGUGACUGAUUUCCAUUUCUCUUUUUGUGACUCCAGGACGGUCACACAGCCCUCCACCUGGCCGUGCGAAGGUGUCAGGUUGAAGUCGUCCGCUGCCUCCUCAGACAUCACUGCCACCUGGAUCAACAGGAUCGCCAUGGCAACACACCACUGCACAUCGCCUGCAAGGACGGAAACCUGCCCGUCGUCACAGCGAUCUGCAACGCCAAGGCAAGCCUUGAUCUGCCCAACAAGGUGAGGACGCCAACUGUCAGCCCUCAGAAACAUGGAUCCUAAAUGUCAGUUACAGUAACAUCUAAAUAACAAAACCUCGAAUUAAAAACUUCCUGUUUACACCACAAGCCUGCAAACACAGCUGUGUCGAGUGUAGUGAUACAUUUAGACACACUGAUGAGUCAGCUCUCCAUAAAUGUUAAAAUGCUGCAAAGGGAUAAAAAUCUGCCAGAAUACAAAGCAGCUGAAAGUAUGUCAAUACUUAUGCUGCUCUACUUUUCACAGUUUGGGUUGGAUGUCCUUAUUCCAGUGAAGAAAAAGUAAAGCAUAGAAGAUUUACUGACAUUACAGUGAGAUUCCAGUUAUGUUGAUGAAGUACUUACUUCUCUCAACUUGACUCCCUCCAUCCAUCACUUGAGGAAUAAACCAGGCCAGGUGCAAUCACCUGCAUCAGUGUUAGACCAUCCUGUUACUCCUGUAGCUGAGAGGAAAAAAUUGCUGAUUGGAGGCAGAUAAAUGUAUUUUGUUUAAGAGUUCAAUGUGACUGCACUGCUCUUAUAUCCAAGGUCUUUUCACCAUGUUGUGCUGUUGUUUCUUCUGUUAUCCAGGCCAAAGUAGGACUAAUCACAGGCCAAACAGAGGGAUGAAUAAACAUAGAAAGCAAACACAUUAUAGGGAUUAAAGGGAUUUCUUUAGGUUCAAAUACAUGCUCCCUAAGGGUUUUUGCUGUUUGAUCCGGUCUAAUCUCGACUGGGCUCAGUGUCAGUGUACUGCUUUUAAAAUGAUCCCAAAGAAAUACCAGAGGUAAAGUUAUUGACAGUCACAGACAUGCAUUUACACCUGAAAAGAACUUCAAUAUACAUGUUAAAUCUAUAUUUAUUCGCUGUUAACAUGUCAUUUGAAUUAACCAACUUGCACUGCAGAAGAGGACAAUAUAAGGUGAAUUAUGUGGCCUUUUACAUGAGUCAUUGUGAGGCAUCAGCUCCCAGAAAGAUCAAAUAAAAAGCCGUGAUUCAGACGAGUCUUCUUCAGAGCCAGAAGAGGAACUUUAGCACCAGUUUUAAAAGGGCCGUUAUAGAAAAACAGCUAUUUUUAGUUGGCAUGGCCCUUUAAAGGAGCUCUUAAAUACCUAGCAUAUAUCUGUCAAGAUAUUCCGUCUCAUUUUGCCUCUCUGCUAGGCCUGACUUCCCACACAUUUCCCCCUUUGGUGAUUUCUAUAUUGAUGCCAUCCAUUUUAAUGUGUUCUUGGAUGGGGUCCUGCCGGUUGCUCCUCUCAGCAUCUUCACGCACAGAAACAUGAUUUCCACAUCAGGGGAGUGAUGUGCAUCAGGAGCAGUCAGGCCCUGCAUAAGAUGCGGUGAUUUAUUCAUUACACUCUUUCUAUUUGUGUGUGUUUUUCUAAGGCUGAAUCUCCAGCAGCAAAUCACACAUUGCUGAGUCAGUGGCAGGGUUUAUCUUCACUGUCUGUGGACUCUGGAGAAAAAUGAGAGGGGUGGAAUUGGAAAUGUCUCCUGUUGUGUUUACAGCAGGAUAGAAACUGAAUGUUUGCUUCCUUGUGUUUUUUUCUUUUCAAGUUGUGACAAACAGGAAUUGAUUGAAAUGCUGUCUGUCUUUCUGUGUAUUUUCUGGUGGGUGUUGAUAUUUUCCGGCUCUCUCCUGUCUUCAGUCUUUUGAUAUGAAUAAACUCAUCCUUAUUCAAAAGACACCAACAACUUUGAUACAUCAAAAGUUUUAGAGGACAACAAUCAGAGAACUGUUUACUUCAACCAAAGUUUUUUUUGUCAUUAUUGACUGUGUAUAAAGAUGGGCGACAUGUCACCUCCUCCUGUGGUGCAAAAGUGAAGCCAGAAUACUCCAUGUGACAUGUAGAUGUAUCGCACAUUUUGAGCUGCAACCUGUGCAGUAGUGACCUCUUUUUGGACCCUUAUGCUGACCAAAACACAUAUCAACUUACUGAUAAGACAGCAAAUAUCAGCAAACAUUAAAAGAAGUACUUUGACUCUUGUCACAGGAGCGCGUUUGUCACACUCAAGUAAAGCGGAUUUAAUCAUAACGUUAGGAUAUGUUUUAAUUUGGUGCAUGAUGACUCUGAAAAAAGUUACUCUCUGAAAAAUUAACUUUCUAACAUUCUGACAUUAAUAAGAACUGACUGCAUUUCACUCAUGUCCAAUCUGUCAACAUGGAGGAGCUGUAACUGUUUUGGCUUCGCUGUUAGGAAGAUGUGGUGUCAUCCAAUUUUUUUACAGUGUGAAGGUUCUACCGGUGUAGCUUGUUGAUUGCUAUGUCUUGCUCCUGAUCAUUGCCCCUGUUUUUUUAUAUCAAGGUUAAUUUUUUAUCAAUUCUAAACUAGCUGAAAAAUCACAGACAUGACAAGUAUGAUGCAGACACUCCACCAUCACCAGAUCAAGUCCAGGCGUCCCAGGUUGGCUCCAGCCUGGCUUCCUGUUUCUCAGUCCAGAAAACAAAGUCUAGACCAAAGGAAUUUGCAGUGUCAAAGACAGGCUGCCUUAUCUUAAAAAACCCUAAAUGUGGGGCUGCCCUUAGAGAUCCAGAGCUUGAGAACCUGCACACCUGCAUGUGUAGUCAUGUGACUGAGGCGCAGUCCUGUUAGCAAAUAUAAACAGUACAUGGUUCAAUAGAAAAGGGUGUGACUGACAAGCAGCUUGCGACAGCCGCCUUCACAAAGCAGCUGUCAGUAACACAUAUUUACAAAUGCUGCACAAUAAAAAGGAUUCUGGGAGGUGGACAGAAACAACCAUUUCCUCCAACAUCACAGUGAAUAUGGGUCCCAUAGCAACCGUGGGGGCACAGUGGGUCUAAACGGCCUUAUUAAGGGCAAAAAAAUUACAACAUUUCUCUGCAGAUAGCUAACAUCAAAGGACAGUAUUGAGUACAAAUAUAGUACAUAGUUAAUGUUCAGAGUUAGAGAAAAGCAGAAUUUAGUUGCACCAAAGAUCCGACUUUAAAGAGACCUUUGAAAGUAACCGCAUUCAUAUUUUGGUCCAGCAAGCUAGACCCAGCUAGACCCGACACUUCUCUUCCCUGCAAGAUCCCCAUACUUUUUUUAUUGUACACUAGACACAAAAUCCCUCCUUACAUCCUGCUGAGUUUCUUUUGCUUCACUUCAAGUUACAUUUUUCAGAUAUAUGCUGUGCUUUAUUUAUACUGACCAAACUCCUGCUUUAUGUUUCCCUCUUCCUCCAGUACGGCAGAACUCCUCUACACCUGGCCGCCAACAACGGGAGCCUAGAGGUUGUCCGUCACCUCUGCCUGGCAGGAGCGAACAUCGACGCUGUCACUAACGUAAGUCGCUGUGCAGAUUUUCGUCUUCUCACGACUGCCCUCAUUUAGAACCGUAACAGAAACAUGACUUGUGUUAUAAUGCGUCGUGAUAAGAAGUAAUUUCUGGCUCUGCAGGUUUUUGUACAACCCAUUUUUAUUGCCAUUUCAGUCCAAUCCUGAUAUUUGUACUAAUUAUACUGAACAAGCUGGUUCAUGUCUGAAAGCAGCUGCUCAGAGGGCUGCUGCAUUAGCAUGUAGAGAGGAUUAAGAGCCCUGACAGAUGUGUGGCAUCUUUUUGGGGACACGGCCAUGCUUUAUCCUAAUGAGUGACAUACUGUAGCUGGUAAAAUGUACAAACCAGAAACAGUCCUGCUCCUCUCUGCUCUAAAAACUGCUUACUUGUUGGUGAGUUGUUAUUUUCUGCUUGAGUUGCAGACCAUGUCACUGCUCACUCCCCGCACACACACACUCUCAAUAAACGUAGAAAAGCUGAUUGCAGCUUUUUAACUCAAACUGGAAUUAAUCUGCUGAAAUGUAUUAUUAGCACUGCUCUCCUGAUACCGGGCUACACCGCCUUUAAUUCUACAAUCCUCCGGCCUCACCUCUGUGGAUUUAAAGCUUAGAAAUCUUAAUGUUCCCUUCUUUAUAUUGUUGAAAUAAAUUAACCUCUCGAACCCUCACUCUCUCCUUCAUUUUCCUUUUUAAGAAGCUCCAAAAUUUAGAUAGAUUUCUUCCCUUCCUCCAAUGUGAAUCUUGGUCUGUAUCUACUUUUUGAUCUCCUUCAUUGACACAUGGAGGGGGAUGGGGUUGAGACAUGCAUGAUUAGUCAACUAAAUUGUAAUAAUAUUAGGUUUUUGUAUUCAAAUUUUCUGUAACCUGUCAUCAUUAGAAAACGUAAAAGCAUGCUGUAUAUAAGCUCAGGAAAAACAUCUUUAUUCUUUGGUCCAAAAAAGACCAAAUGAGAAAGAUGUUUCAAGAGACAGAGGGGAAAGAUGCAACCAAAAAAGGGCUAAAAGAAAAAGAGAGGAAUCAAACAGCAAAAGAAGUAAAAAAGAAAUGAUAGUAUAAAGUUAAUCAAGCAAAAUUAUUUUUAUUAUACAUAAACAUUUAAUGACCGAACAUUUGGAUAUAUAUAUACUGUAUAUAUAUACAUAUAUAUAUAUAUAUAUAUAUAUAUAUAUAUAUAUAUAUACUGUAUAUAUAUACAUAUAUAUAUAUAUAUAUAUUUUUUUUUUUUUAGGGUAACAGACUUAAAUCUUAUAUCAUCUUUCGAUGAAGGUAGUGGAGGUUUUGGAGGACAGUGAAAGUUUGAACUGUUUAGGUUUUUAUUGAUAAAGAAACUAAAAUAUACUUUUUUCUGUAGUUGUAUAACCACUUUGCCUUUGUCUCAGUUAUAUGCAUGAAUUUAACAUUUCAAGACAAUUCAUAACAUUGAGAUGAAAUAAAACAUGUUAAAAAUAAUGAGGGAAUCUAUAAAUGUAUCAGACAAAAACAGCUGUAUUUGCUUUUUUCUUUAUUUUUUUUUUUAUUUACGAUUUUUUUUUUUUUACUCUUUCACCUGUUAUACAUUAUUUUGCUCACAUGCAUCGAUUGAAUCAGCUCCAUCCCUUAAACAGUGUGAUUAGUUGAAAUCUCUUAAGCAAAUCUGGCCGCUAAUUCUCUGAAAUACAAAGGCCGUCAAAACCCAAAAGCAUAGACUGGUUCAGUCUGCGGGUCAGAUUUGUCGUCAGUUAAUCUCAGUGUUUAUUGUUGUUUAGGCUGUUUCCCUCUGAACUGGUGACUGAAUGUGUUUUUAGUCAGGUUUAAUCCAGAUAUUAAGAGCCACUCAGUGUCCAGACCCCCUCUCAUAGGUUUCUUCCAUCUCUCUCUCUCUCUCACUCUCUCUCUCUCUCUCUCUCUGAACUCUGGAGCUGUUAAUAUUGUAUGACAGCUGAUGUGCUGUGCAUGUUUAAUCUGAAGAUGUAUAAUUCAUUGUCUUGUGGCCGGGGGUCAGUGGUUUGCUGAGGAGCAGCUGAGGAGGAGGACUUGGGAAGCUCAGUCCUGGACUAUUUGUUUUACCCUGCCAUUGGAGAGUGCUUCAUUAUCGGUGUUCAACAUUUUCAGCAUUAUGAAUUUAUUUUCUAGGAUCUCUUUAGGUUGCCUGGUUUCUCCAGUUUCAUCAUAAUCAGCUCAUUUCAUAUCCAUUUCUAUUAAAUCUGAGUUGCUCCAGAUGAUCCAAUGUCCUCUCCUCUCUAGUUUUUAAGUCAAACACAACACCAGCCGGUCACAUAAUCUCUCAGUUGCCAAGCAGCGAUGGUAAAAGUCACAACACUGUGCCAUCUGUUCGAGAAAGACUCAUGAAUUUACCCACAAGUAAAUCCCACUAAGUGGUCAAAUUUGCUGCACUUCAUUUACAUUCACAUCUCUGACAUUUAGCCGAAGAAAACAACUGAAAGGUCAUUGUCUUCUGUGCUUUUAUCAUGUUAUGUGACCUUUCUGGAAACAUUAAAAACAAGCGGAGGAUAAAGCAAAAAAAAACGUUUAAAUGAGAUGUGAUUUUUAAGUGUUUAUUCCUGUUUAAUUUAGAGUAAAAUGAUCUGUAAUCUGUAUUGUUUCAAACCCUGUUGAAUCUCUUGUGUUGCGGAGCGUCGAAGUAGGAAGCUCUCUGUGGACGUUUCAGGCUGUCAGUGUCAGUUCUUCUCUCCGUGUGCAGCAGCAGUCAGAGCUGGACGCGACAGAUGGCUGUGAAAGUGAAGGAGACGUGAAACUUAUCCUCUCUCUGUGGUGUUUCUGUGUCAGUGUGUUUCAGGAGAAAUGGACAAAGAAACAAAUAAAGACAGCUCUGGAAAUAAACCAGAGUGCAUGUUACUGUCAGUGUGAAUAUGUGCAAGGUGUCUGUUGUGCAGGAAUCAGCUGAUAGAAUAAGAUUCUUAAAGGGUAAAUUUACUGUUUUUGCAUAUGAAUCAGAGGUGUUUGUGACUCCAGAAAGAGCUGGUUGGAGUCUGAUAUACAGUGUCUGCCAAUGUAUCUUGAGUCAGUGUCUUUGGGUUGGAAGAUCAGAAGCAAAGAAAUGAAUCAAAAGUCUGAAAGAGACACUAUUUUUAUAACAUAUAUCUUUUUGUUAACUCUUGAUGAUUGAGUUGAAUCAUGGGUAAUGAAGGCACUGGGCUUUGAUGAGUACAUUCAAAGGUUUGAUUAAAAAACGAUUUUGUCUCUGCUAAAGUUGGUUUUGACCUUUAAGACUGUGUAUUUGGAGUCUGGCAGAGUGAAGGACAUUUUCUUUAUUCAGAUGGGAACUUUUUAUUUUUUAAAUGUGUUUUGGAUGAUAAUAGGGAUUUAAUUUAAUCCUGUUCAGUCUUCAUUUUUUAUUGUAUUGUAAGUUACGGUGUAGUCAGAGAACUUAUCAGCUGUUAACAGCGAGUAGCAUGGUCUUGAACGCCACACUUUUGACCUAAAUUAUAAUUUUAUUUUAUUUUAUUUUAUUUUAUUUUAUUUUUGUUAUUCAUUCCAAUUUUGUAAUGGUUUUAUGUUUCACGGUAAAACAUUCACAUGAAUGUCUUUUGUUGGUUUGCUUAACCCAGUACUAUAAGACCCAUAAUAAGUCAUUCAUGCUGGUGGACAUUAGCUGUUUUCUUUAUUUACUUAAUGACAAAUCUUCUUUAAGGCAACAUGAAGUUUUGAAAGCAGGUCUCAUUUUGGAUAUUUGCAUCAUCUCAAUCCUUCACCGACUGAAGCACUGAACCUUCUGAAGUGUGUGAGGGUUCAGAGCUCAGGUUUUGAGGUGGAUGUUGGGAUUGGGAAGUUGUAUGGAGUUAUCAAAAUGAAUAUUUAAUUUUUUUCCUAUAUCUGAAAAGCCUAAAUCCAGUUUUUAGACAUCUUUCCUGCCAACAUGUCAUGCUAACAAACCUUCAAUUCUGUGUAUUUCUCGAUCAGCGUCUCCCAGUAUCAGGGUGUUUCUGCUGGGAUGAGCACACAGGCUGAAUAUUUGAUCACUAUCGCCUCUGAUGCAGAUAAAUCAUAGCUGACAUGCUGCAGCACGUCUGUCAGACUUGCUUGAACGCCCGUCAUCUUAAAUGGCCAGAGAUCUGACUUUAGGUCCCUUAAAUGACACAUCAACAAAGAUUUGUGUGUUUGACGCACUGAAGCAAACCUGAACAGUCAAAGGAAAUGUGAGGGAUUAUCUGUUUCUGCUUAUGCAUUUAUUCAUCCCUUUUUUUUAUCUCUUUUUCUCCUUACCCUCAGGAUGGAAAGACGGCAGAGGAUUUGGCAUACAAGGAUCAGCAUGAACCCAUAGUUUCUUUGUUAGGCAAGCUGAAGAAGGUACAAACACAAACACAAACACACACACACACUCGUUUACAGACCUUUUUUUUUCAACUUGAGACCUGAACUUUGUUUGAUGCAAGUUUCACAAACUCUCUUCACACUCCGUUUAUUUCAGUCCAGAGGUGUGGAGAGAGACGUCUCCAGCUUGAAGGUGUUAGAUUUUAUCAUCUCACUAUUUUUAGACUGUGUGGAAACACUUUCGCAAACACAUAGAGGCAGAAUAAGUCACAAAGAGACGCAACUGGUGAAUUAUUUAGAGGUUGUCUUUAAUAAGGGUUCACAAUUUUCAGCCUGGGACCACCAAAAUAAUACUGUCCUUCUCUCAUUAGCUGCGUUUACAUGGGCACUAAUAAUCAGAAUAAAGGCCGAUCUGAAUAAAAAGCAUCAUGUAAACAUGUCGAUCGGAAUAUCCUGAUCCAAAUCGACUUAAUCGUAAAGAAAUUGUAUUCCCAUCGAGAGGUGUGGUUUAUGCAGAUAGUUAUUCCAAAACGCAAACACUUAAGAACUUAUUCCGAUUGUGACUCUCUGUUGGGGCAAAACCAUAGACUGUAUAUACUAUGGACAACUUGGUUCCGCCUCCCGCCUGUAAACGGAUGUGAAGCCAAAUAGCUCUCAGUGCGAUUUUUCUUCAUUUCCUGAAACCAGCGCUGCGCAGUAGCGAUGUACGCAUUCGGGCGCGCAGUCGCCGAGAGUCGCUGUGAUGACGCUCUGCACAAACAGCGUAUCCCCGGGAGAGCUACGCAAUCCCUGAACGCCCAUAGGCUGUAUCAGGUGUCAGUCAUAGCAAACAUGAACCCCCUAAUAACUUUUAAAAACUGAGCUUCACAGAAAAAAGAGGACUUAAGUACAAACCAGUCUUACUGUAACUACAUGUCAACAUCGCAAGCAGGGGGGAGAAAAAAUUAUGUUCUGUGUAAUAAAUUUCUAAAGUUGGUCCACAGCCCCAUAAGCUUUGCCGGUGGAGGUGGGAUUUAUGACUUAUACUGCAGCCCGUCAACAGAGGGUGCUGUUCUCGGAGUGGCUUCACCCAGCAAGGAGGCAGACUCUGUCCAUUCUAUAUACAGUCUAUGGGCAAAACUAACCUGGUGACUCGGUCUUCACUCUUCAGCCUUUGGCUUAUUUAUUGAGGCCAGUACAGGAAGUUUCUCUAUUAACACUCUGGCAUAAAACACAACAAACACAACACCUGGCUGCUCCAUUAACUUAAAAAGGAGUACAUACAGCUUAAUCAUGUCACAUCUGCAUGCUCAGUGCAACCUUUGACAGAACAGUAAAAUAAGUAUGCAAGGGCGCCAUCUAGUGACAACAUUUAACAGGAGGAAAAAUUCUAUAUUGGAUGGAGUGAGCCACUGCCGGGUUUGUUUGUUUGUUAACAACACAGGUGUCAAUACAACUCUUCUUCUAUGUUUUUUUUUAGCAAAAUUAGACAAAUGAAUGUCCAAAUGCUUCUAAUCUGAAUAAAGCCUGGUGCAUGACCAGAUUAUUUGAUUUUGCACCCAUAUAAACAGUGGAUUCAGAUUAUCAAUCCCUCAAAUUUUUAAUUGGAUCAAAAAAUUUUGCCCAUGUAAACUUAGCUACUGAUGGGUAAAGUGAGGCAUCUGUAUUCUUGCUCAGAGCACUGUAUAUUAAAUCCAUAUUGUUCAAUAAAACCCUGUUCCUGGAUGUGCAUGUGGAGAUUAGGCCAGUGUUCCCAGUCUGCCUCUGGUCCCAUCUGCCAGAACACACCUGAAGCUAAAAGUCACUGACGCCUCCUUUAAUCCAUUUAUCCAGAAAACCUGCUGGGAUUGAGUUCAGAGUGUGAAAACGUGACAGCAGCAACUGUGAAAACAGUCAUCCUCUGCAUAUGUUUGGCUAAUUUAAGACCCUCUCACACUGAAGGAGGAGCAGACUUUCAAACCCACCCAGAGGAAAUAUAACACUCAUCUCCUUCACUCUUAUUUUAAACAAAUCCAGUCUAAUCACUUUCAAAUGUGAAGUUGUUUGCUGCUCAGACAUGAAUCACAGAUUUUCUUAUUAGGACUUUUAUUCAUUGAAUGUAACCUGAGUGGGAGUUGAGGGUGCGCUCACAGCCUACCAAUCCACUCAAAGUGUUUGAGGCCACUUCUGAUGCGUGACUCAUCUGUUGAUGGUUAAGAAAGAGUCUCAGAUGUUAGCCAGUUUCAUUGAAUUGGAGGGAUAAAAGCAGGUGAAGGGGAUUAAGUCAUCUUUGAAAACAGCUUUUGUUUUUUAUUGUGUUUCUGAGUGUGUAUGCAGUAACCUGUUUCUUUAAUACAACAAAACUUCACUGCACGAGCGAGAGAUGUUCAAACAAAGCAGGAGAGAGAUUUCAAUGUCAAAAAUACAAAUAACUCAUUGCAGCUGUAUGAAGAGGUGAUAAUUCAGCAAGAGAUGAUCUCCAGUGAUAAAGAGGGGAAGUGCUAAAGACUGCAGUUCCUCCAGUGUCCACUUGGAGCUGGCUCUGAAAGCUGAAAUAGCCCCCUUAGAGUCCAUAUUUAAAUGCUCCUAUGUAAGCUUUUAAUUUUGGGCUUUAUUUUGCAAGAGCAGAACAGGGAGGUGUAGAGGUUAGAGCAGGAAAUAGGGGAAGAAAGUGGGGAAUGAUCUGUCUGAAAGGAAGGGAAACUUGAGCUGUCUGCUUUGGAGAUUUUAAUCACCACAUGUGGGACACGUGCCCCCAAAAUACUGAUUUUUGCAGCAGAAAUAAGCAUGUAUGCAAGGUCACUUCCAUCGUGAAGCCGCAUUCCUGUUUCACUCAGCAUCUGAUUCACAUAUGACAUAUAUCCUAAUCAUCUUUUUCAGCUGUAUAAGAACAGAGGGCCAAAAUGUAAUAUUCUGACUCAUUUUUAUUAGACAGUGUCUUGCAAAGGGGUUCAUGUUUGCUUGGACUUCAAAGCACAUCUGCAAAAUACUUCUAAGAUUCAGCAACCGCAUUUUCAGCAUCAUGUUGAAAGCUUUAAUAAUAUAUACACAACAAAGCAUAUGGCAAUGCCCUUUGCACUGAGGUAUUUCACUAUUAAAGCUCCUGUGAGGAGUUUCUGGCUGAUAAUGAAACAUCCUGAAAUUAAUAUUGAUGCCACAUGAUGAGCUACAAAAGCAAACAAGACACUCAGCACGAUGGUUUAUUAUUUAUGUGGAGUUAUUGUUUAUGCAUGAAACUGCUGCUGCAGGGUCGGUGUCCCAAAGUAGAUUAAUGGCAGGUUACAGAAAAGCUCCUUUCACAGCAUUUUUCACAGCAAAGAUUAUCAAAGAGUGUCACAUUUGACUCAUAUGUUUGUUUUUUGUUUAUGUGUGUCAGGACAACCACAAACUGAGCUACAUCCAGCAGCUGCGGCCCACUCAGACCGUGCAGCCCAGGAUCAAGCUGAAGCUGUUCGGACACUCAGGAGCGGGAAAGAGCACGCUGCUGGAGUCUCUGAAAUGUGGCAUCCUGCGCAGCUUCUUCAGGAGGAAACGAUCACGUAUGACCAACACAGCCCGCCACCCCAACUCUCCAAUCAGCUCCAAACCCGCUGGUAGGUAGCAGACGGCUCUGAUGAAGCUGAGAUAAUCCCUAACAGGAUUAAGAUUACACCUGCCAGGGACCCAAAUGAUUUAUUCUGCUGAGACACAAUAAUUUAUUUAUAAGUGGCGCACAACGCCUGCAGCCCUCUUAAGAUGUUCUUCUCUCACCAAUUUUAAAAUAUGAAGACAGUUCAUUUUCUUGAUUUAGUCUCUAUUUUUUCCUAGUUUUAGCUAUCAUAUGAAUCUGUCAUUUUUAUAUUUAUAUACCUUUGAAUAGUGUGCCACAAAAAUUUGAUUUAGUAAAGCCACAAAUAAAAGCAGGACUUCUCUGUUUUUGUACAGUCAUUGUUUGAAGAAACUAAAAUGUUAGCAUGAAGUUUAAAAAGUUAGACAUUUGUAGGAUUAAGUAUCUGUGUCAUUGUCACAAGAGUGAAAUAAUGAUCAAAACAAAGAUUGGGUUACUUUGGAAAACAUUUUCACCAGCAGAGUUCGGUUUUUAGGAAAAAAUUUAGUGGUCCUCUGAGUCUUAACUGCAUUAGGGCCUGUGUGCACUAACAGCAUUUUCCCUGUGUUCACAAAUCAACCCAGUUCAGAGUUGUUUCAAAUGCUCUUACUGAAAAUGAUUCAGUUAUUGGAACGACACAUGCUUGUCAGUGUAAGAACCAAGAAAAAGCUAGACUUCCUGUUAUCAUCUUUUGUUCUAAAGAGACACUAACUACACUUCCGCUUUGCUGGAGCACUAUUUCCAUCAACUGUUUUUAUGUUUUCUUGGAAAACCCAUUCAUUUAAAUUAGAGCAAAUUUGGAGCAUUCUGAUUUAAUACGAAUGUAAUGGUCAUUUUUGAGGGAAACAGAGACAGGAACUUUCAUAAGCUGGCAACAGUGAGUACUGCCUGUGCAAAAAUGCCAUCAGUGGAUACAGGCCCUUAUUUUGUAUCAUGUUUUGAAUUAUAAACAUGAUUUGAUCCGGUACAAUUCAGCUUCCUUUGCACUCUAAAUUGUUGUACACAGAGCCAAACAGAUUGAAAACAAGAGCAGAGGUGAGCAACAGUGGAUACAGUUUUAAAAAGUUACAAAAUGACAGUAAAGCUAUAAGUUUGAAGAAGUAAAUAAAAAUCUGUAACUUUUAAAAUCAAUAAAUCUUUUUUAACUGUGGGAAAAGUUAAAUAAGACAAAAUAAAUUCAAAAUACCUCAGCAGCAUUAAUGAAUAACUGAGUAACUGAGUGGGAAGUGGCUGCAAACCGUCUGUGAAAGCUCCCACUUCCACUUAGAUGUCUUAAUUAUUUCCAGAGAUAAAUAAAAAGUCAACUAAGAACAGUGAAGACAUCAGCGGACUCAAAAGGAAACACACUCCAUACUAAGAGGUCUCUUUCCACAGUUCACACAGGCAGCUCACCCAGUAAUUCCCCAAAUUAAUCAAUAAUUCCACUAGCCUGUAUGUUGAACUGUACAGAUCUAUUUUUCUGCUUCCUAGCUUUACAAAUGCAGCGCCAGAUCUACGUUACAACUCCCUGACAUGUUCAGCGUACUGUAAAACCCACAGAGAAGCGCACACACAUUCACUAUGUCCUCGCUCUCUCUGUAUUUGCACUCUGUUUGCCCUCUCCCUUACACACACACACACACACACACACACUCACACACACACACACACACUGACACACACAUGUAUACCAUUAUGCUUCCUUUAAGCCCUCUAUUCUGCGGCGCUCACAGCCAUUACCUCCCAGACAGCCGUGAUAUUCUGAUAAUAGUCAGUUGGGUUAAGCCCGUAUAAUGUUACUGAUCCCAUCCUCCAUACUAUCUGGAAAUCUGCAGCCUCUGUCGCAGCUGAAGGAGAGACUGAAAGAAUUUUUUUUCCUCUUCUGACAAUUCAAGCUGGACUCAGUGUGUUUUAUAUCUGUGGAGGUGUGAGUCCACAGUGACACUUAAAGGAAAUAGGCAGAGAGGGUGGGGAAAAGGCCCUUGUAACAUGGAUUUUAAAUACUUAUUGUUUUUUAGAGGGAUUGAUGUUCUAUAUAUAUAGGAGUUAAAGGCACAAAAGCAUGAGAGGUCCUUUGCUUUGCUUGGAUACAUGUCUGGUCUGGCUAACUUGUGUUUGUUUGAACAACUUUCCUCUUUAUGACACACAUGAGCAUCUUUAUCCCAGAAGUCCAAACCAAAUGAAGCUGUUGUUAUUGAAAAUCUGAACUGUAAAUGAGAAACAUGUUCUGCAAUACUUUUUCUCACCAUCUCAGUUAUUUAUACCAAAAGAUAACCUUGGGCUGCUAGUCAAAGUCAGAUUGACUUUGGGACUUUCUCUGUAAACUGGUUCACUUUAACUAUUUUUCUAAAGUCCAGAGUGAGGGAUAUUUUUUAACGUUGUGAAGUUUUGCUUAAACUUGAGAAUGUGUCUGCUUUUGAUUGUCUGGGCGCGACUCUGAUAUUUGAUAAAAGUGAAUCCAGCAGACAGUAAGAAACAAAAACAAAGGGUUGUGGAGAUAAAAUCAAACUAAGAUGACUGUAAUUCUUCAAGGUUGAGAUGCUUUUUCCUUCCAGGAUUAUUCAUUCUCAUACAUCCAAAGGUUAAAAAACAAAAACAGUAAUCGUACUUAAAGUUGCAGCUGUGGUUAAAGUGAAGUUCUGUGGGACUGAAGGAAUAGUUAAAACUGCAACUAAAAGAUUUAUCACCACCCCUGAAAACCAGCUGUAGGUGCAGUCUGACAGAACGUAAAAGAAAUACUAAUGUUAUGUCUGGAAGGUAGAUUUAUUUGUAAUAAAACAGCGCCCCCAUGUGUUGAAAAUUAUACAAUCAUAACGAAAAAUAACUGAAUACUAUUUUUUUAAGUAUAUCAAUCAUCCAGACUUGCACUUAGUUUGGUUUUUGUAAAAAUACCGAAUUCUCCUUGGGGAAAAAUAAAGUUCUUAUCUGAAGAAUUCACUUUUACACUUCAUUAUUUUAACUUAUGUGCUGUACAAGCAAGAGUACAACUGAUAUUUGCAGUUCUUCCAUCAUUUUCCAUUUGUUAAAAGUUAAUAAAACCUCAAACAGUUUUUCUUCCUCGUUUUGUCACAGUUUUUCAGGGUUUUCUCUAAUAGUAAACAAACAGCUACACAAACUCUUUACUUCUGGCUCUUUAAAACAUUGAUAACGUUUUUUGUUUUUACUUUAAAGAUGGAAUUUUUAUUUGUGACCAUAUUUGACACAUUUUGACCCACAAAAGAGGCAAAGCAAGUUUAUAUGUUUUCAUCUUUCUCAUCCUCUCUGCUCAGUGUCAGUGAGCAUUUCCAACCUCUACCCGGGCUGUGAGAACGUGAGCGUGCGCAGUCGCAGCAUGAUGUUUGAGCCGAGUUUGACCAAAGGAGUCCUGGAGGUUUUCUCCCCCGUCCACAACGCUCUGUCUGCAGCCGACGAACAAGCCACGAAGGCCAUCGACAUCCAGCACGCCAACAUUCAUGGUGAGAACCAAAGAAGCUGCUGAUACCACUCUGAAAAAAGUCCUGUGUCACAGCUCUGUUCACAUUACAAUGCUGUUGGUGACACUUUUCUCUCGCUCUGCAGGGGUCGGGGAUUUCAGCGUAUGGGAGUUUUCGGGAAACCCGGUCUAUUACUGCUCCUAUGACUACUUUGCAGCAAAUGACCCUACAGCCAUCCACGUGGUCCUGUUCAGUCUGGAGGAGCCGUACGAGACUCAGCUGAGCCAUAUCACCUACUGGCUGAACCUGCUGAAAGCCCUGAUGCUGCCGCAGGACAACAUCGGUGAGAGAGGGGAGAGAUGUAAAGAAAUAUUUGACUCCAGGUUUUAUGAAGGAGAUUUGUAAGAAAAGAAGUGAUUGUAUUUAAAUCAAGGUAAAUUAAGGAUGAGCCACAAUUUGUUUUUGUUGCAAAUGAGGCAUUUGAAAAAAAGAAGGUGAGCGUCUCUUUGAGAAAUUACAACAUUCACAUGUAUGUAAAAAGAUCACUAAACUUUCCUGCCUCCUUAGGGGUCAUCGAACUCAACCCAAAAAUCAGCCUUCAAGUUGCUCACAGCAGAAACUUUUGAUCAGAGGAAUGUCAUAAACUAUCUUCAGUUUUCCUGACAUUAUACAUAUUUAGCAAGAUGAUUAGUCAGGAUGAGAGGCCGCUCUGUCCUUUCCUGCUCGAUAAAAUUAGAAACUAAGUACUUCAAUCUCACAGAAAGUCCUGAAAACUAAUGAACUUGAUGCAAAUAUUGUCUUGGCGAAAAAUUCUUCACCAUGAAAACUUAUUUUACUUUUUCAAAGUCGGACACAUUACUGGACAGAAACUAAAUAAAAUUUAAGGACUCAUCCAGUCCAACCCAGUCCAGUUUGAUCCAACCCAGCGCAACUGGGUCCAAGCUAAUCCAACAUAGUCCAAUCUCCAAUCUAAUCCAAGUCAUUCCAAUUCAGCUCAAUCCAAUCCAAUUUAGUCAGAUUCAACCUUAACUCUACCCAGUUUAAUUUCCUUCAACCCAAUCCAAGUCUAUUCAACUCAGUCCAAUCCAAUCCAGCCCACGUCAACCCAAAUCAACCCGGUCCAAACCAAAGUACAUUAAAAAAGAACUGGAGUUGAAUUGAGAGAUACAGAGUCAGGAUGCAAAAAAAAAACAAACAUAAAGACAACAGAUUGAAAUAAUUAGACUAUUUAGACCCUGAGCUUUUAUCUGGACCUUGGUACAGCUAGAAGAAUCAAGUCUGGAGAUCUGAGUGUCCUUAAUGAACUAAAAUACAUCAGUGAAAGUAAGACAGAAGAUUAAACUAAAACUAGGUAAAGAAUGAUCUUAAUGAAAUAAAAGUGAGAUGUUUAAAUUACAGAUAUUAUUAAAAACAGACAAGAUGAGGUAUUUAGAGACACAAGCUAAAUAAACUGAGGCACAAGAAUGUUGUGAAUGUCUGUGUGUCUGUUUUGACUCUCUGUGUGUGUUUUCUUGUGUUUUUCCAGCUUUUGGAGGUCGUAUCCAGCAGCCUCUGGUGGUUGUUCUCGUGGCGACACACGCUGACCUCGCUGACGUCCCCAGAGCUUUCUCUGGAGAGUUCAGCUACGAUAAGGAGAAAGCUCUGCUCAAAGAAGUCAGAAACAGGUCAGGACUCCAUCAUGAGCAGACACCAGGGAUGUGGGGAUUAUUUCAGAGUUGGUUUCAGCUGUUGUUGAAUUUCUUUCCUCACAGUAUAGAGGCAGAUGUUUCUCUCCUAAGAUGAGAGCGAGAGCAGAGAGAGUAAAUAUUUCACCAAACAAGAACCUCAGCAAACACACUACUGUUCAUUACUCGUUGUGAGGAUUAAUGUGAUAAGUGUGUGUUACAUUUGCAAAAAGGCGCAGUUGAUCAAAGGGUUCAACUUCUGUAACGAGAGCAGAGUUUUUCAAGAAUUUUUCUAUGUCAUUUUCUCAUUUUCAGGUUCGGUGUGGAUCUUAAUAUCAGCGAAAAAGUGUUUGUGAUGGAUGCUGGAGCCUCAAACUCUAGAGACGUGAAGCUUCUGAGGAGUCACCUGCAGGAACUUCGCAGCAGUAUCAUCUCUGUGAGCUCUAGAAACACUAUCAAGAAGAUAGACACACCAUCAUUUCAUACAUGAAAUACAGUGAGUAACCAUCCCAUCUCUGUCUCUGCAGAGGUGCAGUCCCAUGACGCUGUUGUCGGAGCGUUUGCUGACCAUCCUGCCGAACUGGAGGAAGCUUAGCGGUCCCAACCAACUGACGUCAUGGCAACAGUUUGUCGCGGACGUCCAGGAGCACAUCAACCCUCUAGUGAGCCAGGAUCACCUGCGCACGCUGGCCCUGCAGCUGCACAGCAUGGGGGAGGUACGAGGCUGUUUAAGCUCUGCUCUAUUGUUCUAUAAACACUAAACACUAUAUAAACUAUAAACACUAUGAACACUUUAAUUAUUAUUAUUAAAAAAGAAAAAAAAAAACUUAGAUGGACUUUUAAUUGUCAUUUUAAAGCAAAAAAAAACCAUCUAAGUUGUUCAAUUUUUUUUUUUUAAUUUAAUAAAAUUUUUUAUAAAGGAAUAGAAAUACUUACAAAUUGUUUUAAAGAUUCUUUUAUAGUUAUUUUAAAGCAAAAAAGCCAAUCUAAGUUGUUUGAUUUCUUUUUUCACUAAGUAUUAUUAAAUUGAAAAAAAGGAAUAGAACAAAUAAGAUGGCCUCUUUUGCUUUAAAAUCAUAAUAAAACAAUCUCUGAACUUUGUGAGUAAGGAAAAAGAAACCAAAGAGUCUACAUUUUGAUUUUAUCCGAUCAUUUCAUCAAACAAUAAUUACGCCAGCUUCACACUUUUUGUGUGACGGCUGCAUGGACUGCUCGGUUUUCAUUACAGUGUGCAUGUGAACAGAUUAGACCGUUGACACCCCUGAUAUGAGCAGCACAUCUCAAGUCCAUCUCACACACCAAAAAUGUAGAAAACAGAAGUUUUGACGAUAUAUGAUGAAGGCAUCUCUUGCAGUGACUCUGUUUUGUAAAUCCAAGACAAUAAAUGGUAGUUCAUGGUCUUGUUUUGCUGGAAGUUCUGUUAGUGAAUGUUCCAACUAACCAAGAUGGAGCUCAAAGUUGUCUGAACACAGUUAAAGAGUUCUGGCUGCUCAGAAACUGUCGGUCCAAAGAGAGAUUUGCUGUAUUGCUGCUGUAGAACAAAGAUAUAAAAAUAAUCAAGGAUUUGUUGCAGCAUGAAUAUUUCACCUGUCAUGUUUAAUUUAAAUAUUUGAGAUCAAUCCAAAGGUUUGUGACUGUCGUUUCACCAGCGUACCACAAGGGUGCACUAUCUGUUCAUCACAAGCAUCAAUGAAAACAUCAGUUAACAAUUACUGAGAAUUACUGAGAAUUACACAAUAACUGGAACAACUUGUUUGUCAACCAGAGUGACUCACAGCUCAGGGGGCCAAGUGAGGACCUUACUGGAGCUUUAAAAGUGGUUCACAUGAAGAAAGUGCUUCUUAUGAUUUCAUCUUAUAUUGUUUUAUAAACGUUUUUUUUUUUACCAUAUUCUUCUAAAUAUUUCAACUUUUUUCUCCUGCUUUGAUUCCUCUCUGUAUCUCUUCAUCCUCCCUGUCUUUUCCUCCUCUUCUCCUUCCAUCAUCGUCUUUCUUUCCUCCUCCUUAGAUCAACAUCAUGCAGAGUGAGACAGUGCAGGAUGUGGUUCUCCUGGAGCCUCGCUGGCUCUGCAGCACCGUGCUGGGAAAGCUGCUCUCUGUAGAGACGCCCAAGGCCAUCCACCACUACAGGGGGCGCUACAGGCUGGAGGAGGUGCAAGCUCUGGCUCCUGAGAGCGACACAGACGAGCUGCUGCAGAUCCUGGAUGCCAUGGAUGUCUGCGCCCGUGAUGUCACCAACCCCUCCAUGGUGGACAUCCCCGCCCUCAUCAAGACCAAUGGCCUUCACCGCUCCUGGACCGAAGAGGAGGAUGAGGAUUCCCUGCUCUAUGGAGGGGUCAGACUCGUCCCUGCGGAGCACCUCACCCCUUUCCCUUGUGGCUUGUUUCACAAACUGCAGGUGAAUCUGUGUCGCUGGAGCCACCAGCAGAAGCCAGAGGAGGAGGGUGGGGAAGACUUUGAUGGAGACAUCCACCUGUGGACAAACGGAGCUAAAGUGAGCCAGGCAGGGGUGGAGGCCAUGAUCCUGCUGGUCAACCACGGGCAGGGUGUGGAGAUCCAGGUCCGCGGACACGACUCAGAGCGGGCCAAGUGCUACACCCUGUUGGACACCAUCUGCAGUAUCACAGAGAACCUGUUGACCUCCACCCUCCCCGGUCUGCUCACGGCUAAAUACUACCUGAGUCCUCAGCAGCUGAGGGAGCACCAUGCCCCCAUCAUGAUCUACCAACCCAAAGACUUCUUCAGAGCGCAGGUCCAGAGGGAGACCUCGCUCACCAACACCAUGGGGGGCUACAGAGAGAGCUUCAGCAGCAUCCUGUCUUUCGGCUGCGCUGAGGUGUACCAGCAGGGAAUUCUGGGAACUGACGUCCACAUAUCAGACGUCCCCCUGCUGGCUCGCAGGAAGCUCUGCCGUAUGCUGGACCCUCCUGACGCUCUGGGGAAAGACUGGUGCCUGCUCGCCAUGAACCUCGGCCUCACAGACUUGGUGGCCAAACACAGUAACGGGACUACAAAUGGCACCCCUGAGCUGGACUCUGACCCAGACUCCCAGCAAGCCUUGCUGCAGCCCAGCCCAACAGCAGCUCUGCUGCAGGAGUGGAGCGGGCGGGCUGACAGCACAGUAGGUGUGCUGAUGGCUAAACUGAGGGAGCUCGGCCGCAGAGAUGCCGCCGACUUCCUGCUUAAAGCCUCUCCUGUUUUCAAGGUCAACAUGGAGGCGGUGGGUGGGGCCACCAAUGGCUACCCUCCAACCUGUAACGGUGGAACAUCAUAUAACUCCAUCAGCUCUGUCAUAUCCCGCUGAACUUAUCAGCGACUCUCUGCCAAAUGUCAGACAACCUGACGAGACUCUCCCCUAAAACUGAACCGUCACAGACUCGUGUGUCAAUGAACAUAAAGUGCAAUCGUUACCAGAGUCCAGCUGCUCGUUCUCAAACACCCCACCAAGGUGGCGUGUGAUCCAGAUGUUGUGUUUGUGCUCUCCACACCUGUACAGACGACUUUUCCUUCCAUUAUGAAUGUUGUGAAAGAGCUGAUUGUCCUGAGCUCCAAAGAGGAAUCCAGUGAAUUUAUUUACUUUUCAAUCUUGAUGUGCUGCUCUUUCAUUUCCCUCCUGCUCUGAUGCACUCUGAGUCUCACUCACUUUACAGCUAAAUACAGAAAAGAUGCAUUUUUAAAGGGAUACAAAUAACGACUAAAGACGGCGGCCUUAAGUUUGGACACGUCUGCCCAGAAAUAAAAAUCACAGAAACAUGAAUAUCAGUAACCAAGCUGAGGCUGCCGUCUUUUCCUUCACCCACAUAGCUACAUAAAACAGGAUCUCCUUGUUGCUUCUGCAUUUCUGAGGUGAUAUUUGGUCUUAGUGUUGAGUAAAUUAACAGCAUUUUUCAGAGUGCCUUUGUGGCCUUCUACCUCCCUUAAGAGCACAAAUAGUCUUGUGAUAAAAACAAUAGUUCUUUGUAAACAUUUGAACAUUUGCUGUGCCUUGUGGACACGAAGAGUAACGCAAAUUUCAAUCAUGUCUAUUGAGGAAAAGGCCAUGUUACAGUUUAAAGUUGAAUGAGCGUGAGGCAGAAAUGAAAGCUCUGCUCUUGUUACAGGGUUUCUACAACACCAAGCUGGAAUCAGAGAUGAGAUUCCUGCGUUGUUGUGUGUGAUAUUUGGAAACCAGUUGAAUCUUUUCUUAUAUUACACUCAGUGAGGAGUCGAUUUGGACGCUCUGUGGGAGCUGUAAGCCGAUACAAAGGGAAACAUCAUCAUUCGUGUUUGAUCAGUGCAUAAUGUAAGUUUAUACAGAUACCCCCUUCAGUAAUCCAACAACACAAAUCCAGCCAUUGUUGAUUCAUUUUAUUUCAAAGUCCCGUCUUUCCUUCAGAGGUUUCCCAAACAGAAUUAUGUGACCGGGUUAAAAUUUUAAGUUUCUUGCUCAAAUGUUAAUUAAUAAAAUAAGUAUUUUAAAAUUAACUCUAUGAAUAACUGUCUGAAAAGGGUUUCGAGGUCAAAAGAGCAGGCACAGCAGGUGGAAAUGAGCUGUUUCUAGAUUUGUCAUGAUCCAAAGAUUUUGUGCAAUUUGAAAAAGAGUAAAUGAGGAAGAACCUGCAGAGAAUGAUCUUGAGACUGGAGUUUUUUAGAGCCUGUAUUGUAUGAUUUAUUUUGGCCCAGGGCUCUUUUGAUAUCAACCCUGAAUCCUUUGUCAGAGAGAAGCGGAAUUAAGUAUGAAAUUUUGGUAAAAUAUGUUUUUUAUUAUGUGACCAAAACUGGACUAAAUGUUAGUGUCAGAGUGAAUACACAAAAACAAAACAGGGAAUAUUGUGUUUCGAAAUACAGCCUUCAAAAACUGAGAAUAUGUUGGUGUUGCUGCCCCGAGCUAUAAACAUGCAGGUCAAGAUCAUUUUUAGACAACCAGUUUGACAAAAGCCAGCAGGUCCUGAUUGUAAUUCACUCUAAAUCAGCCCGGACCUUUCCUGGAUAAAUUCACCAUUUGUUUUUAAAAUGUCAGAAAAUAGUGAAAAGGACCUGAAAGCCCUGACCCAAAAGUGUGAAAAAGCAGCAAAUUCUCACAAUUUAAAGCAAAUACUGGCCAGUUUUCUGGGUUCCGUGGUGUUAAAACAUUCGAUGAUUAAGAGUUGUUGCUGGUUAGGAUCACUUGGUUUCUAAUUAUUUGAUUAAAGCUCCUGUGAGGGACUUUGGCUUACGUCAUUUUUGGCACCUCCCUGUGGACAAAGCAGUCUUUGCUUACCUUGUCCUUUACAUGCCUAAGUGACAAACAAAUCAUCCUGCUGAUUUUGACCAUCAAAUGUAAAAUCAAUUGAGGAAAUUGGUAAAAUAGGACUGUUUCUUCAGCUGUUGUAUGGAAAUUUUCUGGUAAAGCUCCUGUGAGGAACUUUGUAUCUGUGUUGUUUUUGGCGCCCCCAUCAGAUCAGGGGAUAACCCCUCUACAAUUGCUGACUUUGUCUCAGCCUCACUUAAGUGGUGCUACUGUAAACAGUGAAUUUUAACACUCACUGUGAAUAUUUGUUGUUGGAUAAAGUAAAAAAAGGCUGUUUCUUUAGCGCACCUAACCCCCUCACAGCUCCUCAGUUACAAAAUAGAAAUGAUUCAUCUUGUUAUUGUUGAUUUAAUUUAUUUUUUAACAUCAUAGAGACUCGUCUUUGUUCACUUCAAUCAACUUCAUAACCGAUCACCAACUCCUCACAGGAGCUUUCAAACCUGCUCAGGAUCAGUAAAUACUCCCUGACUCUAUAUUGACAGAGAAUAACUGCCAAACCACAUUAUUAGUCCUGUAAGGAUCCUUCAGAAGAGUUUACAGCUUGGGAACAGUCAGUGUUUCAUCAAAUUUAGCCUGUAUUGGACCUGGAAAAAAAAAGUUUGUCGAUGUAUUUUGUCUUUGUCAUCUUCUCAUUUUGAUUUCACAUAAAAAGACUUAAAAGCCAUUUUAACAGAAAAUUAAAAGUGCUUCUUUAUCCCAAAGUGGAGUGUCUUAUGAGGAGGUGUUGAUCCUUAAAGCCAGCUGAGGCUGUUUGAUGUUAGGGUUCAAAAUGGCGCACAGGGUGGAACGACAGGGUCCAGUUUCGAUCCCCAAUCCGAGCACUCAUCCUUAGUAACCUGAACAAAAAGUGCCAUGAAAUCUGACGAGUAGAGAAGUCUGUUUUUAACAUUUUCUAUCAGGCCUAAAGAUGAUUUAUAUAAAGCUGACUCUGCACCUUUCUAACGCUUCCUCGACAUGUUCUGUGUGUCAGUGACCGUCCACAGUAUCAUAUUUGAAAACCGUGGCAGUGACGCUCUUUCUGCGGAGCUAAAUUCGAACCUCUGUGCUUGCUGCUCGACUGUGCGUGGCUUCACAUCUCCUUUCAGUUUAUCUUUCUUUCGUACAUGAAGCUUCGACGCAGUUCAGUCAGCAGAAAAACAGCAAAAUAAAGCUUGAGAUUAUGCUGCUGGAAAUGAUGCCAAAGGCUGCUGAUGACACACACACUUCCCAGAGAGAGCGUUUUUGUGGAAGCUGGUACUUUUUUGUGAACCAUAAAAAAGUACUUCUUUUAUAGACAUACAUCCUAAUAUUGGAAGAGGAGGCUCAUUUCUAAAAAUUGAAACUUUGUGGAUUUGGUGUACCUUGUUUAAGAACAGAGUGUUUCAGUCUGAUGAACCCUGCUUUUCUUCCUCAGUGUUACCGUCUGUUCAAUCAGAUAAAAACUAGACUUUCUCACUUCCCUCUUUCGUUUUGAUCCAAGAAUCAAGUUGCCAAUAAACGCAGCAAACUUCGAGCUGUGAUGUAAAUACUUGUCGCCUUUUCCUGCAACUCCAUCUCCAUUGUCCUGUAUGUAUGUUUUCAGCUCGCUUAAAGCUUUUUGUCUCCAAAAACGUUCCUCCAACAAGGCAAAAUGAAUGUACUCUACAUCACUUCUAAGAACAUGUAAACAAAUAAGAACAAAUCGAGUAUAACGGUGAUUAAAAACAAGUGUACAGUAACAUCACGUCGCCCGAACUGGUCAGAAAUAUCAUUUUAUUUUUCAUGUUUAAUGGAAACUUUUGUUAAAGUUGUGUAUAAAUAUCAUUGCCAACAUUCGUGUGCCUGAAACACACUGACUCAUUCCUCUUUUAUCGCCUUGUACAGAACAGGAGUCGAGAUGUUUCAGAAAGGGAAGUGAUUAAAUGUUUUUCUUGUUCAUGUUCUGGAAAUCACUCCAUUAUUAUCGACUCUGUCUCCAUUUACUGUCUCUUCUUUUUCUGGAUGGCUCUGAGUGUGAGUCCCACCAAAACAAGUGGAUUUAAAAGGUGUUCUUAAAAGUUCUUUCUGUUUGAAAAGGAAAAUUUGAUGAACUCAAACUAAGUUCUGGGUGAAGUUUCCUCCCAUUGAGACUCCAGUUUAAUCGCCACAUUGCACAAGAGUUUUUGUCACUAUUUAUGUUACAUUAUUUCAGCAUGUCUUGGAAUGCCAUGUUCUUAGUACUUCUGACACUUUACAGUGUAAAACAUUUUAUAAUAAAUUCUUUACCUUAUAAAACUGCCUCUGUCCUUACUGAAGACUUUUAAGUCCUGUGAUUUUGUCCUGGGAGGUCAUCCUUACUGCUGCUGUGAUUAACUUAAUUACUCCUUUAAACAGAGGGUCAACAGGUUACUUGGUGCCCUUUACAGUAAAAAAUAAAAAUAUGUACACUCCAUAUCAGUGUGAAUAUACACAAAAACAAGUUUCAAGAUAUAGACGUAAGUCAGAGUCAAAUAUCUGACCAGCACCCUCGUGAAAAGUGACUCGUAAAAAGUGUUGAUUUUACACAUGUUUUGUGAGUAUUUAAGGUUCUCAAAUUCCUUAUUUUGACACUUAGUUGUCUUGCUGUGCGUCAAUGUAGAGAGCUUAGUUUUAGGUACCUUGAAAGUGCUUUAAAAUCUUUUAAAAUAUAACAAAGUUUUACUUUUAAUAGCUGUACAAAUCCUGUUCAUGGAAAUUACACCAACAAAAAACUUGGCUCAGCAGUAUAAGUGGCUUGAAUUUAAAGGCUUAUUGCAAAAGUUUCUAGUUC